CGAACGCAGCGGCCGCGUCGUCCCGUGCGCCAGCCGUCCGUCCGUGUCAGUCGUCGCACGCUCGUUCGCGAGCGCGUGUCUCUGCAUGCAUACAGCACCCCGGGACUCGCCGUAAGCGCCGCGUCACUGCGCAGCGGUCCGCGUAGGCACAACAGGCCCGCGGCCGAGAGAAUUCUAUUCGCGAGGGAUCCGAGGAUUCGCCAUGGACGAGGAGGCCGACGAAGAGUGUUGCGCCGCCGCCACGGUUUUCGGCUGUUUUCCCGACGUCAGGCACAAGAACAAAAAGAAACCGUUGCGGGCCCCGGGGGCAUCGUCGCAACCGGCGGACCGCCGACGGGACGACCCGGCCGGUUCCGUGCAGUCGUUCUACCGGCAGAACCGCGGCAAGUCCUGCCGGAAGAUCAUGCGGUUCAACGGAUAUCCGAACAAGGUACGUGGGCUAGCGCAGUGUUGCGCGAUCGGUAUUGAAAACGGCGCGAAAGGUUAUUAUAGUUUUGUGCGAUUUUUUCGAGCGGCCGAUGUUGACGUUUUGGGUUUUAGGAAAAUAAAAAAAAAAAAAACCGUACAUUUAUUUCGCGCCACGAGUGUGCCGCUGAUUGCCGAUGGCUAUACGGUAAUUUAAUUUAUGAUACACGGGUAGGGGUACGGAAAAAAAGAACAUGGAUAAACCGUGAACGAAAAAUGGUUCGGAGUGAGGUGAGGUAAAUUUCUCCGCGCGCAACCAAAGGAUUCCAGACAUUCGAAUACGUCAAGUCCGAAACUCAAGCGUGACAACUGGUGUAUAGAAAUUUAAAUUUUAAAAAAAUAAUAUGGACAUACUUCGCGCGAGGACCGCUGUUGUUGGUAAGAAGCCGCGGAGGUAGAGGAGAAAUUUAAAUUAUAUCUGUACGCAACGAUUGAUCAUUGUAAACGAAGAACGAUUCUGAACGGAGUUCGGUUUUACAUGCUUUGAAAGGCCAUAAUAUUUACGAUUUAAAAAUAAUAUAAUUUGUAACUUUUCCCGUUUUUCCCGUUCAUUAUGAAAACUUUUGGGAAAAUCAAAAUAUGAUCUCCUUCAAUUACCAUCCCAGUCAGAUUUUCUUUCAGAACAAGUGCUACGAAUGAUAAUCGGAACAAAAUUUUUAGUAGAAAAAUAAUUGUUCACAGAAAAAUAAAAAUAAACAUCAUUGUAAUACCACUCAGUUCAGAAUCUAAAACCAAUCGUCGAGAAAUUUUCUAAUCCUCAUUUGUUGGUCUGCGUUCAAAAUUUUAGAUUUUCUUAGAUCUGCCGUGGCCCCUGGCCGUCGACUCUGCCCGUAAGAGUGUAAGCCGGGUCGCGGGAAGUAACGCUAACGCGUCUGCCGUCCGGUGGGGUUCAUAGGAAGGAGGGUCUAAAUAGUUUUUUUUAAAACAUGUUUUGUUUUACUAUUAAAAAAAUAGUUCGGGAAAUUACAAAAAAAAACUACUUUCCGAAUAUGCACCGAGUAUAUCACGAUAAUUAAUGCCACUCGCGGAAACUCCUUGACUUUCUUUGACGAAGCAAGUCUUUCGGUCUGAAACCCAUUGAUGGAAAUAUGUGGGGGGACUUAAGUGGAAAUUAGCCGCCCUCCCCGCUGGUCGGCCGCGGUCUUUACAGUAAUAUAGAAUGACUUACAAUUAUAUUGUUAUAAACGCAUUAAGUUGCAAUUAUUUUUAGGACUUUUUUUAAAUUUCGCAAUAAAUACAAAAAUAUUGUACGGUAAUAAUAAAACGUGUAAUAAUAUGACUUUACAGAUACCUACUUAAUCGUAAUUCGGGCUGAUCGCGGUUGAUAUUAACGCGCAGCUGACCGAAUCGGGUUGCCUGGCCAGUGGCGUAUCCAGAAACGCGAAUUCUAUGAAAUAUACCGAGUUUUAGAUUCUGAGCAGAGUGAGGAAUGUAUUGGUUUUACAAUGAUUUUUAUUUUUGUUUUUUUGUCCACAACUUUUCUGCCAUCAAUAUUUCGUUCCAAUUUACAAUGAUUAUCACUUUUUCUGAAAGAAAUUUGGAAUGGGGAGGUACUUUAGGUUGGUAAUUUUUUGAUUUUUCCAGGUGUUUUCCCAUCAAGCGGAAAAAACGAAAAAUGUACGAAAUGUAGGUAUAAGUUCAAAAAUAUUAUGGUCUUUUUUUUCCUGUUACUUUUUCUGAAAGUAAAUUUUCACUGGGCUGAGUCUAUAAGGAAGUAAUCUUUUGUUUUUCUAGGAGUUUUCCCAAUUAAUCGGAAAGACCGGGGGAAAAAUGGGGAAAACCGGAAAAACGUAGGAAAAACGGAAAAAUAGGUACAAUAUUAUUACUACAUGAUAUAUAUAUAUAUAUAUAUUGUUGACACUGUCAACCGAACUUCGCUCAGAAUCGUUUUUUCGUUAGCAAUGAUUGAUCGUUGUGAACAAUCAAAGUAUUCAAAAACAUCGGCUUUAACUACACUUAACAAUUUCAAAAAUCAGAAUUUGAAUACAAUAAGGAAAAUGAAAUGAAAAAAAUGGAAUGAACACUCUUAGUAAAUCACCCUGUCAAUUCACCACUGUCUGUAUUUCCCGGAAAUAAUCGAAUUUUCAAAUUUUAAUUGCGCGUUUUAUGUCUAUGGGUAAUAAUGUUUAACUACCAGCUUCAUCUCAAGUAUAGAACUAAAUUACGUAAAUACUAGCGUACAACAUAAAUAAUUACCGAAACGUUACACCGCGGAAAUAGUGCACAAACGGGAACGAGGUUCGGCUAAUUGGCACUGCAUUUUAUGCGCCCAAACGUGUGUAAUUCGAGUAAGGGGUUAUGCGGUCGAACGUACCAAUUUGUCGGGAUACAUUAUGACCGAACUUAUCGGCGGGUAACAUAACUUAUAAUGCGUUUUGGGCCGCGUAUUCCAUCCGGUUCUGCGUGCACGGCGAAAUUCUUCAGGCGUCUUCAUUUAACCGGCCAAUUGUCUAUGCAAAAUAUUAUACAAUGCGUUAUAGGGGCGGGGGGGGGAGGGUUCGAAUAAUAAUUAUACGACAAUAUGUAUUAUGUACAGCGUACGUAUGAACACGUUUGGGGUUCAUACGUCCAAUGCGGUGGCUCUGGUCCUCGGCUUAAAUCACUUAAACCGAUUCGUUCGAAAGUAGAUUCGAGCGUUCGAAGUUCCUGCGAACGUCUUGCGAGUUGUCGAUAAGUUGUUUGGCAGCUGCACCGGUGUGCAGCUCUUAGACUGCUUCUGCGUGUCUGUUAAUAAACUCCUCGAUUUUGUCCUGGAUUGAUGGUAACUAUAUUGUUCAGAUCGCGAUGGAUGAUGUCGAUUUCGUCUAACGAACGUGUUACUACUAUACAAGGGUAUGAUUCCGAAUUGUUGUCCAAAUGUUUCCAAUUCAGGCGACAGUCAAUGCGCAUACGGUAUUUAGAUGAAUGUUUUUCAUGGGAUUACUGUGUAUGACAACAGAGGGAUAUUCGCUGUUUAACGAAAAGUAUAAUUUGCGUGCACCGACUUGUCACUUGAUUCGAAUUUUUCAACGUAGUCUCUUUCAGAUAACGACGUUGUCAAUUGAAAUCUAUAAGUUAUCAGUCACAGUCUGUCGGCACUUAUUUUGUUAGGAGGUAUUCAUAUUGUGAAUGAUAUUGGAUGUGUACACAUAUACUUAUGUACACAUUAAAUCACGAUGCGUUUCGUUUCAUCGAAUGCCAAACUGUUUUUUGUACGGCCAAUGAUAUGUCUCUGCUGUGUCUUUUCGCACGAAAAUACAGCGAACGAGUGGAGUGGAAAUAUCCCGAAAACAUUUUAACGGGACAUUUAUUGUUACGUUUUAACAAUUAAGAGUACCGUUGAUUUCUUUGAUUAAAUGCAAUAUGACGAACAAUUUCGGACCGAUAUCUAUAUAUUAAAAUUGAUAUAACAAAAAUAAAAGUACAAUAUUCUUUACUGUAAAAAAGGUCAACGGAAUUGAUGUCGCGGCGUUCUGUUCUGUGAUUAUAACGCCAUUAUUAACAACGACAAUUAUUAUAAUAUUCAAUUUCUAUCAAACAAAGUAACUCGGAACUUACAGCUACAGGAAAUUACUGAUAACGACAAGCGUUUUUUUAAAAAUGUAUGCGACGUUCCUUUAAAAUUUAAAUACGUCAAAACUCGCACGUACUCCGUACUUCAGGUUUCUACAACGCGGUCGCCCCUCUUCCCCUGAUUAUUAAUAGCUAUGAUAAAUUUACUGUUAUAACAUUUUUUUUCGACUUGUAUCAUUUAAACCUAUCAAAUAAGCGGCUGAAAACUCAAAGUUAUGAGCACAUAAGUUUUAAAACCGCUAAAAUAAGCCAAAAAGGUAAAUAUUUCAAAAAUAAGAAAAAAAAAAUUAAAUAAAAUACAUAAACAACAAGUAGAUAACAGAAACCAAUACGAGUUGUGUUGUAAUACUAUACAAUGUACUUAACCUAUUAUAAAAUAAUAAAAAUGCAAAAUAAUUUUCGAUUUUACUUCUAUUGCACACACACAGAAGAAAAAAAUCAUUGAAAAAACUAACUAAAUCCUUACAAAGUCACAAAGUAGAAAAUAUGCGAAAAAAUAAAGAAAUUAGUGAAUAACUUAAAGAUCCUAGAGGGGGGGGGAAUUGUUUGUAAUUGUAUUUUCCAACAAUUAUCAACCUUUUUAAUAAACUGUUAAAAUGUCGUAUGUAAGUACGGAAAAGCCGCGGGGGGGUCAUUAUGUCCCCUUUCGGCGUUCCCCCUAAUGGAUGCCUAAUGGAUCCCAUUGAGUAUGCACUUACUAGUCAUCUGAUACUCGUUUGAGAAUGUGUGUCAUGGUUGAAUUCAAUUAAAAUGAAUAUUUAAAACAUAGGAUGCCGAUUAUUUGCGUAUGCCGACGUCAGACGAACGCCAAAAUAUAAAACUAAAUAAAUUAGAAACUAAAAAACCACCAGAACCAAAUGGCUAUAAAUUAUUCGAGACUGCAUUCUCAAUCCUUUUAGAAAAAGUAAAUGUAUUUAUUUUUUUUUGUAACUUCUUUAAUGGAACAUAAGACAUUUGCAAUUUAUUCAGUAUUUUUUUCGAGUUACCCGGAGAAAAAUAAAACUAAUUGGUUACAGAUAACUCAGAUAACAAUCGAAAUAUUAGACAACGAGAACAGAUAUUUUUUUAAAUUUAAUGUUUUUUUUUUAUAAGGCUUUCAACUUUUUUUUUCCACUUUUGAAUUGAUGCCGGACUGGGAACCUCAAAGAUACUACUUUCGACCCGCCACCAUCGUUUAUCGACACAAAAUCACAAGUACUUACGUAACACGGGCGCAACUAGAGCCUAAAUCUUGGGGGCGCUAAAAUUGUGUAACGAAAAGUAACCCGUGGGAGCCACUCCCCCACACCCCAAAAUAUCAUUUAUUAAUUGUUUAUGAAUAAUAAAAACCCUUCUAAAAUGAAACAUAUCUGUUAUAACAUAUCUGUUGCUUGAAACAUUUUAAUAUGUACCUAAUGUUUAAUAAAAUAGUUGGUAAACGAAAUAGGUAAACACGGACACUGGAGUAACGAGUACCUCGACAGUCACAAACAAUUUUAAAUUCAUCUCAUAUGAUUGGGCCGAUAAAAGUUUAUAUUGAACUCAUGAAGGUAAUAAUAAUAUAACAGCAAUAUAUUAUUAUCAGUCCGUCACAGCACAUAUCUAUAACGUGUAUGGUGCAUUUUUAUGUGACCAUAAAUAAUAAAUAAUGGAUAGGCAUAGAUAAUACGUAAUGUAUUAUCUAUGGAUGUGACUCAUCGCUUAAAAAUAGCUCUCAAGCAAUCGGUUUAUCCGUUACGGUAUUUGAGAAAAUAUAUCACCGUAUUCAUAGAUUAUGUUACACGACGUUUGAACGAAACAGUUCUAAAUAAAACUUGAAAAGAUAAAUUUGACAGUAUUUCACUGUAAGUAUUAUUGUGGUGUCGGACCUAAAAAAACAAGGGAUGCUAAAUUUGAACUCAGAGGUGCUAAAGACCCUCUUGCGCUCCGAUACUGUUUAUUCGGUUCAUUCCCACGUCGCCGACUUCCACUCUAACGACAACAUUUUAUUUUGUUAAUACUUACUUGUAACGUACGUUACUUCAAGGUACAUCUACUCGUGACUCCAUCCUACUAUAGCUCAUGUUAAAACAACUCGUUUUCGUUGUCGUUUUUGCAGUGAUUACACUAGUAAUCUUAAAUUGUCACUGUACUAAAUCGCAAAACUAUACUGAACUUAAAUUAUGAAAAUAAUAAUUAAAAUUCUUUUGAACUUCUAUCUAAACGGUGAUUACCUAUUGUUAUUGUUAAAUAGUCGUUUGCAUUUUCGAUAGUACUAAAUUUAAAUAUUUGUGGCGCUCGAAUUUUUUUACUAAUAAUAAUUUCAUUGUAACAAUAAUAUUUCAAUUCAAAAUAGUAAUAAUACCGACUUACGUGUCGGCAAAAUGAGAAGAUUUUUAAUAACUUUUAAAACCGGUUUAUUUAUCCAAAAUUAUUAGGAACUAUUUAUAAAUAUCAGAACAUUUUUGUUAUUUUGACCGUUUAAAACGUUUUAAACUAGUGUGUUUUAAAACACUUUACAAACCUGAUCAAGGCACACAGAAAUCAAUUUCCUUGGUGGCUACAAUAUAGAGACUCGUAAAUUAUAUUGCCAUUAUUCUAUUGUAUUCGUUAAUUUCGGCAUGGUGUCAUACAAACGUCACGCGUCGUCGUGUAUAAUUAAAAGUUAAUCUAAUGUAAUUUUUGCUACUAUUAUAAAUCACUUUGAGAAUUCCGUAAAUGACUUAUGGAAUAAAAUAUUAUUAUGUUCCGUCCGUCCGAAUUUUAUUUGCGUAAAUAAUGUGUACAUUAUUUUUUACCGCUUGUUAAUAAUAACGUAACGAUAGCAUAAAUUACAUAGCGUGUUAUCGUUUUGUCGAGAGUAUUUCUUUUAGAUACUUUCUUUUUCUUUUUUUCUUUUUUUCUACAAUGUUGCAAUUCAUAUAAUUAAUUGUUUUACAAUGCGAGAAAAACCGACAAAAACUUUUAGUUCGUCCGAAUGAAAAUAUCAUUUAAACAGACGACGGUAGGUACCUAAUUGUUUGUUCAAAUAAUGUAGACGAGCGAAAAGUUCGGUGUUUGUGUUGAACCGCUGCGAAUAAAAAAUAAAAAAAUAAAAGUUGAGAGACGCGCUUGUCAUGUACUCGAAAAUGGUCAAGUUCAAGUCACACUCAAAUCGAGAAUUUUUUCCCUUCUGCUAUAGGUAUGAAAUUUUCAUAUCCAAUCCGUCUGCUUCGGGGUUAAGAAUUAAAAAAAUUAAAAAUUAUUAUUAGUGGUGAAUAUUGGAGAAAAAUUGUUAUUAUCGACUUUAGGUUGACAAUAAUAAUAAGCGGUCGGCUGCAGCUGUUAUCGGUCGAUUAUAAUUAUUUUACUCACUAGCUUUUUUAUAUUUCUGUUUUCAUAUUAAUUAUACAUUCAAAAUUCAAAAUAUAAAUUUUUUUAUAGCAUAUUUUAUGUGCAUAUUUGUCGUUUUUUUAAUGCAUAAAUGCAUACAUAUACUAAGGUUUAUAAGUACUAUAGAAGUCCUCACUCCUAGUUAUAACUAUUAUCUUCUUCUUCUUUGCAGUUGCCUUGAAGUCUUCAUAACUAAGACUCGCCAAUCUAAGUCCGGUUAACCUAACCUAAUUCAAUCUUAUUGGUCUUUUACAUUCUAGGGUACCACAUGGUACCAAAUGUACAAACAAAUCCUUUUUUCGCUACGCGUGACCAGUCCAAGAUUUCGUCCACUUUACUCGUAUAUUGGAUUUUUGAUAAAGUUCCGUAAUCUCCACUUUAAUUCUGACCCUCUACGCGUCCGUGUUCGCAUCUCCGCAAGGACUGAAAAUCGCUCCUAUAAUUUUUUUUUUUUCAAAUAUAAAUGGGUUAUAAUGAAUGAAUAUAAUUUUCUUGUAUAUCUAGUUGUUUAUUUACAAUUUUAUAUUAAAUUCGAUCAAAGGACAUAUUCGGCGGUAAAACUUCAAUACUAGAUUAAAAAUAUUUUAAAUUAAAUCAGUUUCUAUGUUUAUUUGAUAUUUUAUAUGUUCGCUUCACAUUUCGGUAGUUACAUUAUUUUUAAAUGCAUCAUAACAUGUCAAUUUUGUGUGCUUAUUUAGCUGUUUGUUUAGUGCAUACACGUGCUUGUAUAAUAUACAUAUAUAUUUAUUUUUUAAUGCGUAAAAAUCAAACCCUAAAUAUUAUUUAAUAGGACUUUGCACGCGGCAUCAGAAGUAUAGACGAGCUGGAGGAAGAGUAUAUCGUUUCUUUACAAUGUAUACUUCCGAGUAUCGUACGACACAACCCUUUUUUUAACGCGGAAAUUCGAUAUAACAUCACGAUAAUAAUAUAUUAUGCCUAUCCUGCUCUGCAACGUGUGCACCAUUGUCUCGCAUAGCGUAUACAGGGUAUACAGGGCGGUCCACGGAGAGCGGAGGGCUCCUUAGCCAUACCCUAUGAGUCUUAUAUUUUGUAUUAAAAAAAAAUAAAAUAAAGCCGAUACUUUUAAUGGGUGUGCCACUAUUGUAUGUAUGUGAAGUUGAUAAAGUAGGACACAUAGGGUUUUUUCAUUUAUAUAUCUAUACGCAAAUCGUUGCUAAUGAAAUAAGACUCAUAGCACAUUUUAUACAUUUAUUUCGAGACAAAAUGUUGGUAUUAAAAAUAUUUACUUCUGAUGAGUCGCUGGUUUUCUAUAAUUUUUUUAAAUUCACGUUAAUGUAAAAUGUUUUCAUUGCUACUUAUAUAAUAUAAAAUAAAUCAAUUCAUUUAUUGUUGAUGGUUUUUGUAAACUUCAUAAUUGUUUAAAAAAUUAACGAUUCAUCGUUAGUUUGACAUUUUUAACAUCAAAAUGUUGUUUCAAAAUAAAUUGUUACAAUUUUAUUACUUGAAACUUUUAGUUUUAAAUAUAAAAUAGAAGAAUCAUAGCGCAAUGCUAUGACAGUUAUUACUAAACAUAAAAAAAAAAAAAAAUGCAAAAACUAUUGAACAGAACAAUAGUUAUUGCAUCUGUCAGAUUUCGCUGAACACCCUGUACAUCCUCCGAAAUUGCACCACCACCGCCACUGCCGCCGCCGCUGUCGUUCCCUCAUUCACUGCUAUAAUGCAUAUAGCCAACGGCUCGACAAACGAAAAAAAAAGUGUUCGAAGACGAAAAAACAAAAAAAGGAACCGUCACCCUCGACAUGGGGCCUUGGGGUCGACCCACAGUGGCCGGAGUCGCGCGUAUUCCCCUAUAUCCGCCGAGAUUUAGCGCUUUAUCCGCGGGCCGCGAGUAAUGGGAUUUAGUUUGGAAAACCCGCCGAGAGGACACAUUUACGUUCAAAGGCAAAACAAUAAUGAUACGAUAUGAUAAUACGCGCGCGACUGUAUUAUACUUAUAUCAUCUAUAUAGGUACUAUCGUUUUGGAAACGGUCACGCACCGCGAUCUAUUGUCGGAUUCGAUUUGUGACGUUGUUCUUUUUACCGCGAACGGUAAAAAUAGUCAACGCGGACAAAAAGGCCGCGGAAAACCGGUACUCGGAGUUAGCUGUCGAGUACCGAGGGGAAACGAUAAUAAUUGUUCCUAUUGGCCAAACAGACGAAAGAUAAACACUACACGACGAUUUUCGGUAUUUCAAAUAAAUUACUUAAAAAACGCCAGAAUAUUUUCAGAAUUGUGCAGCGUUUAUAAAGUGCCAACGUCUUUACUCGACGUAAACUUAUUGACUAAACUACAGCGGAAAAAAAAUUCGAAACAAAAUAUAAACCGUUAUUGCGUAUACAUAUUCUCGUUUUUCCUCUCCGAGAUUUUUCUCAUUCGAACUCGUUCAUAAACUGUAAACAAAAAAACAAAAAAAAAAGGAAAAUAGCCCGUAUCGGCAUAAUAAAACUAAUAUAUUCCCCAUAGCUUUGCAUAGAAUCCGAAACAAUAACCACAGUAAACCAAUCGGAUUCUCGUUUAGAGAAUUUAAAACGACCAUUUCAAUCGUGGUGCUUAUACCCAGAGAACCUACCCAUAGAAAUAUUUAUUCGGCGGAAAUCGGUCGGCGUUUUGGUCGGAUGGUAAUGGAUAUUGGUGGCAAAGGAAAUGUUAUACACCUUUGAUGUACGCAUUAAUUAAUAAUAAAAAAAAAAAAACAGAUUGUUUUACCUACCUGUAUAAAUUUACAUUUCCGAAUAAUUACCACCGUCCGACAUUUCGUAAAAACUACAGAAACACAUUCGCCGUUCUGUCUAAACGUAUAAACGUACAUAGUGAGGGAUGAAUAAAGAGCGUUUUACUGAAAUUAUUUUUCUCGGAUUUUAUUUUCUGCCGCGUUCAUGUAGGGUCGGUAACGUUUUUGGUGAAUUUUUGGUCGGUGAAAAAAACAAUCAGCUAAUAACCGACGGUAAUAUAAUUGCACUUCGCCCCUAAACCUGAGUCGACAAGGUUUUCUUUUAAAACCUAUAUUCCUGUUAAAACGCGACAAAACUUGUGCGAAUGAUUUGAACUUUUUUUUAUCGAUUUCCUCGGCGUGACGAAAAUAUUCGACGAUUUUUUUUUUUUUUGUUUGUUUAUUUCCGUAUAAUUAUUUCUCGUUUGAUACCAUUGUCAUACGCGGAGAUAAAUACCUACUUGUUUAGAAAGGAGACAUUUUUUUUUAAACGUCAAGCGAGACGCACGUUGAAUUUUGAGUGAAAACAAAAUUGAAAAUAACAAUACUGUUAUUUUCGUAAAUCUUCUAGUUUUUCUAACGUUUUAUCCCAGAAUUUUUCCCGACCUCAUCAAUACCACAACUAAUUCCGAAAUUCUACAAACAGUUUUUUUCGUCGUUUUUAACACGAUAUAAUUUAUUUUCAUGAAAAUAUUUCUGGUUAGAAAAGUUGUCAACAGACACAUAAAAACACCCAUCAUAGUAAAAAAAAAAAAAAACAAAUAUUAUCUGCUCGGAGUUUUGUCUAUUAUCAUUUUAGUUAAACCCGAGAUAUAGUAAAUCGUAACAAAACGACCGCUCAUCGUACGGCUUUUAAAGUAUAAUAUAUUUUGCUCGCACUGUACUGAAAAAUGCACGACCAUUGUUCCGUAGAGACAAAAAAUAAUAUGGUUGGCGCGAAUUUUCUUUUUUCUUUUUUCUUUUUUGUCGACCACGACUUAAAGGCAGAAGAAUUAUUAUCUCAGAAGAGAAAUCGCGUUACGCGUAUUAUACCGGGGUUUCAUCAAAACGAAACGCGUGUUUCCUUCGAACGUUUUCAUUUGGACAAAAAAAAAAAACGGACCGUAACAAUGAAAAACUUUUGUUAUCUCUCGAGUCGGCGAAUUGCAAAUCAAAGCUUCGGCGGUAUAAUUAAUCGGACUAUACUAUAUUGGCGAGUAUGGUUACAGCGGUUACCACGGUUAGAUUAACGGUCAGAGACGUACGUCUUGUAACCCCCCAUUCCUCACCGCCCAGAAGGAUAGGGGGCGAUUGAUAAAGGUCUUUCACGGGUGACGUUUUCAAUUAUAAAUACACGCGCGUAUCUCACUCGGUCGCGAAGAAGUCUCUAGGGGUUUUUCUAUUUAUAGUUAGGUACCUCGUUUUCAAAUAAGUUUUUUUUUUUUUUUUUUGAAUAUACACGAGUUUAAAAAAAAAAGCCCAUGAGGCAAAUCUCGUUUUCGUUUCGAAUUUUUCCCAUAUAUAGUGGUUUUGGGUUAUAAAAUAUAGGAAAACUAAUACAAAUGAAAGGGGACCACUCCGGCCACUACAACAUGGCUGUAGCAGCAGCAGUCACAAUGGUUUUCAUUCGAGUAUACCUACCCGCCUUUAUACAUAUACUUCUUUCAAUAGCAAGUGGUUUUCGAUUAGUUUACUCGAGAAUACAUCCGGGAAUGUCAGUGUAUUUACAGGUUUUUAUAUUUUAUUUAUGUAGGUACACACAUACACAGCUUGAGCUUGGUCGUCCGACUCGGCUUUUUGCAAUAUUCUCGCACAUAGGUAUUUCGUAGAAUGCUCGUACCAAAUAUGUAAACAGUGGUGUAGGCCGGAUGGUGUAUGAAGUAAAGGGCUUUGUCCUUUUAUCAAUAAUCUCAAAAAUACAAAAACCCUAGUAUUUAUUGUGAGUAUUUAUUUAGUCAUUUUAUCUUGAAAUUAGCGGUUUUCAAAUACUUUUUAUCAUACUGUUUAUUAAUAAAUCGAUAAAAAAUUAUUAAAUAUAUGUAUAUACUAUUCAAAAAUACAAUGAAACGCGUUUAAAAAGAGAAUGAAAAUUGAGAAGAAAUACAUUUUUUCAAAUCGAAAAUGUCAAAAAAGAAGCGAAAUAAUACUUUCAAAACUGAGUUUGUUGUCACGUAUAUUAUAAUGGUAUUAUAAUUCGAACUUUUUACAUUCUAAGAAAGCUGUAAUGUUUUUGAAUAGGCAAAAAAAAAACGACCAUUUUACGUGGAUGGGCCACUGUUGUAGGUGAGAAUUUGGGAAGGUAGAGGGGAAAUUUAAUGUAUAUCUGCAUACGCAACGAUUAACCGCAGCUAACGAAAAACGAUUUUGGUUAAUAAUGAUGUUUUGUCAACAAUAUUUAUUUCACAUAGUAAAAUAAUUACAAGUGUAUUGAAUAGUUUCUUUAAUAAUUCUCGUCUAAUGUUAUAUUUAUUUUUCCGUUUUUUCAUCAUUCGUUCCCAUUUAUCGGGAAAACUCUUGGGUAAAUAAAAAAAUGACAUCCUUAAUGUACCUCCCCAGUCAGAUUUCCUUUCAGGAAAAAUGCUAUCUGGUAGAAAAGUUGUUCAUAGGAAAAAAAAAAUUAACCUCAUUGUAAAACCAAUACAUUCGCUACAAAUUCCCGCCGUCCUAUUAUAGUAGGUACGGGCUGUACGUACUAAUAUCAAAUUAUAAAAUAUUUGACGAGUGUAAUAUACUAACCACUAUCUAUGUUGUUGUGUAACAAUUAUUAUUUUUUAAAGUACCAUAACCGAACGCUAAUGUUAUUAAACUAUAUUUGUUAAGAUGGCGAUCAUCGAGAAAACGAGUCGAGUCGGGUCGAACAAAUUUCGAAAAACCAACCCCAAACGACGUAUUAUUAUCGUAAUAAUAAUAUCCGAGUAAAAAGUAUUUUCCGCGAUUCCAAGAUACCUACGCAAAUUGAAAACUCUGUUCGGCAAACAACAUAAUACUCACAUAAAGAAAUUCACAAAUAAUAAUACCAACCCACACAUUGUAUGCAUUUUUCAUUACUCGGACUCGGGUUCGUCGAACUAAAUCGAAGUCGCCCAUAUUGAGGAUUUAUUCAAUUUCGUAUACCGGACAAAUACAAUUUCUAUAAAAAGAAUCACAAUCCAGGGAUAUCCAGAAAUGGAAAGUAUCUCGGAUGUAUCGGUGCCUCGCAUUUUCUGAAAUUGUUUAAUUGUAUCUCUUAGUAUCUAAAACAUGUAUAUACUAUUUUCUUUCGUGUAUAUUGUACCUGUAUAUUGUAUUUUAUUAUUUUUAAGAGGCUCUCGACUACUAGUGAUACAUCCAAGAUAAAUUUUUUUUUUUUUUGAAAUUAAACAAAACUUACAAAACUAACAAACAAUAAUGAUAAAACUUAUUUGAAAUAAACUGUCGUUUAAAUUUGCUCUCCUUAAUUUUAGGAAAUUUGCGAGAGAUCGCGUUUCCUAAAAGCAUUUCGAAAAACUGGUUUUAAACUUAAAUUACUUUUUGAUCCGGAUUUCUUACAAAUAUUUAUGCCGUUAUCGUGUUAUUGUGUCUUGCAGUCACGAUAUAAUAUUAUUGAUAUAGGAAAGUAAUACCAUCAAACUUAUAAAUACUUUUAUCUAUAUUACAAAAAAUAAAUAAUGUAUUUUUGAUGUUUUGUUAAAAAUAUAAGUAAUAUUGGCGUAUUUGUCAAUUUCAUGACAUCUAAAGGUAAAAGUUUAUGCAUCAAAUAUAUCUAAUAUCUUAAUACUUUUAUCAAGUAUCUUGCAUUUUUGACCGUAUCUGAAGUCAUAUCGAUAUGACAUGCAAUACGGUAAUUGUGUCUUCGCCGGGCCAGGAAUUCAUAGAAAAAUGAUUUCCGCACAGAUUGUUAUUUGUAAAGUAUUUGAGCAUAAGUAUUCGAAUAAUUGUUCAGUAUGGAAACAUAAGACGAUUAUACGAGCGUUUCAAAACAUUAGACGACGCCCUGACCAGUAUAAUCCAGGGCCAUGGCCAGACCACAUAAUCACGGGGGAGGAUAAUCAACAUUUUUGAUGGAUUAUUGUAAAAUUGAAAAUAUUAAUUUUCCUUGACAGCGAGUUUGAUAUUAUUUUGAGUGUAUUACGGGUAGAACGAAACUGUAUCACUAUGAUUUAUAGUUUACAGGCACAAAAUAAAGAGGCACAUAAACCUUCAAUAACGCGAAAACAAAUUGACGACUGACGUUGACUGACCGGCCUGCUUUUCUCAGAUAUUGACGUGAAAUGAAACCGACCGGAAUACACUGUAAUUUUAUCAGAACAUAGACGCAUUAUCACUAGGCCGUGCGUUUUGUAUGUGACCGUUUUCCUACACGCGUCACAACGUAGGGCACGUCGGUAGCUGCGUUGCAGUGCGUCCGGACGCGCUACCAGUCUGGACCAGUGUCGGCCGUGCUGCGUCCUGCGUCUUGCACAUUGAAAACGUCGAAAAAAUGCGCGUUCUCUACAACCAACGAUGAAACGUUAAUUGAACAGUAUUUUCAAAUACUGUCUUGUCGCUUUUGUAUUUAUACUUACACACCGGUACGCGGACAUUAUGCAAUCGUUUUGAAUUAGCAGCCACGCAGUUAUAAAAAAAAAAUAUUUCGUCACACCCCGAUAACCGUGAGCGUUUCACAAAUAAUAUUAUUAUUGUUUGAAACUCAUUGUCGUCGCGUCACGACGAAGGUGUUGUUUGUAAAGUAAAUUUAAAAAACCACGUGCGUAUUAGAUCACAGCUGCGCGAGCGCUGGGAUUUCAGUGAACGCUGUUUGAUCGAAAAAACAAAAACGACCGCAGAGAAAACGGACGAACGAUGCGUCUGGACGCUGCAGGGGAAAACGCACCUUCAAAAUUAAACGACUUACGACUCAACCUAAUCUAAUCGUUCUAUCCGUAUGUAUCUAUAUUCUUAAAGUACAGUUUUAAAACAGGUAUUUUAAAAUCGUAUCUGUACUCUAAGGAAUAUUUUUUAAAAAGUAUCUAUUUCGAAUAUGUUUCCAUUGUGUUUUAUUGUUUACCGCGCCGUUUUUGCAAGACGAGUGACUUUCGGAUAGGUGCCUAAACCAACUCGACUUACUCGUAUUAUCUUAACGUGCGAGUAUAUUUGAGUCGAAAAAAAAACAACCGCCCACACACCGUUUACAAUAAUAGUAAACCGCAAGAUACGCAAGAUUAUACGACCUAAACGUGGAUAUUUUUAUUAUUAUUUUUAAACGUAAUUUUAUUCGAAUAAACCGUUAUUACGAAAUAUUAGAAUAUAAAUUCUAUACGUCGUUUUUACGACCGUUGUGAUAUUUCUAAUAAAAAAAAAAAAACUUUUUUUAAAGUUUUUAAUCAAAUCUGUUGAAGUUUAAAUUACUGUAAAACAACGUUGCCAACACGUCAUAGCGUGCAGGAAUAGUUUCUUCGCUCCGAUAUUAUAAUAUUUUUUUUUUCGACCGGUAAUGUAAAAAAAAAAAAUGUUCGACACCUAUAUAGUAGGUAUGUAUAGUUUAUACGGCCACAUUAUUUUACCGCACACCGCAGUAAAACCGCGGCGAGUUACAGCGUAUCGCUCAAACCCUAAAACAUUGAAACAAUUUUAUACGAUAAAUGCUCCCGAAUUUUAUUACGAAAAUUUGGAUCGCAGUACAUUAAUAUACGAAUGACGUGCGCAGUGUAUAAAAUCAUUUAAAUGUUUUAUUUGUCGACACGUGUUCCGGCGGCGUAUUUAUGAUUUUCGUUACGAUGAUAGUAAGGGGGGGGGGUUGGUGUAGGGGCGAUAAGUAAACGCAUGUUGUUUAACCGAGAGUGGUUUGAUUUUACCCCCGCAUCAUUCUCCAUAUAGAGAACCAACUAUAAUAUUAUGACAUACAUAAAGCAUCUAAUUUUCUGUUCUCCUUAUUCUUCAAACGUAUCACAUCUCGUCAUCUAUGGCCUCGUCCGUAAAUAAAAAAAAAACGAAUUUCACAAAAAGAGAAAAACUCACAUGGAAAAGGUUGGAAAUUAAAUCCUAGACAGUUUUCCUUUUGAAAGCAAAAAACUUAUUGUUGUUUUUGAUUAGUUUGCUUUACAGGCCAUUUAGGCAUUCUGCAACUUUCACCAAAGAUCUCGUUUGUUCUCGAUCAUCUGUAUCCCCAAUGCUUCCCCUUUCUUUAAAAUGUUAAUGUUAAUGUUUAAAAGUCCUUUAUGUCAUUUUGGUCUAUCAUUUCGUCGAUAGUUAAUAUAGUCUUCCUAUUAGCCGUUUUUUAUUUAGCUUGCUGGUCAGAACUCGGUUUUGUUAACCUAUUUUCUCAGCACCCCAUACGAUAUGUUCAGCCUUUUCAUUCUGACCUUUUUGAUUUUGAAAAAUCUUGUAUGCUGGGUCCAUUGUACAGUUUGUUUGUGUUUACGUUCCUUCUCCGCUUUGUAUUUGUAUUUGUUCUCCGCCAGUCUGAGGGUAUAGCAUAGGUCCGCAUAUUUUCCUCUCAAAAAUCAUUAAUUCUGUACCGACACCUUGCGUCGUGAAUCAUGUCUCUCACAUUCACCCCUCUAUACGACAAUACAGUGCGUAGGUAGGGAAGGUCGGUGAAGUUCUGUUCUCGGGGUUUCUUAGAGAAUAAUUUUCGGGUGAACAUUUUAUUACAUAUUGCGUGUUAUUUUUGGGUUGUUGCAGUUAUUCCAAAUUUAAUUUCUAUAUCAUGCAUGUUGUUAUAUUACAAUUGAAAUUCAGAAAUAUUUCGUUAUUACAAAAAUAAAUAUUAUGAGCGAAAACGUUAUAAAUUUCGAUAAAAAUUCGUAUUCAUAAUGUUUACGGCGAUUAUAUAUAAUCCGUCAGUUUUUUAACAAUUUUCUGUCAUUUCGUACACACGUGCGUCGAACAGUUUUCGAUUAAUAGUCGAAUGAUAAAUGAAUACUGUACGAGUAUGUGGAAUAAAAAAAAUGUUGUGUCGAGAGAUACCUAAAUGGUAAUAUUUUGUUCCUUUGACGAAUAAUGAUUAUUCAUACACCGGGUAUAAUAUUAAUCGAUGAUUUGAAUACAAUAAGUGUCAUACCGGAUAUUGUAUUUAAAUCGGAUGGGGUUUGUUUUUUUUUUUUUAUUUUGUUUUUAGAAAUUAAUCGAUCGAAUGUUAAAUAACCUAAUUAUAGUAUAAUAUUUAAUUUUACAUACACCCAACGGCGAAAAAAAAAUUAAUUAAAAAAAAAAAAAACACACACCCGAGACAAAACAAAACGUGCACACCCUUUUAUCUGCGUAAAUGACGGCUACACCUAUAUAAUAUACGCUCUUUAUUGAUUUAAGCCCCGUUAUUGUGUGUAUGGGUUUUUUUUUUUUUUCGAAAUGCACCGGAUAUUAAACUAUAACGAUAAACAAAAGAAGAAAUUAAAAAAAAAAAAAUGUCAAACAAUGAAAUCGAGAAAACGUUCGUAAACUGUUCUUUAAAAUCAACAUAUUGCAUUAAAAAAGUCUAAAAAAAGUCAGGGUAUUUUCAAUUUUUAUCGAUAUUAUUACAAUGUGAAAUCGAUUCAUCUGCAUUUUUUUAGUUUUGUGGACGUGUCGUUUAUUUAUAGAAUUUCGCCCAACCUACUUAUCAUUCAAAUCGUUUCGUAAACUCUUAAUUUUUAUUCAAAGGUUUAACGAAUCGCGUAUGAUCGGUAACGCUGUUAGCGGGAUAAUCAGUAUUGAUUUAACUAACUCAAAUGUAAAAACUCGUUGUCAAGUCGUCAAGUUGUCAAACUCCUCGGUUUCAGAACUGUUAUUUAGGUACGUAAAACAGGUUACGUGUACGGGUGCAAGUAUUUUUUGAGCAAAGUGUUUUUCCGUCUGACAUUUUUUGUUAUAAUAUUCAUUGUCACUUAUCACAAUAUCGAUAUCACUUUUUACUAUUUUUCUUUUUGGAAUCACAACAAUUUAAAAGCCAAGAGUUUUUGCAACCGCUAACUCUGCUUUCCAUUACUCGCGAUUGUCUACCGCUCUUUAAUGAAUUCUCUAUACCUAAUUAUUCCGCGUCUUUUUUCCCCCCGUCCAUCAUUAGACUUCUUCGGACGACCCCAAGAGUCUAGAUCUGUUUUCGGUCGAUCUUCACUUAUACAGUUACAUUUAAAUUUGUUAGAUUUAAGCCGGUGAGUUACAUGGUGACAAUUUUACCGUGCGAACGAAAGUACAUCGCUUUAUACGAGUAUUUAAAAACGCGUACAAUAAAUUAACAAAUAACCUUGCACGUGCCGAGAGAAAAAUAAUAAAAUAACCAUAAUGAGAAUAUUCCAAUAUAUAACAUAGCCAAAAUUACGUUACUACGUAUACUUUAGUAACCGAUAAAUCCGAUUAAGCGGACCAUAAUAUAUGUGGUGGCGUUUUAUAUCGACGACGACGGUCCGACGAAAAAUCAAUAAUUUUCCUAAAACACCGUCAGCAUCUGUUAAACCCCGCGGGCAUACGUGUACAAUAAUCCCCCUGAUGUUUCGGUAUAUGAUGCCGGGCGAUAAAAAUCAGUUCCGGUUCGACGAUCAUCAUGUCGCAUCCCUCGCUAUAUCGUUCGGCCGGGUUUACCAUGAGCCGGUAGGGACUAGGGAAAUUAAAUUUCGGUCGUUUCACAUCACUGUAUAUAUAAAAAAAAAAAAAAAAAUCGCAUAUUUUUGUGUAGGGACUGCCCAUAAUAAUAAUUACAGCGCGGCGAAAUCGGUGUCACAGCCAUUUCGAGACCGCGAUUGAACACGAGUGCGCGCGCAUGACAAAAUGUUAGAGCGUUAAAGUUUUACACUACAUAUCCGUAGCCUUCUGCCGCUGUACAGUGUACAGUACACAGAGAUUUAACUCUUAUCAAACAUUUACCUCGUAGAUAAACGUAAAUCGUAUUGUUUAUUUAUAAUUAAGCAACGAACGCGCAUUGAACAUUUUGUUUUCCCGUAAAUCUAUUUAACGACUACUGCGCUUUGAUACUUUACAGGGGUUUGUUGUUUUUUUUCAUUUCAACCGUGUACCUAUAUAUUUGUAAUUCUUACGCGUUGUACAUUUUUAAUACCCACUGCUCUCGAGUUCUACACGGCAGUCGCACGGAAACACAAUCGCAAACGUUCGUAAUCUAAUAACUCGUCCGGCCAGAUUAUUAUACGAAUUUCAAGUACUUAUAUUUAUAACAAUCUACCAAUUUAAUAUAUAUAUAUGUAUCAAUACAGACCGUUAAAUAACCAGAAUAAAAACCGCAACUGAAAUUUCUCCGAGAAACUUGUAACUUACAUGAAUAAAUCAUUUUUUUUUUAAAAUUAUUUGCUUCCCUGUUUCUUCGUUGUUAUACCACAGAUUUCAGAAUCCGUGCGUUCAUAGACGAUUUUUUCGGGUUUUUUUAUGUUUUAAUUUUUAUAUAAAUACAGUUAUUACUUAAUAGUACCGUUGUUUAUAUAAUAGAAAUAAUUCAGUGGCGCCCGCAGAAGAGGGUAAGAUAGACAACACCCCUCCCCCCCAAAAAAAAAAAAAUUUCUUCCUUCAUUGCAUUUUUUCAAAUCAAGUUUUACAAUUCAACAACACACUGUCUUAUGUCAUAAAAUAAAAUUUAAUUUCAUCAAAAAUCAUUUUAUUCAGUAAUAAUAGUGAUAGUACUGUACUGAUAAUAUGCGCUAUCCUCUCUCUGGGGAAUCAGUACAAACAAAACCCCUCCCGAAAAAAUCCUGCGUGCGCUACUGAGACAGAUUGCCAAUUAAUAUUUAGCAACUGACCUUGGGAUGCAACCACACUAGAGUCGUUGCCAUAUUAACAUUGCGUGGGCUAUCUGUCUAUUGUGUAAUCAAAGGUAAUAUAGGACAGUAGGUAUAUACUAAUAGUGUACUAUAUACUACCAUAAUAAAACACAUAAAACAGAAGAAUCACGUAUUAAUAACAUUGCAGAUGAUUGCACCCGGAGAAACGUAAACAUUUCGCUUGAACACGUUAAAUCCUAUUUUUCAGGUAACCACAAGAAUAACGCAAUGAUAAUCAGAACCGUGUAUCGUGGGGAGACAGAGGUGACCUGCGCCUCUUUAAUUAUAAUAAUAUUUCCGUAGUCAGGGGUUAAACGUGUUAAAUUCUUUAAAUGUUUUCUUCAAGAAAUGUGUAAAAAUGGAACUGAAUCAAUUGAAUCUCAAGCAAUUAGCAUUUGUGAAAAAGUUGGUAUAAAAUCUGAAUUCAAAGUAAAAAAAGAAAUUUAAAAAAAAAAAUCAAUAUGAAGAUUUUUCUGCAGACCAACUAUUAAUAAUUGAAUACUACAAUGUUCUUGAUAAUAUGAAAAAUAACUCUUAUUUCAAAUGAUUUUGAAUUUUUUUUUAGCCAUUAACUAUCUCUAUCACUAGUGUAAACAUCAAAGAUAUAAAUCCAGACAUAGUUAACGAAAUAGAUUUUUUAAAUGUGUAACAAAAGCAAUAAUAUCUGAUAAAAUAACGAAAAAUUUUAGAUACUGUGUAAAGUGAAGAAUGUAUAUGGUUUUACAAAUAUGUUUAUUUUUUUUUAUUUUUUAUGCUGUGUGACAAAAAUGUCUACCAAAAAUCUUGCUCCGAUAUGUCUAUGUAGCACUAUUGCUGAAGGAAAAUACUAUCUCGAUAUAAUAUAAAUAAGUAAUAAAUACAUUUUUUUGUCUUAUUAUUAUAAUUACACUAUUUACUAGUGUCUAAGUUAUUAUUAGUUAUUUUUUACAAAAAUGUGUAGUAAUAUAUCAGCACAAUUAGAACACCAAAUACAUAGUAAGAAGCCGGACAAUUGUGCACGUGGUUGUAACCACUGUUGUAGGUGAGAAUUUUGAAAGGUAGUAAAGGGGAAAUUAAAUGUAUUUAUGUAAGCAUAGAUAAACCAUUGUCAACGAAAAGACGAAUAUCAGUUGAUAGUGAUUCUAUGUCAACAAUUUAUAUAUGUCAUAUUGUUAUAAAAUAAUUACAUGGACAUUAUGUAUUUUCUUUAAUAAUAUUUGUUUAACAUUGAACCUAUUUUCCCGUUUUUCUUACGGUUUUAAAGGUUAUCCCAUGAAGAUGUACCCUUGGAAUAUUUCCGGAGAUAAUAAAAAUAGUAAAAUUCUGUUUUUCUUUUUUAUAUAUAUAUAUCUUAUAGGGCUAAGGAAAACAAAUAUUUAAAUUUGAAUUAAAAAAAUUAGUAAACAAAUGUAAAAAAUAACUUUAUUUUAUUAUUUUUGGAAAAUUUUAAGAUGGCCAUUCUAUAGAGUUUAUUUAUCUGAAACUUUUAAUGUAUUACACAUUUAUAUCCAAUGAAUAGUAACGGCCGUUUUAAAUUCUACUAAUCCGUGUGCAGAAAUCAGAAUUUGAUUAUCCUUACUAUCUCCUGAGAUAAUCAAGGGGUAUAUCUUCGGGGGACAGCCUGUAUUUUUGUCAACUAAUACAUUUCGUACAUUUUCCCGUUUUUCCUCUAUUUUUUUUUUUUCAAAUUUUUCUUAUUUGUUGGGAAAACUCAAAGAAAAAUCAAAAAAUGACUUCUUUAAAGUACUUCCCCAGUCAGAAUUCUUUUUAGAAAAAGUACUAUCAUUGUAAGUCGGAGCGAAAUUACUGGUGGAAAAGUUGUCCACAGAAAAAAUAAAUAAAAAUAAUCUUCGUCAAACCAUAUUCUUCUUCGGUUCACUCAGAAUUUAAAAUAUCAAAUUAAAUGGGAGGGGCGCGUGCGACGGACUAAAAUGUUUAAUUUCGCCUUGGUCGCCAAAUCAAAACGGCUCGGCUCUGAUGUGAAUAUAUGAUUUGUUAUCUAUCGAGGUGUUCCUUUUGGAAUAGGUAAGUCAUUAUUGCUGCGACUAAAAACGUUUAUACUCGGUGUCCGGCGACGACAAAUCACCGGCAAACUGUAAGUUAGUAUUGGUUACGUUUAACGGAUUUUACGCGCAGUGAUAAUAUUUCACCCCCGUUUUGUUUACGACGGAAAAUCUCUCCGAGCCGUUACACCGAGAAGUCGUUCGGAUCUAGACACGCGGUCGGACUCGAUUUAAAAAACUAUAAAACGUUUCUCCGCUGCGCAGUAUAUAAGAUAUUCGUAUUAUACACGUGAAAUUUCCCUCGUCCGCAGUACCGCGAUUUACACGCAUCGGGAGAACGUUCAAAUGCCGGUUUUGUUUCGUUUUAUUUUCUUAUUUUUUUUUUUUUUUUUUUUUUUUUUUAUAUCGUGCCUCGUAGAAGCGCAAAAGAAGAAGAAGAAAAAACGCUUUCGCGGCCCGUUUAAAAAGUUGUAUUACUUUCCGGUCUCGGCUCCGCAUACAGUGGGCGCCGUCGACCGACGCGCGACGGAACGGGAGGUGGGAAGGUAGUAUGGUACGGCGGGGGGGGAGGGGAGAAGGGUUGAUGGUGGACGGUUUUUCCCUUUUAUAUUUUACAUUAUUGCCGUAUGGAUAUAUCCGUAGACGAGAAUAAGAAAAAUAACGAAAUCGUUUUAUCUCCGUGCGCAUCGGCUGCUAAAUCAUGCAUGACGAAAACGCUCGCUCGCGGAUAGAUACGUAGGAACGCAUAAAACGCACACGCCAAUAACAAUAAUAAUAAUAAUAAUAAUAAUAAUAAUGAAAACGUAAUAAUACAGCAGGUGGACGAGGCGAGCGCGCGCGAAUAUAUUGCGGAAAAAUACGUAUACGAGGAGAAAAUAUAAAAUUUAAUCGCGCGCGGAUUGGAAGAACGUAAUAUUAUGUAUACGGGUAUCGGAGCCACCGGCGGCGGUGGCGGCGGCGGCAGUCGAUUCGCAAUUAGGAACCGCAGAAACGCCAGAAAGGAAAAUAAUGUUCAACGGAGUUAUGCAUCCGGAACCCGAGACCCGAGGCGAUACGACGUGACGCCGCCGCCGCCGCCGUCGUCGGGAAUCGUAAAUCUUUUCCGCCCGAUCUGUUCCUCGUCGCAAAGGUUGAAACGAUCGAAACGCCGCAUCACACGGAGAGGAAUGUAUAUAUUAUUACACGGGAUUUGUCCAAAGGGUUCGGUAUACCGGCGCGAUGACGGGGCAGGUACGGCAAGAAAAAAAAUGCAUUUAUGUAAAGAGUGAUUCCGUUUCACUAAGCUCAUCCCCGUAUUUUUAUUUAUUUUUUUUUUUUAAUACAUUUUUCAAAUAUUCAAAUUCCGAUUUUUGGAAUUGUCAAUUGCAGUUAAAGCCGAUUUUUUCGAAUGCUUAGAUUUUUCACAAAAUUUUGUUGUUAUUAUCCUGUGGCGAUUACCAACUAUGUUUAAAUUCUAUAGAAUUUAUGAAUAGUCGACAUUUUUAAAUUCCGUUAACCCGUCAACGAGAUAUUCCACAUUUAAGUUUAGGUCAGGGGAGAGGGGUGUAGUAUCAUUUGUGUGGCGGCACGGCGCGCGGCGUUUUAUUAGUGCACCGUUACGACUAUCCCUCGACUUAAAACUUAAAAGUGGAAUAUCUCGUCGACGGGUCGACAGAAAUUUAAAAUGUUGACACCGAAUUUUUUUUAAAGCAAUACUCCGUUUAUUUAUAGAAUUUAAAUUAUAGGUUCUCGUUUGAAAAACCUAAAAAAAUUUCAAAAGUCAGAAUUUAAAUACAUGCAAAACUUAACGAAAAAACUGGAGUACGCACGCUUACUGAAUCACCUUGUUUAUAUACUAUUAUAUUAUAUAUUUAUGUAGCGCAAUCCAUUUAAGGGGGGCUGCUCUCGAUAUUUCGAAAAGUAUUGAAUUUCUUCGAACAGUUUUGUUUUUAAGUUUGAAGAAAAGUUGUUUGCAGAAAAAACGUUAAUAUAUUUAACGAAUACUUACAUUUCUUAUAUUUUCCGUAUUUUUCGGUUUUACAAAUUUUAUGAAAAAACUCUUGAGAAAAUCGAACCUUAAGGUAUCUCUUUACACCGAUUUCCUUUCAGAAAAGACGUUACACUUGGAAAUCCGAGCAAGUCUUCUGAUAUAACAUUUGUUAACAGAUAAAAAAAAAAUAAAUAAACAUCUUUGUAAAACCAUAGGCUUUCUCGCUCCAUUCAGAAUCUGAAAUUUAAUUGAAACGGAUUCACGCAUUCGAACGCAAAUAAUUGAUAGCGUUAAACAAAUAGCAAUAAAUAAAUGAUAACAGUAUCUCUGACUAUUACUAGUCCCCAUCCGAAUGAGCGGAUCGGUUUGACCGCCAGAAACCAAUCCCAAAACUGGACAUUUUUUUUUUUCUUUUUUUUUUUUUCUUAUAGUGUCGUGUUGGAACAACCGUCCGACAGUUUGAGUGCUCGUACGCUUUCGGCGUGUCGGACCGGCAAAACUCUACGGUGCGUGUGCCCACGCCAGUUCCGCGAUAGUUUGAACGUGUGUCGGAACAAACGUAAUAAUAACGGGGAAAAAUAUGCAAAUCCCGUUCUCCGAGUGCGCGUGGCGCGCUGUAACAGUAAUAAUAUUUGCGUGUGCGCGUAUUUACGGCUUUCGUCAUUUCCGUAAUGACUCCGCGGAUAUCCAAUAAUGUUUCGAUUCUCUGACGACACCCCACGUUCGACGGUAAAGGUAUUAUGUCAAUAUACGGCGAGCGUGUGGUGUAGCGAACGGCUACGGAGUACGCGGAUCGUUUAGCGUCAUCCGCGUGUACCGCCGACCGGAAUAUCGUAUCGAAAACGACGUUACACCACCCGCAUACGAUUAUUCACGAUAGUUUCGUCACCGCACGUGCAUAUCGAUAUAUUAUCGGCUGACGAGUCGAUAUAAUAUUUAGGGCGGUUUUCAUUAUUAUUAUUAUUAUCGUUAUUUUUUUUUUUUUUUUAUUAAAAGUCCGAUGGUAUUUAAAAAUAUAUUAAUAUUAUCUCGUUUUUAUAACGCUGUACAAUGUUCCGAUCGGUUAUAUCGUAAGACCGACGCAGACCGAUCUGCGUAAUACGGCAGCGCCCCGUGCCCCGUGUUCAGUCUCGAAACGACAAUCUCUAUCGGAUUUACUGGAAAUCAUCGUAGAUAAAUAAAAGGCCGUGCGACAAAAAAUAUCGCGAAUUCAUUACGGCCGCGGUGUACGGUAAAGUCCCAUUAAUCCGGAUACCAUUAGUCCGGACUCGGCGGACUUGACUUAAUCCGGUCAGCCGUGUAAUACUAAUAAUGUUUACUUAUGAUUAGCGUUUUCGUAAAAAUAGUUAUGUUAAACAACAAUAAAUAAUAAAAUACUACAAACGACAGUUUGCUACGCAAUUAUUGAAUAUUUGAAUCAUUUGUUAGAAAAAUUAAAUGGGUAUGAUCAAACGAACGUGUCGCUGUCCCAUUCACAAAAAUAAUUCGCUCCACCACCGGUCUAAACUGUAUGUCGCGGAUACAAAAUGGCGGUCCAUUGAGUAGUGAUAAGCUGAGUUGGCCACUCUCCUAUUAUAUAGGCUCUCUAAUUUACGGUAUUUUUCCACAGUUAAAUGAUACGUAUAAUUGCAAUAAUUGUAUGCAUACGUUUUAUACUUGUGUCGUGUGACGAUACUAACGUUGCGAAAUUAAAAAACUAUAUGAAAUCAAAACUAAAGAAAUGUACCGCAUAAUACUAUAAUAAUACUAUAAUAGUGAUUGUCGAUAGACGCGACCGUUUAUUUUCGGAUUGCCGGUGUCACAGGCAUUUCAAAUCGAGAAACAUCAUAACCCCCCCCCUUCCACCGGUACGAUUAUACUAGGAUUAUCAUACUCCGCCGGUAGCGAAAUGCUAGGAUAUACGUAUAUACUUAAAAUAUAAAUGUAAACUCUCGAAUAGUCCCUAUAAAUUAUGUAUAUUAAUUAAUAUUUGUAUUAUUUACCUAUUGGGUAUCGUAAGUCCUAAAAAAUAUAAACAAAUAUUUUUAAAGGGGACGGGAAUCACUUACAACGCCCCCCCCGCCGUAACUACGCCGCUCACUUCUUGUAUACAUAAAUAAUCUUUGUAUUUCUUAAAUCGAAAUUCACGUUCUUUUCACUGUACAGAGUGUUUAAAUAUGUAUCUUCGCUCAUUUUGUAGUUUGUUUUGUUUAAUUCGGACAUUCGUUAAUUAUAGGACUACCUAGAGCCUCGACCCGUCCGGAUUAAUGAGGUCUUAAGGUCCCACUGUAUUUAUUUUUGUCGAAUUUUCCCCACGAAUAGAGGCUGUAUUGUGACUGUUGUGCAUAAGUACACAUAUACAUUUUUUUCCCGAUAUUUUUGGCCAUUUCUAGCGGCUCUAACUGGACCAAAUAAUCUCGAAUUCGGGAAUCGGAGGUUAUGUUGUAGGUGAAUUGAAGCAGGAGCGUCAUUUUUUUUUUUUAAAUUUCACGAGGCCAUAUAAUAAUGGAUGUAUCUACAUCAUCCUGUUUUUCAUUUUGUCCAUCGGACGUGGGCUACAUCAACAUAAAUAGUAAAAAGCAAUAUUUAAAACUUGAGAUGAUAAAUAAUUGAUUACUUUAGCUGUGAAAACUAAUAAGUAAUGCAUACACAUUAGACAACUUUAAAAAGAUAAAAUAACAAAAAAAAAGGAACGAAACGCAUUUAAUAUUUCGGUAUUUUUAUAUUUCAUAUCUAUAACAUUUUGUACGGGCAAAACGCUUUAAAAAAACAGUGUAUUAAAUUUUAAAUAAGCAGAUGCCGGCGAUGUUUAAGUUUAGCUAUAAUGCUAAAUUUACCACGAACACUAAUAUUCUAAUAAUUUAACCUGUGGUUAAAUAUGAUAAACAACGUUUGUAGAUCUAUUGUUUACUCAAUUUAUUGACAUUACGAUAAUCGUUUAUUAACACAUGUUUGUUGUAACCACGAUUGGCAGUAAAAUAACAAUAUUAUUAACACACAAAUAUUUCAGCAGGUCAAAUGGGACUGCGUUAAAAGCUAGGGGUGAAACCUCACAUCCUAUUCCUCUACCCUCAAAUGACUCCCCUGGAUUUAAGUGAUUAAAGUCGGAUCGAACUUCAAUAUGCAUUUAACCAUGUUUUCGCGAGUGGAGGGUUUCUUUUAGCUAUGUACCUAUACACCAUUACAGACUCCCGAAAUGAAAUCAAAGGAGGGGAGUUGACAUUUUGUGUAUGCAUAGCUUUAGUAUCAACAAUGUGCCUUCUAAAGGUUUAAAUAUUCAACCUUCCCUCUAUCAUUUUUAUGAUCAAAUUUCAUCGUUAUUUGUUUGAAAGUAAUAUAAUUAUAGUGAAGAAUAGUACAGUAUAGUAUUUCACUAUCACGGCGUUUGGUUAUUUAUUGCUUUGCGACGAAUAUUCCUAUUAAGAAAUAUAGGUGGUGGAAAAUCGGUCACGGCUGGUUUAUUUGUAUCGAGGUAAAAGUAAAUAACUGUUAAAAAAAAAAAAAAACCCAAGUCAAUUAACAAUUAAAAUUAAUUUAAAAUAAAAAAUACAGAAUCGUCUACUUUAAUUGAUCAAUUUAGUAUAUUAUUAUUACAGGUACUAAUAUAGAAAUUUGGCUUUUCGUUAUCGUUGUGCUGUACGGUUCAUGUGUUAACAUUGCGUUUUGUUCAUGAAAUUAUAUAAUUUUUAUUUUAUUUUAAAGAACUCGUGUGUUUAAUAAUAGUAUAUAAUUACAAAAAAAUAAACAGUUUAUUUUAAUAAAACAGUUCGUUGUGUUAAAACUUUUUGCAAUUAUUUAAAAACCUUCAUCGCUCUCGUUACAUUUAACGCAACGCUUCGCACCAUACAGGCAGGUAUAUUGAAAUCUUAUUUUUACGUUGGGGUGAACAUUAAUUCACAUAAACGUUGCUAUAAUCCUGAUUUAUGAAUUCUAGAAAACUUUCUGUCGUCCCGAAACGACCAAAAGCCAACUGGAAAUGUUCAGAAAAAUAACAAUUAUGAAUCUGGGGAGGCGAAACCAUAUUUUAUUAUUUUCGUUUCCCUAAAUCCGAAAACUUCGACCAACUUUAGGAUCUUUUACUUAGGUACUAUUAUUCUAUUACACCACGGUCACGUUAAUAAAAAUUGAAAUACCUACUGUAUUUUUGUUUUGUUUUUUUUUUAAAUGUCAUUAUAAUACUAAAACGAAUAAGUAAAUUUUUCGUGUCUAGUCCAUUAUGAUCAUUUUGAUUUUCAUUGUUAUUUGUAGACGUGUUCGAGUUUCUUUUUCGGAAACGGUACUUGAAAUAUGCCAAUUUUUGAGCGAAUACUGGCUUAAGGAGAGGGGGAUAGUUCAGAAGGUAUAUAAGUAUAUCUAAACGAACUCGAAAGCCUGCAGGAAUUUACAUUUUAACCGGAAUUUCUCCGGUGGGAAGUUCUCGACAAUCAAAGUUUUGUAACCGUUUGGUUCAUAAAUCCUACACGCGGGAUAAUCAUUAUACGUAUACUGCCGCCGGUAAAAAUCGCGCUUUUUUUCAGCCCGUCCAAAUUAUGGCCCACUCGAAAUAUGUAAAUUUCACCGGGACCGCGGUAGGUACAGGACGGACGGUGCAAAGUCGGUGCAUUUGCAAUUAUCUCCGGCGAUAGUGUAUGCGAGAAUACAUUAUUAUUUUCCGACUUCCAGGGGGAGCGGACAAUCAGCCACAGGAGGGGUCCGAAAUUGAUAUGGAAGCAUGGCGGUAAUGUCAUCCGGGUGCGUACCCACAGAUUUUGAAACGUUGAAAAUUCUGUGCCGUAUACGAGUGCGGUUUAUUUUCAUCGAUAAAUCGAGACGCGGUUUUUCGCGGGAUAUUUAUAAUACGCAAAUUCUUUUUUGAGGUUAUGACGUGUUGUUCAGUGGCGUAGCCUGCAGAGUGGGUUUUAACAGUGGCGUCAUUUCAAUAUUUAUUUUUUUUUAAUACGCAGGCGAUUACACAGCCCGCAAACACUAAACCCCGUCCAGCAUUUUCAACACAACACAAACAUAAAAUAAUUCACAUAUUUUCUAACACAUCUAUUAAACCGCACGCAAUAAAAUAUUAAGCGUAGACAAUAAAUAGUAAAGUUUCGUUCACAAAUAAUCUGUGUUUUGUAUAUUGGAUGUUGACUUCCUCGUCGGUUUUUCUUUUUUUUCUAGCUAUAUUCAGAAGGUUUAUAAGGUCGUACAGCGCCCCCCCCCCCCUAGAUCACCGAGAAAUCUCCACCUCCCCGGCUAUUGCCCGGCUACGCUACCGGCGCUGUUAACAGCCGCUGCUACACGCCGGUAUUCCGUAGCCAAAGCGUGCCGUCGGGAAGAGCGACCCGAACACGCGUCACGCGUACGCGACACGCGCGCACGGGCCCUUUGAAGACAUAUUUUUGACGGGGAGGAAUUCCCGAGCAACUUUUGUACAUUAUUAUUGUACACGCGCGCGAUUUGUCAUUGUCACGGAUUAUAUUAUGGCCGGCGGCGCGCAAUAAGACGAACUCUUCAUCGGGGUGUGAGGGGGGGGGAGAGGGGGUAGGUGCGCCCAGGUAUAAAUUACUUUUUACUCGUCGGAAACGUCGCCUUUGAAACGGAAUUAUUUACGACGCAAUAUAUAAAACACCGCGGUAUACGGGGCCGCGUGUGCCGCGCACCGUCCUCGCCCGGUUACCGCGGUCCUCGUCGUCGCCGGGCGGUGUUAUUAUCGUUAUUAUUAUCGCGGUAUUAUUAUUAUUAUUAUUAUUGCGACAGAGUUAUUAUGUUGUUAUGUCGUUGUCGUUAUUAUUAGUAAUGGCGUUACUUGUGCGGCUACAACAGUCGCGGCGACUAAUAACGCGAGACGGCCUGUUUUUCGUCUCGGGAUCGCGUGCGCCGGCGAAAUUAAAUCUCGGACAGAACGGCGGUGGCAAUCUCGCGACAGAAUUAAAUUCGGUUGCGGAGAGGUACGCGCGCGCGCGCUGAUAAAAAUCGCUCCCGGAAAACUUUUCCGUUCGGCGAUAACGGCGGAGGAAAUUAACACGGUUUUCCGCUCAAGCCCCCGCCCCCACCGCACCCGGAUCGCGUAGAACAGUUUAGGUUUUAGAUUCUGAACGUUUCUGCCGGCAGAAUCUUGUUCCGAUGUAUCGAGUAUCUAUAGCUCCUAUUCCAAAAGGAAAUUUCGUCUUGUCGGUGUUAGAGGCGUGCUCAGGAAUUCUGAAUGGGGGAGGAAGGGGGGGGGGUCAAAUUGUUGUAAUAUAAUAUAGCCGAUAUAAAUUGUGAUUAGAAAUUUAAAAAUUAUAAGCACACAAUGUAUAAUUUUUGAAAAAUAAAAACAUUUAUUCAAUUAAAAUUAUAGAACAAGUCAAGAUUGCGAGGAUUUUUAGCAAGUUCAUUAAGAAAGUGGUAUAUCAGCCAACAUUGUCAGUCCAUUAAUUCGCGUCUAAAAAUAAAUUGUAAUUUAAUCUUGUAUCAUUUUAAAUAUUAACUUAAAGUUUGGGAAAAUUACUUUUGUCAUUGUGCCUCUUAAAUAAGUUUUCAACCUUUUUAGACAUGAGAAUGUUCGUUCUGGAGUUGAAAUGGACACUGGUUAAGUACAUAAUAUUUGAACUAAAAAUUAAAUAUUUGGAAACAUUUCCUUCUUGCGAAGUCUUAAUGCCUACAACUCUGUACUUUUAGAACUUUGUCCAUUGUUUUUGAAGUACUGUAUGUUAUAAAUGUAAUUCUGCUUUAAUAAUUUGUUUGUCAGUAUCAAGAUAAAAUUACCCAAAUACUGCCCCAGUCCGAUUUCCUUUCAGAAAAGAUGCUACACUUAAAAAUCGAGUCAAGAACUCUGGUAGAAGAGUUUUCCACAAAAAAAAAAAAAAUAAAUAAACAUCUUUAUAAAACUAUAAUCUACUCUACUCCGAAUCUGAAACUAUAGGAAAAACAGCGAAUAUUUACGAUGCGUCGCGACGUUACGGAUUUCAUUAUCAAAUGUUUACAAACUAUGUUUUCUACCAGAAAUAUUGCUAUAUUAAAGAACGAUAAGAAAAUUUUUUUUUUUGUUCUUGAUUCUAGCUGGUGACCAAAAGAGUCGUUUUUCGAUUUUCUUUGUAGUUUUUUUUUUUUUAAUAAUUGAACAAAACCAAAAAAUACGUAAAAGGAACGGACAAUUUUAUGGAACUUAUAGUCUUAUUAUUUUAAAUUUUGUUUUUUUUUUAAUGUAAUUCAGUUAACAUAUUCGGAGAAAAUUGACAUUUUGAUAAAAAAAUUAUAUUUGCUUUUUCUAAACGUGAUACAAUUUUCAAUUUUUUAUAUUUGCGAGUUUUUUACGUAGUUUUUAUUUAGUAAGUACGAGAAAUAUGUGAAUAUCAUUGUUUGACGAAACAAAAAUGUUUGACGAUUUAACAGGAUGUUCAUUAUAAGUGUUGUAAUUAGUGGUAGAAAAAAAUUUAGACUAUAAAUUUGAAUGAUUUUUUUUUUAGAUUAUUUUAAGAUCAAAUUUUGAAGGAAAUCGUAAAUAUUAGAACCUUACAAAUUAUGUAUAACUCCGCUCAAGGUCGUUUUUCGUUAGCAAUGGUUUAUCGUUGCAAACAGAUAUUAAUUUAAAAACUUUAUGUUAAUAUCCUAUUUUCUCAACUUCUCGCUUAAAACAGUGGCACACCUAUCAGCAGUAUCAGAAACAUCUUAUUUGUUAGUAACUACCUACUGGUAGGUAUUAAAUGAUUACGAUUUUCUGAGCACAAUAUUGAACCUUUUCCCGUAUUUAGUUGAAAAACUUUCGAUAUUUUUAUCCUAUUUUUCAAUUACUGUGUAUACUUUAUCAUAAUUCGUUUUGACAAUAUUUAAGAAAAAAAAACCGGGUUUAAAAUGUUACAUUUCCGUUUUUUAUUGGCGAAACGACUACUCACUUGUGUUUUUCAGGCGGUAAACUUUAUUAAACAAUUCCAUAAAUAUAGACGCGGAGUGUUAUUUUAAAUCGAUUUUGAUGUUUAAAAUGUUAACUUUCGUCUACGCGUUGACGAGAUAUUCCGGUUUUAAGUUCGGGCGGAGAGAGCGUAAUAGAGCACCGUUUGUGUAGCGGCAUGACGCGCGGCGUUCGAAUGCACGAAAAAAUAUAUGAAAACGUACAAUUUUAGGACCGGCUUUUUCCUUGAAUUCUCGAGGAAGAAAUCAAUACGAAAAUUUGAAAGUCAAUAUUCAAAAAAAUAAUUAGUGUUCAACGAAAAAAUAAUCACCCCGCGGACACGUAAAAAUCAGCAUGCGGCGAAUAUCAUAAGACUCUAAACCUCAGAACACGAGUAUUUAUUUACGGUUUACAUAAUAUUGUCUGAAACAAUGAAAUCGUUUGUGCCCACGUAAUUAUUUUGUCCCGUGCGCCUACACAGAAAAUAUUAUUGUUCUACAUUAACGCGGUCUUUUGGAUCGGCACCGGGACAUUUCCAGCGUUUUUACCGUCCCAAAAAUCGUUUUCGGGAACAAUGGAAAAUAAAAGCGCAAGCCGUUCGGCUGCAAGUGUCCGCUCAUCAUCUAAAACCUAACGCGCAAUAAUUGUAACGACAAUUUCGACCGAAAUAGGAAUAACGCUGCAGCGAAUAGUACCGUGAUGAUAAUCACGACCGUAACAAUGAUUUCCUACUGCGAUUUUUAGGCCGAUUAACGUUGCAUCCCACGGUCGCCGCCUUGCGAUGGAGCAAAAUUACCCCUUAUUGCGUUUAAUCCCAUUCGUUUUUAUAUUAUCUUCAUAACGGAUUUCACUAUCAUUAUUAUUAUUAUUAUUAUUAUUAUUAUUAUUAUUAUUAUUAUUAUUAUUGUUGUUGUUAUUAUUAUUAUUACGUUAGACGGAAAAUCCUGGUAAAGGCCGUUUUCCGGAGUACCUGCAUCCGAAUUUCCCGUCCGCGUUCGAAAUUGAGAAUGGCGCGUCAAAUUUAUUACACGUACGAAAACCGUCUUAUGAGAAAAAAAAAAAAAUGAUAAAACGCCGUUAUACGCGAAUGUGCAAUGCUGUAAUACGUUCCCGCACGGAAUCUCGUCUCUUACCGUACGGUAAAUGAAGGAUCGGCCGCCAUUUCCCGUUCGGGGUCAAUAAAGGGUGUAAAAUAUUAGCUAUUAACGCGUAAUAUAUUAUACUCUAGAAGUAAUGAAGCGCCUAACGACUUCUUCUUCUUCUUCUUCUUCUUCUACUACUCCGGUUUCUUGAGCGGUGAGGACCAUCCCUUAUGACAGCCGACCAUGCGUCUUUCUCUGUCCGUCGUCAUUUUAUACGCUGUUAUUAUUAUCGUCGUCGUUAUUUUACAGGUUCUCCUUUAUCCCGAAGAAGGAUGGGCGAGGAGUGCAGUUUCGAGCUAUUGGACGCUCACGCCGACCUGGUGGAAUCGCAGCAAAUGCAAAGUGGUCGAAAUCACGGGAACGAGAAAGUGAGUUAUUUUUUUAUUGUACUUUUACUCGAUUUAUAUCGCAGUUGAUUGAGGACGUACGCGGGUUUUGAAUGUGGCGCUGAAGGCUAAUAUGCGUUUUGAAGAAAACACAAAUAAAAUAUAAAGCGCAACGAUUAGUUUUAUGGCGAUCUUUGUUUUUUCUCGAUAAAACCCAAAAAUAAUAGCCUUGCCUGCGACGCAGUAGUUAAAUUUUGAAUUCAGUUUGCAAAAUUCUGUCUCAUUCUCUCUUUUUUUUUUUUUUUUCAUUAAGUCUUUGCAUUAGUUAAUAUGAAUCACGUCGCUCAUUAUUUAAUAUUAUUUCUUAAACUUAAACGCAGCGAAGAACAUAUUGGUUUUACUGAGAUAUGUGCUUUUUUUUUCUGUCCGCAAACGACUUUCCUACCAUAAACAUUGUUUCAAUCAAAACAAUGACAGAAAUGCUCUUUGUAACUUUUUGUGUGGAUUCGAUGCGUUGGGAGGUCAUUUCUUAAGUAUUCGAGUAGUUUUCAUAAUGGUCGGGGAAAAAGUCGUAAGACAAACGGGCCAGGUUUGCGGCAGGUAUCGCCAACAUCGAUUAACAUUUCGUAUUAAUACAAUUUAAUAAUAUUAUGUGAAAAGUACGCUGCGGAGACGUUAACGUGUCACUCGUCAAUCGACUCGUGUCGUCUCAUCGAACAUUUCCAUAUGGUUUUCUGUACGACGCUCUGUUUGAAGCGCGUGGGCUUAAUUUUUUUUCUCCUCCUUAGAAACGCGGGUAGGUACCUUCCGUCCCUCACAGAAUACGCAUCCGCGGCCGAUCACAAUAAAAUAUGUGCCGGCAAUACGGUCUAUUCAAUACCCGGCGGGAAAUAUUUUCACGUUGAAUUCACGGACCAUUGUUGUCGGGGCACGUCGCGACUUGGGCGGGUAGGACAAUUGGAACAAAUAAUCAAAUUAAUUUUCACGGGGCGCUUUAAAUUUAAUCAUUAUUAUUGUUAUUAUUUUUGUUCGACUUUUUGUUGACGGAACCGACUCGGCGGUAAACGCCAUUGUUUGUUUCGUUUUGAGUUUCGCAAAGUUUACCGCAGUUUUUCGUAUUCCUCUCAUUCCAGAAACAAAAUAACACUGCAGAACUUUAUAAUAAAAUCUUUAAAUGUAGUUUUGGCAACGAAAAUAUAACAAACCUAUUGAAUGGAACGAAUAACAAUAUAUCCGCGAAUAAUACAUUUCACAAAAGUACAUUAUUCGUUUUGAAUAAUUUAUUGAAUUAUUUGUUUUACGUUUAAAAAUACAUUUAUUACUGAAAAUUUGGAAUUUUUUCUUUUUUUUUUUUUUUUUUUUUGUCAAGAUAUGCGCAUAUUUCAAAAUGUGUAAACUAAGACGUAUAACAAAUUUAUCGAAAAUCAAAAUCAAUGUUUCGAAAUUCAAAAAAUGAAUAAUGAGAUAUUGAGAUAGAAUAGAUCUCAAUCGCAUCUAUACCGACCGAGUUUAUAUUUAUAACGUGCAUUGAGAUGACAUUUUUCGUGCUUUUUUAAAUCUGAGUGAAGCGGACAGUUUUAUAUUGAUGCGUGCGUGUGUGUGUUUUUUUUCUGUCUUCGAACAAGAUUUCCACAAGAAGUCUUGCUCUAACAAUCCACGUCAAGAGUGGCUGUAUAGUAUAUAUAUGUACACGGUAAAAUGUGUUCAAAAAAACAAAAUACACACGUGUAUACAUAAAAAUAGCGCGGGAGCGUGGUCGGGAAUUGACGAUUCCCUAAGGCAUUUGGCAUCGAACGCAAUACAGUAUACGCAUUCGACACAAUGUUCCCCCAACUCAAUUGGUGGCCGGGGCCUGUAGAGGCCCGGGACGACCGAAGUUCGAAAAACCGCGGCGCCUCUGCCGCGAAAACGCGCUUGAGUCCAUGUUGAAAUUCGACGAGACCCUCAUCGCUCCGACCCGCGCGUAGAAAAACGACUCUAACGGCCCGGGUCUGGACUCGUCCGCGACGGCGUUCGCACGGCAGGGCGACGGUCCUCGAUUCCCGGGGAACAUCCGACGAAGAGGCCGAAAACGGUGCGGGCAGGCGGUUAUAGGGGCGACGGAGGCGAAAGACGAAAUUCAGUGUCACACGGUGCGACCGUAACGGCGACGCUACGGUCGGCAAUCGGCUCGUCGGUCGCGCGCGGCCCUCGGCGAAACGUCGGGCGGCUUGUAAUACGCGCGUGUGCCCGGGCGAUUAGCGCGCGCACGCCCGCGGCGGGCAUCCGCCGUCUCCGGCCGCCCCCGAGCGCGCGUCCCGCACAGUGCGAGCCCGUCAGACCGACCGCGGGUUGACGGGGGGGGAGGAAUACGGCGAGGGGGGUUUCUCGUCACGAUCCGGGACGGCGCGAAACUCCUGCCGGCGGCGACGACGAAACGACAUAAUAUAAUAACGAACCGGUGGGCGGGGGAAACAGAAAUAUAACCCGAUUCGCCUGCGCUCGCGCGCGCGCGCGUCGCUACCCUAACGAGAUAACCGACUGCGGCGCGCCGGUAUUAUCACUAUUUGUCCAACGCAACGCGGUAUUGUUAUUAUUAUUAUUACGAGAGGUGUUAUGCGCUCCGUCGGCAUCGACUCCGCCGCCGGGUCUGCCGGCCGUUUAGUAUUCCGGGCGUCGCGGUUUCGCGAACUCGAACCGCGGAGGACCGCGGGGCGGGUGGGGACCCUCGCCGAUGACCGGGCGGGGGGAGGGUCGGGCGAGUAGGAGGGGGGGGGAGGGCGGCGGCAUCGAGAACAUUAUAAUUCUCCCGUCGUCGCGCGUACAUGCGAUACGCGUUACGUUAUUACUGCGCGCGCUCGUAUUAUCGUCAAUAUUAUCAUUAUCGUUAUUAUCAUCGUCGUCGUUGUUGUUAUCAUAAUAAUAUACGCCCGGGCUCGAAUUUCGCGAUAACGUACGACCGCGCCGCGAAUAACGCGCUAAACGUCCGAUUUUACGCGUCCGGGGGCGCGGCGGACGUUUCGCCGGCUCCGCCGUUCGUAACGAUGACGACGCGUAACGUUUUACUUUGCCGCGGGACCGUCGACGCGCCCGGUGCGACGUUACGCCGUUGUCGUCGGCGUCGCCUCCCGUCAGCGGCAGCGCCGUCCCCGCGGCCACGGCUGGCCGGACGACGCGCGUACACUUUUGCGGCCCACGACCAACGGGGCGGGUGCCGUCCGGGGACGGCGGCGGGAGUCGUCGACGAGGCGCCGCGCGCGUCCGGAAACGUUUACGGGACAGGUACUCCGGGGGGUUUUUUUUUAUUUUGUUUUCGAUUUUCCGUACGAAACGUGCAAAACCCACAAGAGAAAACCCCGGCGGACAAUUGUGUACCUGUUUACAUUUCGAACGGCUAAAUUUCGUACUUCAAAACUUUUAACGUCAACGUUCGAAUUUGACUUUUGUUAUAACGUGUGUAUCCACUCCUGUCAUUUUCGUUUGAUACGUUUUGUUUUAAAACCGAAAAUUUGCAAAAAAUAAUCCGACGCACGAUCUCAGACCAUUGAGUUAUUCCCCGAUAUCUUACAUGUUAUAGUUAUAUGUAAAAAGAUUCUUAUAACGAAAGAAAAUGUCGUAGAAAAAAGUCACAGACGUAUUAGUUUUAGCAUUUGUGUAUUGGUUUUACAAUAAUGUUUAUUUUGUUUUUCUGUGAACAACUUUUCUACCAAAAAUUUACUCAGAUUUUCAAAUGUAGGAAGUAAUUUUCCUGCAACUAAAUCUGUCCGGAGUUUUACUUAAAGGAUUUGAUUUUCUCAGGGGUUUCAUAAUAUAUUAAGAUAAUAAAAACGUUAACGAUAAAUAAAACGUUGGAAAAAUAGGAAAAUGUACGAAAUGUGUUAUUUUCAAAUCGUUAAUAUUGUGGUCUUUGAAAAUAAUAUGUAAAACCGAAUCAAAAUCAUUUUUUGUUAGCAAAGAAAAAUUAUUGUGCACACAUAUUAAAUCCCUCUAUGCAUCCGACCUUUUUUUUUUUUUUUAUUAUUCCUUUUAUUUUAGAUUUUUUUCUUCGCUCGGAAUCGUUUUUCGUUUGUUACGGCUUAUCGUUGCUCACGAGUAUAAAUUAAAUAACUUUAUGUAUCCAACUUUUUCAACUAUUCUCCUGCAACAGUGGCUGCACCCGUUCUCAGUAUCAACUUUUUUUUUUUCGUAUUGCAUUUUUCAUAAUAAUUUUAAACCGCCGUAGAAAUAUUAACCUGCGCGUUCCUGAUUUUAGGGAAUUAUCAUUGUUUUACUGAUUAUUAUGUAGUUUAAUUAAACAAAAAAAAAAAAUGUUCUUUUAAUAAAAUCGCCGUACAAGGUAGCUAUAUUUUAACCGCUUGUAGUCACAAAAUUGUAUUUUAUUAUUCAUUGAGUUGAUUACUCUGGCAUAAUAAUUGUAUUACGAUUUUAAUUUAAUUUAAAGGCCGCGCGCAAUAAUGCCGUUAUAUAUUUUCUGCGGACGGGGAAAUCGGGCGAAAUACGCACACAAAUUCCUAUAUUCACUAUAAUACAUUUAUACAUUUCCAUAAUAAUACGACCCACGGCUUUAGACAACUUAUAAUAUUAUCGUCUUCAAUCGGUAAAAUCUUUUAAUUUUUUUUUUUUUUAAUUCCGUUCAAGAUAAAAUUCCAAUAGCACUGCAGCAGUGGAGUUUUACAUAGUUUUAAACAAAACAAGAAGAAACAUCGGCACGAUAUUUUCUCUCACUCUGUCUCUCGUACCAAUCCUCAAAUCGGUUUUCAGCUAUUCGGUCCAUCCGUUUUCACCGGAAUAGAAAAUACUCGUCGCAUUAAUUAUUAUCCUCUAUGAUCUGCGCCAUGACACGCAUCCCAGCCUAUAUCUUCUUACGCAAUUCUCUCCUUCAACCCUCCCCAUCAAUUUCAACAUAUUUGUGUGUCUGAUUAUAAUACGAGCAAUCCAUUUGUUUCGUUUUCUCGUCAAACCAAAUACUCCCGUACCGUUACUCUAUUUAUCACUUUUUCGUGCGAUAUUCUCUCGCUUGUUUUUAAUCUAUUUUGUUCUUCUGUUGAAAUGUCGUCCGGGUCUUAUUUCCGUAUAGCACUGUGGCUGCGAUAAAUUCUUCCUUAAAUACUUGUGUUGUUUAACGUUAACAGUUUAACCUUAUUCAGAUGAAAGCUAUUUAAGCUCGAAUGAAGCGUUUACCGUCGGCUUUUUUUCAACGGGUUUGAAAAACAAUAAUCGCCUAGCCGAUGAUCGACUGCAGAGAUCAAACGCAGUACCUACCUACGGUGUAACGAUAUUAUGUCACUCGCACAUCAAGGUCAAAAACUCGAUUUCACGUAAGAAUACGAAUAUAUUGCUUGCGUAUGCACCUUCUGCACAGUAUAAUAUUCUAUUUUGACACGUUGUCGGCCCGCGCGUUUCGGUGCGUGUUCUUUAAAACAUGACGGGUAGAGCGGAUACUCUGUACCGCGACUCGAUAGAAACAAAUACGUUUGAAACAAUACACGCGCACAAUAGUACACCGGAAGAAAUAUAAUGCAUUAUUAAUAUGUAUUGUUUCCGUAAGUAAUUGAGUUUCGAGACCGCCGUCAUCGGUACUGUAACACUGGCCAUCGGUCGAUAUUUUAAUUUUUAAAGGAGAUAUGAUGAACAUUUUUAAAUCGCGAUAUUUCACAUGCUGUUUCUCGAUUGAAAAUAUCGAAACAAAAUCGACGUAGUUGCGCAGAUAACAUUCUUAUCGGCUGUACGUUUGAUAAAUAGUUAAUUCACUCCAAUGUUAAAAUUAACGGCUCACAGUUGUGCCGCGUCCUUUUAAAUACGUCGUUUUCGGUAUCCGGAAAAAGUCUUGCGAAACGUUUCGAUAAAACGUUUACAACCUAUUAUGUCUGUCAAUUAAAAAAGAAAUUAACAAUGUUUUUAUAAUAAUAAUGAAAAAAAAAACAAAAAACAAAAUUAAUUAAUUGAAAAUGUACGCAAACACGAAAAAUAAAUACGCGUUUAAAAUGGAACAAACUUGUAUUAGGUACAAAUAACUUCCGUAAAAAUAUUGUUUUCCAUAACCGUUUUUAUGCAAGAUAGCAGUACUCCGUACGGUCAUAUACAUCAUUUUUAUGUGUAUUUUUUUUUUUGUAUUUUAAACCGAAUAAACUUUUAUGUAAUUCGGUGAUUUACUAUACGCGCGUUACACGAUUCGCAUUUCGCGUAUCCAUUAUGCACGAUAGUGUAUGGCGUAUUAUUAUCGCGUGUGUGAUUUUUUUUUUCUUUUAUCACUGUGACCUAAUAUUAUUAGACUGUAUACACGUACGGGCGGGGGGGAGGGGGUAGGUCAAUAAAAAACGGCGUACUCCGGUAUUCAAGAAUAUUUGCUCGAGAACACGCUGCGUGUGUAUAAUAUAUAAAACACGCGUAACGCAAUAAAAACAUCUUCUCGAUAAAAGCGUCGUCAGGGAGCCGACCCGUCCGAAUCGCCAACGUCGUCGUCGUCAUCGUGCCCGACGCCUAUAUUUUUUAAAACACUCCGUCCGCUGGGCUGCCCGAGAACUCUCCCGACGCGAAUAUUGCAUUUAACAGAAUGGUGCGUUUCUAUACCGGAGAACUUUUUUCGUUCCCGUUUUAUGUGUACAGUACGGUACCGGAUCGUAUAAUUUGUGCACAAAUCGGCAAGGGCGUCGAGCGAUACGACGGACUCGGUAAAUUAAAUUAGGAAGCGAGAGGGGGAAAAAAAUCCAACCGGCACAUUAUACUAUUCACAUCACGAGUCGGGCAUACUUGUUGUAGGCGGGAUGUCGGAAUGGUUAAGGAUGUACGCAGGGUUAGGUUAUGGAAAGUAUAUACAGAAACCGACUGCAAAGUUCCGUCGUUAUCCAAGAAAAAUUCAGUGUCGUAGCUGAAGGGGCGCGAUGGGUGGAUCGCUUUUGGUAUUUUUUAGUGGUGAUAAUUUAAUCACGACUACAGCCCAUAAGUAAUCAAAUACAAUAGUGUUGUAUUACAGUUUUUAAACCACCCCUCCCCUUUAUUGAGUUCCAGUUACGCCAUUGGGAAUUUUAAAAGAAAUUUCGAAAAAUUACACGGUCAUAAUGCAUACACUAUAUAGAUUCAAUAUGCUACGAGAGAAGUUGUAUCGAAAAUUUCGGUUGGGAGGACUGAAGGAGCGUAACGCAACUCGAAAACGUAUUUACAAACAGAAAAAACACACUUUAAACACUGUGAAAACAACAUAAAAAAAAAAUCCAAAAUUCAAGCAUGAUCGAAAUUCAAAAAUGCCCCAUUGAUGUUAUGUUGUCGGGCAUUUCAUAUUAGGUUGUUUACAUUCGAACAUUUAAAUCUCUGCAUGCCAUACAAUUUGUGCGCCAUUAUUAAUUUUAAUUUUCGUCACUUUAAAAAAAAAAAUGUUUAAAUCGUUUCCAAAAAAACACAACCGUGCCGCGUAUUACUGUGCGUGAAAGAUCUGUAUAGGACUUUAACUGAUCGAAAAAAUCGAUAACGAACAUAAUAUAGUAUAUAUUCUAUAAAAAAGAAAAAAAGAAUAACAAAAAAAAAAAAAAAAAUGGGGACGGGUGCAACCACUGUUUUAAGCGAGAAGUUGACAAGGUAGUAGAGGGAAGAUUAAAUGUACAUCUGUAAGCAAAGAUAAACCAUUGCUAACGAAAAAACGAUCCUGAGCGGAGUUCGGUUAAUAGUGUUGCCUUGUCAACAGUAUAUAUGUCAUAUUAUGGUAAAAUAAUUACAUAUGCAUUAUAUAUUUUCUUUAAUAUUUGUUAAAUAUUGUACCUAUUUUCCCGUUUUUCCCGGUUUUUUCAAUUUAUUGGGAAAACUCCUGGGAAAAUUAAAAAAUGACCUCCCUAAAGUACCUCCCCAGUCAGACUUUAUAUUAAUAAAAAGUGCUAUAAUUGUAAAUCGAAACAAAAUUGCUGGUAUUAGAGAUGUCCACGGAAAUAAAAUAAACACACCAUUGUAAAACCAAUACAUUCUUCGCUCCAAUCAGAAUCUAAACGUCGAUAAUUUUCACUAGUAAGUGGGUUAAAACUAGACGAAAAAUCCCUAUUUGUUAACACGUUGAUUGCGGACUGACGCCAAUAGGUGUCAUAAGGAUCGUUCGGUGACACGUUCGACGGCAUUUAGCGUCCAAUAUAAAUUUUAUGUUAAUCUUUUACUGACGCGAAAAAAUUAGUGUAUUUUUUUCUAAAAGUAACAGUAGACAAAAACAGUUUGUGAAACUAUAACUAUAGCUCCUUCGUUAUACUCUGGUCUCAAACAACACACAUUUGUCACACUAAUACGUUGGAUUCGCUCGUUCAAAAAACGAAAAACACACAAGACCGGUUUUAUUGUUUAUAUUAUGUAUACCGUGCGACAAUUCCCGAGGCGAAAAUUGUAUAAUAAUAUGCGCAUCGAGAGGGACGAAUUAUGAAAUCGAACCGCAAACAUUUGCAAACGAUACGGCGGCGGAGUUUUCCCGCGAGAACGCGUACAUAUAAAGCCCGGGAACUUGUGCCCAUAAAACCCAAUCCGAUAUGAACGAGAAAGCAAAUACGACCUGACUCGUCGUCAGAGUCAUCGUCAGCCCGUUCGUUAACAAACUUAUAAACGGUACGGUCCUCCGGGAACGCUCAUCGUGCGUGUGCACAAAGCUUUAUUUGUCAAGACCAAUUAUGUUAUUUUUAUUUUUUUUUUAUUUAAUCGAUAAAUUCGUACGGAUAUUCCCUCUAAAAACAGUUGUCGUUUCCUGUCGAUGUGUAUAAUAGUUCACGUGAACUUCUAUAAAACGUUACGAUCACGCGAAUAAACGUCCCGUGAACAGUACGAAAUUCGUACAAUAUAUGAAUAGGUUACAAAUAAAAUGCGCGUAUUCCAAAACAAAAAAUAAAAACUAGCGGAGGUUUCCUGGACAAUGAAGAAAUUUAAAAUGUAAUUUUCUUGGACAAGACGGUCUAAAAAACCUCAAAACUGACAAUAAAAAAGUUACGAUUUUAGUAUUUAUCUGUAUUUUGUUGUUGUUUAAAACGUGCGAGUUUUGAUAAUAGUUACAAUUGAAUAUGUGUUUUCAAAUUAUGGAUCAUGUGAUUUUUGAUAUGGGCUAAUUAAGAUUUCGAAUUAAUAACCACAUGAUCCAUUGGGACUAGUACGUUUUGGAAAUAGUCACUUUUUUCCAGUUAAAUGAAAAUCUGUUCUUGCACGUGUUUGUAAGUUUAGAAGGCGGUAACGUUCGCACAGAUCUUCCAUUACUAUCAGUUAAAAGAAGAAAAGAAAAAUCUGGUUUAGUAAUUCGUAAUUUGUUUUAUAAUAACGUUUAUAUGUCUAUCGUUGGGCAUACCAGGUAGAGAGAGGGGGGCCUAAAACCCGUGUCUUUAUGAGAAUUAGCUCCCAAUGAAGUAUAUAGUAUAGCCAAGUGUAAAUAUCAAUAGUACAUCAAUGUAAGUUACCUACUGAUAACCAAAUAGAAUAGUUACAAAACAAGUAUAGGUGACCACAAAAAAAUAGGUGUGUAAGUUCACAUGUUCUGCGUUGAACAAAGCAAUGUGGUCGUUUCCAAAAGUAAUAUUAUAUUGGCUUAAAAAUAGGCAUUUAAAAAAAAAUUAUUAUUUCGAUAAUUCAUGUUUAUUAAAGAUAUUAUUAUCUGCACUGUACAGAAAAUAAUCGAACCGUGUUUACCUGGAAUUAACUUUUGGAAUAUAGAAAAAAAAAUAAUGAGCAUAAAAUCCUCAUGGUUUAUUCGUAAUAAUAUACGUUUUAAUUUUAAAAAAAGUUUCGGAACUUUUUUUUUUGUAGUCCCGUAAGAUUAUUUCAUCCAAAAAUUUAAACAUGUAACGAACGGGGAAAAAAAUAAUAACCGUGGAUAUUUCAGGGGCAUUUGUUGUAAAAAAACCAAAAAUGUAACCUUUCAAAUAAUCCACUACACAAUAUGUGUGCGAACCUGACAGUUUUCCCGAAGUAAAAACAAGUCACAUGUGGCUGUUCAAUUGGCGCGUCGGUUAUAAAACUGUUUAACGGAUGGUCCAUAUCAUUAUUAUUAUGAAAAAAUAAAUCGAAAAUCAGUAAAUUAUUACAACUUGGAGAAGAUUCAAAAACGAAUGGUCGAAAAUGUAUGUAAAAAAUCAAUAUAAUAUUAUUUUAUGGGAAAUCAUUUCUCAACGCAAUAAUAUACGAUACGAAACGCAAUAAUAUUACUAUGUUGUAUCGUCGAUUUUCUUAUCGGGUUAAAUUGCCAUUUGUGGAAACGAACCGAAUAAACUAUUUUUCAUUCCACGGAUGUCGUCGGAAGAAAUUAUCUCGGAUGACUGAAAAAAUAAUAUAGGUACCUAGUAAAUUCUAUUAGAAAAAAAAAACCUCAAGUAUCUUAUAUCCUCAUAGCUAUAGAAAUAAUAUUAUAAAACCGAUAGAAUUGUCGUCGAUACGAGCGUGUAUACAUAGACAUCGGUGAAAAGUUCAAAGACGAUGGACUUGUAUUUCAGAAAUUAUAUAAUGUCUACCCUUUAAAAUUAUAUGCCACCAUAGCGCUGUAUAUCGCCUCAGGAAUCUAUCUUGAGCUAUCUCUUUCCAGUUUUCAACUUUCACAUUUUUUUUUUUUUAGUUUUUUUGUCAGCCACGUCAAUCCGGCUUUUUCUGGGUCCUCUUGGAGACCUUCUUCCUUGGGGUUUUCAUAAUCGAUAGGAAAUGAAUCGCGCAAGAUGCGAUUUUAAUUGUUAAUGGAUGUACGAUGUUUAUUCAGAACUGUUUGUGCGUUCAAUUAUUCGUGCCAUGAAUAAUUAUGAUCCGACGGGAAAAAACAAUCGUUUGGGUGGAUUAUUCUCAUAUACAUUUUCAAACUUAUCGUUCGUCAAUAUAAUAUUUUUGUAACGUCCAUAUAGGGACAUCUGAACUAUGUCCCUUUGGCUAAAUAAGAAAAAUUACAAGUAUUGAAUAUUAAGUGAUAUUAACAAACACAAACAUUAGGAUCUCCCCCUCAAAAAAAAAAAAAAACUAGACUGAGGUUUGGUGGACAUGUGUAGGAAUCGGAAGGAUUAUUCGGAAAAAUAAUCGAAAUGGUCACCGGAUGCCAAAUGGCCAAGAGGACGUAAUAGACAAAGGCGGUCGGACAAAUAGUAAGAGACGAUUUAUGAUACGUAUACUUAUACGACGAAGCACAGUUUUUCAUGACCUUAUUUUAAUUAAAAACACAGAUUCCGCUGAAUAAAUAAAUCCCUGUAUCUUACUGCAGGUGAGAUUUAUCGAAGGCGCUUUGUUUCAAGAUUAAUUUACGUUUAAAUCUGUGUUUUUUUUUUUUUUUUUUUUGUUAAUAUAAUUUCCUUUCACAACCUACAAAUCGCAAUUCUUCCAUCCGCCAAUCAAUAUCAAUAAACAUUUUAUUGAAAAUCAUGAAAACGAAGACCAGCGAAGAGGGGUGGGGGGUGGCUUGGGGCGGAAAACACUGCAAUAAGGAACACGUAUUUAAUUAUAAUACGGCUAUUAAUAAAUUUCGUUUGAAGCAUCGAGUUUGAGUAAUGUCCCUGCCGCCGGCAUAGUUUGUGCAGCAUUUUGUCUGUAUUGUACGUAUUUAUAUAUAUAAAUAUAUAUACGUACACGCCUACCUAUAAGACGAAUAAUUAAUCUACACCUCGAGAUAGUACGUUGUUCCUGAUCGCGGGGUAUUAAUCUAACAAGAUAAGACCUCGGCUGCAGUAGUAAGUUUCAAUUUGCAUACCGGCGGCUCGAUAAUAAAUCCUAAACCCCUAAACGGCAAUUCAUUGCCCGUUUAGAACGGGACGCAUUUCGAGUAAACAUUAUUAUCAUUUAUUACUAUCACGUGUACGUUUCGAAUACGUUUUACAAUACUAUAAUUGUAAUAACCUGUUUAUUUUUUCGUUUUUUUUCUUAUUAAAUUGCAAUGCUGUCCGCCGCGUAUGCUACAGUGUGUUUUUACAUACAGACUGGGACGACUCGACCGGGGCGGUCGGUUCUUGAAUUUCGGUCGGUACACGGUCGAUUAAUCCUUUUGUGGAUAAAGGAAGCUUGUUAGGGCCCAAAAGUCAGCCGCCACCGACGCCGCACCGGUGCGUGUGGUUAGAUUAAAACGGACAAAGGACGAUAUAUAUUAUAUACUGUGGCAACGACGGGAAUGGAAAUCGAGAGAGAAAGAGAGAGAGAGAGCGAGAGCGUGUGUGUGAGAUAGGGGAAUAGGAAAUUGGCUUGUUAAAAGUUGCCAUGUCGUCGUCCGAGUCGAUUUAUAUUUCCACUACGAUACAAAAUAUAUAUAAACCGUAUAGGUACCUAUAAUAGAAUCGCUGGACAAGGUUUGAGAUUCAUCCUCCCCCUCCCCCUGCAAAUCGCUACUAUAAUAUGAAACCGAUGGACUGCGAGUGAGAGAGAGAGAGACAGAGAGUGAAAAUAUUUGACGAACCAUUCGGCAGACGCGCAGCAUGUGAUACUCAAAACGAAAUAACUUCUCGUGUGUACGGCUAAAAAAGACAAUCGCAAUGCGAAUGACGAAACAAUAAUAAUAUACAAAAUGGGUUUCGAAAAGUCCUAUAAAAUAUUAUUGAAUAUCGUAGCUGACUGCAGGACGGUCGCAAAACUGCAAAAGUCAGAUUAGAUGGUAUUGUGUCGAGGUCUAGGUAUGAUUCUUCGUUCACCAGCGAUAUGUUUGUAACAACCUUAUAUUGUUAUUAUAACAAUAAUAUCCAUUGUUGUUUCGGCUGUUUUGAGCUACACAAAAAAAAAAAAAAAAAAAUUAACCAAAAAAACGAAUUCCUAUAGUGAAUGUUAUGUGUUGACUUUUUUGAGGUUACACAAAUAUAUUUUAAUCGAAUUUUGUAAUCUAAAUGCACGUCAAUCUUCGAUAAUAUUAUGUAGAAAUUCUCGUAAUUAAAUGCGAAAAAAACGUAAUUGAUUUUAUACAGACUUGACGAAACGGGUUUUCAAUUAGUGUAAUAUUCACGGAACUUUCAAUUAAACGAAUAUUAUUAUGAUAAUUAUUCUCAAAUAUCUAAAAUGAAUAAUUACAUUUUAUUGUAAUUUCAUUAACGAAAAUGAAGAAUAUAUUAAUUAACUAAUGGCGAUAAAAUAUAAAAGCAAAAGGAGAAUCAUUUUGAGUGCAUGCUUUUGGAAACGUUCCAAUGCCAUGCGUUCCGUUUGGUGUGUCAUGAUAUCAAGGGACGAAUGUUUGUGCUCUAUCGGCUUGUCGUGGAAAUAUUGUUUUAUGUUUUUUUGUCGGGCGUCUUUUUUUUUUUUUUCAAAAAUCUUUCGGUGUUAUUAACUUAUGCUGUUUUAGAAUCAGUUAUUUUUUUUUUUUUUUUAAACCGCACCUUUGAAAAAGUCAAAGAUUUACGAAUAACGCAAGUACCUGCGUGUAUAAUAUUAUUUUAUAAUACCUAUGUAAAUGUAUUCGAUUUUACUACAACGUCUCACCGUUAAUAAAAUAUGCGUUUUCGUGUAACGCACCCGCAUCGAAGGAAAUCCUAUGACAACCUGAAAUCCUAAACAUAUUAAUGUUUACUAAAUCUAAGUUCUUAGGUCUUUUUUAUUUUGUUUCGUUUUGUUUUUUUUUUGUUUUUUUUUUUUAUUAAUUCGUCAAGUCAUUAAAAUCCUAAACAAACGAAUAUUAUAACCGAAUAUGCAAAUCUUAAUCACUGUUCUUGUACUACGUGUGCGCCACUACCGGGACUUACGGAAACUCGGGGCAACGAACGGUCGUUCAUUGCACGUACUACACUACACAGCAAUAAUGUUUUACCAAAACACGAAAUAACAAUAAUAAUAUCCGGGGGAACCGAGCGGUAUUAUCGCGUUCGGAUUAUUUAAAUUCACGACGCGCUUUCCGAAAUUGAUCUCCGAAUCCUGCAACCAACCGCUGCAGCCGGCGGCAUUAUUACAAAAUUAUGGGAGGGGGGGAGACCGUUUUUCCCUGUUCAGACGAUAGGGUUAACAAUUUCGUUACGUACGACGCUAAUAUAAAUGUUACCGAACAAGCAUAAUUCCAGCGCUGUUUUCCAAACGCCUUGUCUCUUCGGGUUCUGUUUCAGCACUAGUAGCGGCUUUCGGCUUCUCCGCGCACGCCUAGCCUGUUACGGUCUCAUGUUUUUGACGAUCUCUAAAAUAUUGUGAUCUGUAGCACUCUGGUGUUCUUUGUCUCCGCACUCCGGUCACGUCAUCCUUUACCGGUCUAAAUAUAUGUUUCGUCGCAUUUUCCCUUACAAUACCACGCGUCAUUUUGAAUUAUUUUUAUCGUUUGACCGUGCUACGAACCCGAUUUUGGCAUUAAAUCUAAAUGACAAACGAUUUCAGUUUCGUUAUAAUAUGAGUUUAUUUAGAUUUUAUACAAACAAGGUGAAUGCUGAUCCAACUAAGUAGAUUCACUCGAAAUUAUUUAUCUCGAAAAAUAUUAACUUUUUUCAUGAUUCGUUUAAUAGAGCAUUUAAGAAACAAUUAGCUUUACAAUGUUACAUUAAUGUUAUUUUUUGUCACCCUUAUUUGCGGGGGUAACACUACUCCCUACUUUUAAUUUUCAAUUGACAAUUUAUAUUACAUAAUUUAUUUCACAUAUAAAAUUGUACUACUAAUUUGAAAUUGCUUGUUUCUUAAAUGCUCUAUAAAACUAAUUCUGAAAAAUGUUAAUCCUUUCCGAGAUAAUGAGUGUAUCCACCUCAGAUUGCAGGAUCACAUCGUAGUAGAUAAUACCUCAAAGGAUACGGUUUUCCGUCUAAUGGAUGUUUAUUUGACCAACUUUUAUAGGUUCUAAACAUGUCAGCUCUUUUUUCACACUUGAAUUUUUGAAUUUGAAUUUGAAGGUUUCUUUUUUUUUUUUGUAUUUUUUUACUCAUUGAUUUGUGGUUUUCUCGGGGCGGGCCAGUCAGUUAGAACAACAAUUAAAACUUAAUAUUUUCACUAGACAGGUAUAAUUAUUUAUGUAAUAGCCUGACUAUUUCUUAGGCGUCGUUAGCGAUGCAAAUCAACAGUCGGUGUAGACUUAUUGUUGUCGAAACGAUCUUACGCUUUUAUUCGUUUACUAAUCGACGGCCGUAACGGCGACAUGCGCGAGCAGAUUCCGACCGCAUUUUAUAGUAAUUAAUCGUACCUUCACAUUAUAAUAUUGUAUAAUAUCUCGGGACUGAUUGUUUAUUAAUAAUAAUUAUAAUCGUUUAAAGUUUACACUGCGACGGGCCCAACGUAAGGUGAACUUAUAGAAACGCAUAAUCCGCGUCAUCAUAAUAGCUCAGUUUCGGUUUAAACUCGCAUUAGUUUAACGAAGUAUAACAAAGAAGCUAUUAGUUUCACGAAAAUGUAUUUUUUUUUCUCGGAAGACGUUUGUACGGUUAGUAAAAAUGAUCUAAUUUUUCACCUGAUGUACUUUAUGUGAAACAUAUUUCGAAAUUCUCAAUACUUUUUCCAAAAUAUUAUUUUGUUUUGUAUGUUACUAUUCUUUUUCAUGUUUUUUUUUUUUUUUUUAAUGGUUGGGAAAAUGCUCCGUUUUUUUUUUACGUAUUACUUUAAACGAUGAGGAAUUUAUUCCCCUUGAAAUUGUUUUUUCUCGUUUCGGUAUUAAAAUCUAAGAUUGCAAAAAAUUAUACAAUACUACAUAAAUCGUAUAAUACAGACGUCAGACGUGUACUUAACUCAAUUUUUAUUGUAGAAAAAAUAGCGAAAUUUCCGAAAUUCAAAGAUGGGGCCCCGUAUAGAAAAAUUUGAAACUACAAUUUAACAAAACAGCUUCGGGAUGUUACUAGAAACCAUAAUAUCGAUUGUCCACCAAACAGGCACGAAGAUAGAACAUUUUCACUAGGUGGACCAUUAUUUGAGAAGUCCUUUGCUCGAGAUUUCUUAUGUUUAAAAUAAAAUGUAGUUAAAAGCGCAUUAUAACUAUAAAUGGUUUUUGAAACCAAAUAAGUCUUUUCGGCGGGAAAAUAAAACCUCGACAUGAAAACUAAUAAUAAUAUCUGCCACGCUCUACACAGAAUCCAAAUAAAGCACUCAAUUUGCAAAGGUAUUCCGAAGAGUUAUAGUUUGUGUUAUUGCACAGACGCGACGAGACAGCCCAGCCUGCAAUAAAUACGGCUACAAAACACAAUAAUGUUAUUACAAUACAAAAUGUGUGUCAUUUAAUGAACGUGUGGAACGGAUAUUGGCAUUUCGGUAAUUCCACGCGGUCCCGACAAAGUCCUAAAAUUGAAAUACGUAAUACACCACGUGGCUUUCGCUAAUAAAGGUACACAAAAUCUACAGGCAAUUGAAUUACGUAUCCGCAGAGUAAAUUCUAUAACGAAUGGUUGUAACAAACCGUUGAGCUACUGAUUAAAUUGUUUGUAAAACGAGAUUUCCCGACGAAGAAAAUAAUAAACUUACGAUUAAAUUAUUCGAACUUAAUCAAAAACAAAAUAAAACAAAGUACAUAUGUCUAGGUACAUAAUUAUGUAUCGAUCGUUAUAACAAUCAAAAUUUCGUUAAGAGGACGCCACGACCGCAUGCGCUGUCUCCAUCUUAUAAACAUACAACAUAGUAAAUUUUAUAAUCAGCCGAGAAAACUUUGUGCUGUUAGUUUUAAUGCUGUUAGAUUGAAUCGAUCGAACUUAAAUAUAAGAAGAACUAAAUUAACGUGUGCAACUAUGUUGAGUAUUUUUUCGAUAUUUUAAUUUUUUUAGCGAGAUAUAAACAUGACACGAAUUUAUCACAAUUUAAAAAUGCUCACUUAAAAAUUAAAAUAUCAACCAAAAAAAAAAAAACCCCGACACAGUCGUAUGGAUAAUAUAUUUAUCUUUAAUGGACACUAUGUCAAUUCAAUCUAAUAUUAAAAAUAUUAACACAAAGUCGUCCCCGUUGAACGCAAAUUUGCUAUGUCAUACGUUUGUAAAACAGAUACAGUACAUGCGAGUUUUUUAUUAUGUCUAUUGUCCGGCUAAUCUGUACGAUUUAUAAAAAUUGUAUAAUGAAUACACAUUAAAAAAAAAAAAAAAAAAAAUGCACCUUUGAAAGCAUAGUAAAUGUUGUCGUCUUUAAUUUGGUGAAAUAAUUUUUAUUUUGUCCAUACUAAAUUUUGAGUCCUUAUGGGAAGUAUGAAAACACAUUUUUACUGUAUUACCCGUUAGAUAGACAGAAACGGAAAAUAUUACUGUGAAGCCCUCUUAAAAGCAUUACUUAAAAAUAAGACGACGACGAGCAGCGCAACGAAUAAAUUUCGUUUUAAUUUCUUUAAGCCGAUGGCAUUUCCGGUACUGUUUUUUUUUUAACAUUUUCAACGGUUUCAUAAAACCAUGCAACUAUCAAUUGCAUCACGUUUUUUUUUACGUUUUUAUAUUUGUACCAAUAGAUUUAAUUGUAGAAUGUUUUAUUCUAAUAAAAAUUCUAAUAAGUAAUUGUGUAUAGAACAUAAAUCUUACAUAAAGUAAUGUUAAGUGCAUUACGUUUCAAAAAUAUUACUUUGGAUUUUUUACCGAACGCACGCUAAUAUUUAACAUAAUAUUUAAAUAUUGAAUAAUAAUAGUAAUAAAAAAAAACGUCCUAUCAAUUCGCAGUGCAGUUAUCUGCAAGCUCCGUUCGGUUUAUAAAUACAUUGAUUUAUAAUUGCUUUUAAAUUAAAAAUAACAACACAGCCGGUGAGCCCUCCGGAUGAAGAGUUUACAGGGCCUAAGGCAAAUGAAAAAAAGAAAAACAUCGGUUUUUCAAUAACAAAAAAAAGAAAACAACAUAAUAUAAUAAUCUUUUUAUUUCCAAGAUUAAACUUCAUUUAUAAAAACAUUAAAAUCAAUGGAAUUUAAAUUAAUUAUUAAACAAAAUAACGUGAGUGGCUGUACAUCAAAGAGUUAAAAGUUAAAAGUGAAGUUAAUUUUAUUUUUAACUUAGCUCUUUAAUAAUAUUUCAUUAACUCAAAUUACAUAUUUGUUCGAUAUUAAUAUUAACUGAGUUAAUAUCGAAUUACACCUCGUUAUGAUCAUUUAAAUUGUAUACAUAAAUAAAUGUACUUACCAUAUAAUUAUACAAUAAAAUCGUUAAUUGAAAAACUAUCGUAUAAAUAAUUGUUUACAUAUUUUUGCUCGAUUUUCAAUAAGAAUUCAAUAACCAUUUUAGUAAAAUAAGCAUAAUUUGUUACUUAAAUAAAUUAACUUUGUUGAAGUUAAUUGAGUUUGUUAAGUUGAAAAAUUAAAUUUCAAUUUAACCUUAGUCUUGCAAAUACUCAUGAUAAAAUAAAAUAAAAAACAUUUAACGCGCGUUAACUAUUAUACGUUGUUCCGAUUAACUCAACCGAGUACUAAAAACAAAUACUUAAAUUAAUAUUACUCAUUGAUUUUCUUUUUGAAGAUGUGUAUUAUUAUCAAUAAUUAAGUAAAAACAAAAUUAUUAAAAUGGUUAAUACUCGUAAAUAAAUAUUUAAAUAAAAAAUGUACAUAUAAAAAUGAAAUUAAUAAAUGAAUCAAUGCGUCGCCUGGAGUAUUAUGAUAAGUGUAUAAUACGAUUAGUUUCGAAUUAAAAUUCCAUCAGGUGUACCACAGUCAAAAUGCAAAACGCAACUUUUAUUUAUUUAUAUAUUUAUUUACUUUAUGUAUUAUUAUUGAUGAAAAUUACUACGAUAACAUUAUUUAAAUAAAAACAACUGUCUGUGAUUCUUAAAACGAAAUUAUUUAUUAUAUCGUCUUAAGACGAUACUGGUUUUAUAAUUUAUAAUCAAUACUUGUGUUAAUUAAGUCUAAACGUGUAUACAAAACGAAUACUAAAAAUAUGUUGUUUAUAUAUUUAUUUUGCAAUAAAACAAUUUAGAUAUUUUUGAGUGCUCUCGAAAAUUUUUGAUUCCAAACGUCUGUCACCGAAACGACCGAGACCGAGAGGAAAAGUAGGUGUACGUCAGAAUGUUUUAUUUCUUGAUUACGAGUCAAAAAAACUUAUUUCCAUCGCGCGGUAAAAAUAAAAUAUAAGGUACAUGGUAAUAAUUUCACGUCAAACAAAAUUCAUAUAAUAUUUCAUGUAGUAACACUGCAUAAACACCGCGAAACAAUUACGUAUUCUCGGUUUGUAUUACAUUUAAAUUCGAAAUACGCUUUUCCGCGGUCUCGAUAAGAGGCCUCACGUUUAGCCGUCGGGUUUCAUUAUAUUCGUUUUGAGACGACAAAGUAUAAAUUGUUUCGGGCACCUCGCCGGGGUAAGUUCGACUUGGUUAGGUUGGAUUUUGAUUUUUAUUUUAUUUUGAUUUCGAAUUUUAAUUGUAUUGUUUCACGCCGCGCUUUUUGAAUCCAAGUAAAAUAUUAUUAUCGAUACAUAAAAAACAAAAGUUGUUUUAAAUAAGUGCUCAAUAAAGUAUGAAGUAACAUACAAAUGUAAAAACGUUUGUAGAACAAAAACAAAAAAGCUGUCCUAGGAUAAUGGGGAUGGGUGCAGCCACUGUUACAAGUGAGAAGUUGACAAGGUAGUAGAGGGAAAAUUCAAUGUAUACCUGUAAGCAACGAUAAACUAUUGCUAACAAAAAAAAACGAUUCUGAGCUGAGUUCGUUUGAUAGAGUUGCAUUUUCAGCAGUAUAUAUGCCAUAUUAUGGUAAAACAGCUACAUAUGCAUUGUAUGUUUUCUUUAAUAUUAUACCUAUUUCCCCGUUAAAUUUUAUGUAGAUCUUUUAUUGUUGCAACAAAUGUAUUAUUAUUAUUAUUAUUUUAAAUAAUCGAAUAAACAUCUUUGCAAAACCAAUACAUUCGUCGCUCCACUCAGUAUCUAAAAUGUAAAUUGAAACCAGUCACAUGCAUACGACUGGUUUCGGUUUACACAUAGUAUAAUACUGCAGGCAUUUUUUUUGUGAUGUUUCUACAUACUACAUGCAUGAGAAUGAGAAUGUAUUAGUUUUACAGAAAUUUGUAUUUAUUUAUUUUUUAUAUUGUGUACAAAAAUUCUACCAGAAAUCUUGCUCCGACAUAUACGUGCGGCACCAUUCCUGAAAGGAAAUAUAGUCCAGAUGGUACUUUUAGAAGGUAAAUUUUUUUGAUUUUUCGAACACUUUUCAUAAUAUCUGGGAUAAACCAAGAUAAACGUUAAUAAAAACGGGGAAUUUAAUAAAAUAAUGCUUUUAUUAUUUUUUCAAUAUAUUCGCCUUUUCUAUAUAUGAUGCAAGUUUCAAAACAUUCGAGCAAUUUUUGAGCUGUUUAUAGACAUUUUAACUUUGUGAGUUCUGUACGUAAUUUUUAUUCGGCAGGUAUUCUGUGGUCGAAUUGUUAGACUUAAUAGAAAUACUUGAAAAUUUAACAGAAUGUUCCUUAAAAAUCGUACUUUAUAGUAAAAGAAAUUUGAUCUUAAUAUAUAGUAUUUUUUUUAAGAAAUUUGUCUAGAAUUCCGACUGUACUCAAAUAGUACAAACAGCUAUUUUUGGUUGCAUUAUCGUAACACAUUUGAAACAUAUACUCUCCAAAAGCCUAAAAUAUACUGGGAUAGCCCCCCUUCCCCUUUGUUCUCAAAAGCUUAAGCAACUUAACUUAGCUUGAUUCAUAUGAUAAAUGCGUGCCGCAAAUCAUUUUUAAAAUCCCCCCCCCCUAUUAUCUUGUCCUAGAUCCGCCUUUGAAUGAGUACUUUUCAGUCAUAUUUAUUUUAUUUAUUUUACACAGGCAUUUAUUCGGCUUGUAUUUAGAUUUUUAUUCACAUUAUUUUAGCUCGGGAAAAAUGAUUUGAAUAAUUUGCGGGGCACCUACUUCGAACAAUAUAUCCAACGACAACGACGACGAGUAGGGGAAUAAAAACGCGUAUUUUAUUUUGGGAGGCUUACAUCGGGAGACCAUUAUAUUACUAUACAUAAGAAAGGACGAGGACAUAAAAAAUAGUAGGGUGAAAAAAAUAAAAUAAAACGAUAUUAUUAUAUUAUGUUAAAAUAAACGUCCGUCAACGAUCUGCCCGCGAGUCCGGGGAAAAAUCCGCCCCACAGCUGCAAGCGGAGAUUUUGCACCGUAUUGAUUUUCGGGCCGACGGAACGUUUGCGGAAACGAUAAUAGUAUUCCAAUAAAUAAAAUGAAGGCUCCGUCAGAGACGUCUCAAGGAUAAUAUUGUAGGUACAAUACUGUUAGGUAUAUGCAGGUAGACGAGAUUUUCUCGAGUAGGUAUAAUUUAUAUUACAGGAUCCGGGACCGGAAUUUCAGGAGUAAAUUUCCAUACAGGUAUAGGUCAAUAUCAACUAACUUGCAUAUAUAUAUAUAUAUAUAUAUAUUAUACCUAAUAAAAAUAAUAUGUGCUCGUUCGGCUUCGUUCGAUUAAAAUUCUCGGGUUCUAUAAUAAAGUGCUCAUUGUUGUUCAACGGAAAACGGCCGGAAAAUCAUUGCGUUUUAUUGUCGACGACCCCCUCUUUCCCCGGGACGUAACGCCCCGUCCAAAUACGUUAUUCAGAGAAUUCCUGGAAAAAUUGUUUUUGAAAAUCCAAAUUCCAGUUUCUUUAAAAAUUUCAAUCAUAACAAAUACAGCCAGUUAACAAAUUAAGUGAUACAAUACGAGUAGUUAAAAGGUAUAGUACCGAUUACAAUAAAACAACCAAGUCGAAAUAAUGAAAUUAUUCGUUUUCGUGAAUUUUCUUUUAACGAAAAUCGAAAACAUUGAAACUAAUGAAAUCGUUAGCACCUUAAAUAUUUGUCCGGUUUUCCUGUACCAUAUUUGCAGGGUUUUCCAGCUGUUAUGAAAACUACUUGGAAAAUAUAAAACAAAAUAUGGCCUUCUCAAUGGACUAAUUAGAUCCGAAACGCUAUAAAAGAUUCUCCUUUUGUUAUUUUUCGAGCGAGAUUUAUGGUAGAAAAGUUAUUAACGGACCGGAAAAAUAUAAAAAUUCGAAAACAAAGCCACCCACCAUAGAUUAAAAUCAAUACAUUUCUCGUUGAGUCCAGAAUCAGAAAAAGAAAAACCAAAUAAACUCGAAAUCAUCGUUUAGAUGGUUUGCUGGUUCACGUGGCUCGUAUACAAGAAUCGUCCUGUAUAACAAAUGUUUGAUUCAUACCGCUUGUGGGGAGAAAAAAAGAAUACAAAAUUUUAGUAAAUAAUAUUAUACGGUAGAAUAUUAUUUCAGUGGAUAUUGUUAUGUUAGGACUCUGGGAUGGAGGGGAAAUAGUCUACCGAGACGUAAACGCAAGAUUGAUGGCCGUCCUUUAACGCAUAAAACAACACAGUAUAUUUUAACAGCGGUAUGACAUUUUAAUACGAAUUUUUUUUUUUAUUUCUUCGGCCGUUGCCCGAGAAAAAAUCGUUUUUGUAAAUACCGUACACAUUUAAGUUCGUAUUUAUUCAACGAUUUUUUUUUUUUUUUUUUUUAAUCAAUUAUUGUUCGGACCAGGCGGCCAAUUUUUUACGGAGGUCUUCCAAACAGAAGUCCGUAGGACACCCAGUUGACUGCACAAAUUGUCGUCAAUUUUGUGUCCACUAGAAUAAAUGGUAAAUUAUAUAGAUAAACCGGCUAAAAAGUUGAGAUUUUGUCAUUCCAUUACUCUUGGACUUUUUUCGUUUGUUUGAUUCUUUUUUUGACAAGUGAUAGUUUACUUCCUCGUAUAAAAUAUUAUCAGGGUCCAAUAAUCCAAACCAGUUAAAUUUUACCUCCCCCCACUAUAUCAAAUUUCACUAGUAAAUAUUUACCCCUAGCCAAAUUUCUCUAGUGAAAUUUAAUGGGAAGGAGAGGGGUGAUAAGGAGAGGAUAUAUCACGUGGUCAAUAUUCAUAGUCAUAACGGUUCGGUAGAUUCGAUAAAAAAUUGUUUUUCACAAAUUUACAACUCAAAUACAACGAAUAUAAUAGGAUAUUAAUAAUAAUAACCGCAUGCAAUUUAAUGGAUUAUAAUCCUAUCCUUAUUAAGGCGAUCACAUAUUUAUAAUUGUAUUGUUUUACGAAACGAUCGCAUUUGGUUUACGCGUGGUUUAUCUACAAUCAAAAAAAAAAAUUGUAUUUUUUGUACUCGUAUAAAAAUGAAUUAAUAUAAAUCAAUUAUACAAUAAUAUUGAUAAACAAAAUCAUUCUUUAACAUUAAAUAAAUAAAUACCUACUGGUUUAGUCGGUACUAAUAUUCUACUUAAAAUGUACUUUAUAUUAAUUCAAAUAUCUUACUCCAUAGGUGCAAACAGGGAUGAGAGAUUUGGGGGAACUUAGCCCCUCGUCCAGGCCUCCUAAAUCGAGUCCUUUUAAUGUAUACUCAUAAUCAAUAUUAACCUGAAAUAUUUGAACUAUUUGUGCCUUACUUAAAUUAUUGAACGGAUAUGGUUAUGUGUAUUCUUGUCUGGUUUAAGGGGGGGAGCUACAAGCUGACCUUCGUUUUCAUAGAAAUAUUUUCGAUAUUUGUGAUGUAUUUCCGAAAAAUUCAGAUGGGGGGGGGAACAUCCUUUUUAUGCUUUUCUAUCGGGUGUCUGUGAUAUUGUAUAUCUAAUAAUAUCAUACAAGUCCUUUAAAUAUUUUAGCGUGUAAUUAUUUGUUUUAAAAUUAUUAUGGGCGGAUGAUCCGGGGAGUUAUUAGUUUUAUAAUGAUGCAUUUUUUCCCUUGCGACAUUUUAUAGGACGCAGUAAUUAUUAUGCUCGAAAAGUUUCGUGCUGCAGAAACUUUAUAGCCGGGUAAUUGAAUGCAUACGGUACCUACCUAACUACUCUAAACGGGUCAUUUUUAUAAUUUACCAGGUCACAAGGGUAUAUGAAUAAAUUGCGAAAAACUGGACGACCUUCAAAAAAGACGGUACAAUAUUACAAACCGUAUUUUGUAUUCGUUUAUUAUAAACCAUUAUAAACUCCGAUGAAUUAAAUCGUUUUUUGUGUAAGAAUAUUUGGAUGUUUGAAUUUUUUGCAUCUAAAGUAAAUGAGCAGUGAAACGAAUGACGCUCAAUAUUCCAAUCACUUGUGUUUUUCAAAAAUUUAUUUUCCACGAUGUAAAAUUAAUAGAGCAGAAUGUUUUUUUUCACUUUAGUGAAGUACAUUUUAUACUUAAAACACCACAUGAAAAUUAUGAAAGUCAUCGAUUGAUUGAAAAUGAAUUGUAUAGAGUUUGAAAAUGUUUGGAAAUUAUAUAGAAGAUACUACGUCGAACCUAUUGUUUUGUUUCUUUGUCAAGAAUAUUUUAAAGUACAAUAUUGUAUAAUGGUUAAAUUUUUUGAUUCGUACAUGUUGCAGACCCUAAUAGAGUUGUAUUGAUUGUGGGGGCCCAAGAGUUCACAAUUUAUAAUAAGGAAAAUAAUACAUUCAAAUAAUAAUUAACACUUGUCUGAUGAAAGUAGCAUAUUAUAUAUUUUUAGUCCUAUAUAUAAUUAAGUAGAUCGGGUUAGUUUUAUGUGCAUUAAAUGUACAGUAAUGUUUGUUAAUUGUCUUGUGUUAUAACCAUGUUCAAUACUAGGUAUUAAGUUAUUUAUAAUCAUAUAAAUUACUGAUAGAACGAAUUAUAGAACAACUUUUUUAACGGUAGAACAUUUAAUUCUUUGUAUAGAUAGUCCGUGUGUCGUGUGAUACAAAUGAUUAUUUUUUUAAAUAAUUUGUAUUAUUCUAUUUUGCAUUGUUUUUUUAUUGAAUUUAAUUUGGUAUCGUAGGUACCUCCCCAAAUAUUAUACCAUACUUAGUUAUAUAUUCUACUAGAGUUUGGUACACAAUUCUAAUGUUCUUGAUUUCGAGCAAAUUGAUUAAAAUUUUGAAAGCAUAGGUUAUUUUUCUUAGUUUGACCGCUUUCUGUUUUAUAUGGUCAUGCCAUAUAAGGUUAUGGCAUAUUUCAAUGCCUGAGUAUUUACUAGAUUUUACUAUUGUAGUUUUAGUAUUAGUGUAGAACAAUAUUGGUCCAAGUAAAUAUACCCUAAACAAACAAUUAAAGUUAAUUUUAAUUUCCUAUAUUAGACAGCUUACUUAGAUAGGGCUUUAAAUCGAUUAAAAUAUAACUGCUAGAUUUACGAACAUAUUUUUUGGACUGCCUACAUAUUAUCAAGAAAGUUAUUAAUUGUUACUUUUUGUUUCCGAAUUAUUGAAACUCUUUAGAAAAAAAAGCCGAAAAAAUGGGAAAGGAGGAGGUCGGAAACGCUGAUUACGCCACUGCACCGCAAUGAACUGCAUUAUUUUUUGUAACUGUGUUUUUCAUUAAAUAUUAAUCGGGACAAAUUUUGUUUAAACUCGUAUACAUAUUGUAUAACAUAUUAUAUAAUAUAAUUAAAUUGUUUAUAAAGUCACGUUCGUUUCCCGGUCCCGUUAUCACAGCGGUGAGUACUUGACAAGAAUCAAGGAAGUAUAAAUAUUAUUAUCGUCAUCACUGCGGAACGUAUAAACGCAUUAUAAUCCUGUACGUCCUUGAAAUAUUAACUAACGUACUACGUAGAAUACGAAAAUCUUUCUGAAAUAACACAUACGUAAGUGCUUCUGUCACUAUAUAAUUGCCUUUCACUCCGAAUACACAAGAAUAAGCCAUAAUAUAUAGUCGUAAUUUGAAAAUGAUUUCGAAAACUUCAGGUCAAAAUAUGAUAGGUAAAGCAGAGACGCCGAUUGCAUGGGGGCUCCAGAGCCGCAGCCUCCAAAGAAAAGUUUGAGUUAGGGCUCAGCCAUCAAAGAGAGUUACUGGAGCAAAAUAUAUUUCUUCCUAAAAAAAAAAAAGUAUUUUCCUCUUAUUAACCUACUCGUUGGUGUUUGCGCAUUGUUUCGUUAAAAAAUUCAUAAAUAUAUUUUGCGGUUUUGGUUGAAUUUUUAAGCAACAUGUCAAAAGAAAAAAAAUGAAAAUGGUGCUGAAAACAAGUGGCUUUUUUUAAACAAAUAAUGAAAUUAUGUUUUUUUAUUUUUGUUAAAUAUUAUGAUCAGUAUUUUUGAUAGAAUAUAAAUUAUUAAUGCAAAACUACAAAAAGUUGCAGUGUGCUUUCAAGAAGCUCAACACAAAGUUAAUAAUUUCGUAGAGUCUAUACAAUAACACUGAAAUUCUGGCUUUGAUUAUAUCUGAAAUAAAUCAAUUUUAAAAUUAAAUGAGCUGAAUUUGAAUGAGCUUAACUCACUAAGGGUAAAAUAAAACACCAAAAAGUUAGACAGGAGUCGAUUCAUGCAAUCUUUCAACUAUCAAAGAUCAAUAUAGGACUUUAUUUUAUGAGAUUGUUAGUGUUUCUUUAUUUUCAUCGAAUUUCAGCGAUUUCAUAAAAGUGUUAUUGAACAUCUUUCAUUCUUAAAAUAUAUAGUUGGUAAAAACACAGCUACAAAUAUUAUUGGUUUUUAUGAAACAGAUUUUGACAAAAAAUAAAUUAAAACUACAUAAAGAUAUGUUGUUAGAUAUAGCUGAGUCUAGAAAAAUGUCUAUUUAUAAUUCUAAAGGUGUUAUUAAACUUCUAAAAAUGAUAAACUUCUUCGUGACCUAUUACCUAACCAAACCUUAUAAAUAUAAACUGGUAAGAAUUCAUUAUAUUAAUAAUUCAGGUAUCUUCUUGUACAGCUGAAUGGUCUUUUUCAGCACUUCGAGGACUUAACAAAUGUUUAAGAUCAACAAUGAGCGAAUCACGUUUGUAAAUUUCUAUAUUCCAUAUUCGUAGAGAUAAAAAAGUAGCUCUAUCAAUUGUUGAUAACGAAUUCAUUAAUAAAAUUAAAGUUAGAGAGAAUACGUCAUUUUCUUUAAAUUAAUGUGAUAUUAUUAAAAUAAAAAAAAAAAUUAAUUAAUAUUUUUAAUUUAUUGCGUGUUAAAUUGAGAGUCAGCGGUUCCCAACCUUUUUAGUUGUGCGAACCACUAAUUUUGAAAAACUUUAAGGCCCACUAAACUAAUAUACAGGUAAAAAUAAAAACAAAUAGACACCUAUGAUUAAUAUAUUAUAUUAUAAUGUUGCAUAUUGCAUACACAUCAUUAAUUAGGUAUGUUUACUAUAGAAAACAAUUAAAAACUAUUUUUUUUAUAAAAAAAGAAGUUUAUAAAUGUUUUUGACUUAUAAACCAAUGGUUAGAGUUAAAAUAAAAUCAAUGCGAUUUUUGACAUUGCUUUUCUCUUACGAGAGAAUAAAUAUCGAGAUUAAAUUUAUCGCAACGUAAAAUUCACGCCGAUCAUGAUAAAAUACGAUAAAAAUUAGAAAAAUAUUCUAGAAUACUAUUUAUAAGAAAACGACAAUCAAUAUAAUUUUACAACUGCGAUAAUUGAUAAUAUUACUAAAUCUCGAUCUAAAUAUAGUAUAUUAAAAUAAUAUACAUUAUUUUUUAAUUUUUAAUUUUUAAAUUAAAUUUCUAUUUAAUCCAAUUUUAAAUGACCGUUUAUAAAAAUCGUAAUUAUUCAAAAAUCAAAAAUGGAAAUCAAUGAAAAAAAUUCAAUUCUACGUGUUUUCCUGUGUUUCUUUUGGUAUACAAUACGCUCUAUAUUAUAUUAUUAUGUGACAUCCGUGUAACACCAAGGUCAUCUGUAAAUCAUCAAAAAUUAUUAUAUUUUCUUUCUAAAAACACCAAAAGCCCCAUGUCAGCCACCAUCUAGGGGUUGAAUUUUGAUAAUCCGUCUUUGAUGAGAUGCACACUGACCCUGCGUUCAGGUGCUUCUAUAUGCGAAUUUUCAGACUUCCGCAUGCGGUAGAUACGCGAUAAAUAUGAUUCGAAUGUGGAUCAAGCACAAAAUUCAUUAAAUCCAUAGUAUUGAGUAUCUACACCACUAUCGUGGUCGUUUUUGAAGUAUCUUUUCCAUCCCUGACACAGAAAAUCACUUAUUUUCCUUAAAAAAUAGAUGAUAUUAAAUAAUAUAACAUUUGUUUAUUUUUUUUUAUUUUAGAUAUACUACAUUGGCUAAAAUGGUAGACACCGAUACCGGCAAUCUUUUCAUCGUCGGUUCAUUCAACAAACAUACCGAUCCAGAUUUCAAAGUAAGUGCGCACAUCUCCGUCACAUUAUUUUCGAUCGCGUAAACCCGAAUGCAUCAUAUUAUAAUCGGAUGAUAUUAUUGCGUGUGCCUUAUACACAAAAGCUUACGCAGCUGCAGCUGCAGCGUUCAAACGAAUUUGUCUGAUCGGAUUUUUUCUCUCCGUUUGUUUGACAAUAACUGCACGGUUUUAUUUAACAUUCAAAGUAUUGUAGUACACAAUAGGUACAUAGAUCGCAUUAAAACUGUAAUAUUUUAUUAGCACUAUUUUUUAUGAUAUUCUGUUUCGCGUAUACUAAAAAAAUGGAUAGUGCGCAUACCGCGCGACGAAGAUUGUUUUCUUUUUAAGCGAAAAAGAUAUAUAUGAAUGGGUUUAAUACAAAUAGCGCGGACCCGGAUGGUGACCGUGGAAAUAAGAAUGGCCCCGGGGCCGAGGUGUCGCACAAAAAGUUUUGAGAAAAAAGAACAAAGAAGUUUUGUCAGAUGACUAAUGUUUGGAGACAAAUAAUCUAUGAAAUAGCUUAAGAACUCGGCAACGUUACAAAAAUAAAAAAAAAAAGAGAGUGAUGAACUUUUACGCGUAUUCUUUCUUCUCUUUUUUUUUUUCGUUUUUUUCAGUUGCAGUCUGCCGUGCACUCAAAAACUUUGAAAAACACAUUUUAUUCGGCCGAACACAUUUUUUUGAAACAGAAUUAAAUAUUAUUUCGGGUUAAACAGGAUUGCGUACGACGUUAGUUGAUUUGCGGUUACUCGAUUGCGCACGAAAUGUUAAGCGUUAUUGCCAAUUUUCAUACCGGUGUUUAUACCACACGAGUGAACCUGAUAAAAAUUAUAAUUCAUAAACACUUUGCGUUUUUCAAUAAACGUUUAUUGUUAACAAUAUCGACGCAACAUCAAAUACAUUUUAAUAUGCUGGAAAUUUCGUUAUUUCAAAUGUGUAUGGGUAUUUUCUGUUCUCCGGGUCGUCAUUGAUCGUCACGCGCGUGCGUUUUGUCGACAUUUAGUAAUAUCGAAAAUUAUUUUGUAUUAAACUUAAAAAAUCGAAAAUAGUUGGUGUUUUUUUAUUUUAAUAAAUAAAUAAUACCGAUUAUUCAAUUAAUUAAUAACGGGAAAAUAGAGAAAAUGGCAAAAUAGUAUUUUAUUCGAAUUCGAACUAUUAUAAAGGUUUAUGACGAGUAUAAAAUCCAUAUGAAUAUGCUGAAAUAUUUAAAAGUAUAUGGUUAUAGGUGUUCAGAAACUAAAAUUUAGAUAUUUCAAAAUUGUUUAACUAUGAUUUUAUUAAUAAUAAUAUUCUACUUUUUGCAGUUCAGAUAAAAUGAUUGUACUAGUUAAUUAUUGAGUAUAUAGUAUAUAAAUUUAACUACUUUGCAUACAAAUUCGUACGCGAUUAUGUUGAUUUUAUUAUUUUUUUAAGUAUUCUUUAAUCCAUCGAAAAACAUACGCCUUCGUGUUGUCGAAAAGGACAAACGUACUCAAUCUUUUUCUACCCAUUUCGAUAUAAUUUGUCAGACCUCCGACACAUGAAAACAUUUGAGGUUUAACUUUUUUUUUUGUCAAUUCUGUGUUGAAUAUUUUAUUUUAGCUGCUGCGUAAGCGUAUUUCAUAGUAUUAGAAAUCAGAAAAACAAUUCCAAUCACAAUCAGUACGACGUCAAUUAAUGACAUGAAAUUAUUGCCGCGACAAUUCGGUGUACAAAGUUUGCAAUGUACAUUUCACGUAAGCCAGUGACCUCAAAAAUCAAAAACUUCAAUUCAAAAUUGUCUUUCGAUUAUUUUUUCGCAUCCGUUUUGGUUUUUGUAGGUAGUUAAUUAUAAAGUAUCAAUUUAAAUGUAUGAUAUACGUAAAUGGUGGACAACUUAUAUUAGAUUACCUACUCUAUCCCUCUCUCUCUCUCUCUUCCAAUGUCAUGAUUACUUUUCAAGAGUUCUCUUCGCCACCUGUCUCUAUCUAAAACUGCUCUGUCCAGUAUUAAAUUCUCGGAUCUUCCAAAUCUUCUUUCACCAAGGCAAUCCGUAUUUUCCUGUAUCUUCCUCUAGGUCGUUUUUCUUGCAUUUUCCACUCAAUUACUACCAUAACUGCUUCUCUAUAUUCCCUACACUAAUAAUAUUAUAGUUUAUUUAUCAAAGUACAAACGAUUCUAUAGAAGUUUUAAUGUCAAAAAGUACUUAUUAACAGAGACGUAUUUACAUUUUUAACGCCAUUAAGCAUUUUUUUUUUUUUUUUUUUGUAACACACUGAAUUUUGAGCUGCACACUUUACAGCUUGUAUUAAUUUUGGGCUCUAAAUCACAUUAUUUAAGACCCUGCUGAUGGGGUUGAUAUUUAAAUAAAAUCUGAUAUUUUACCAUAUUAAGAUUAUGAAGCUUUCUCGAAAAAUGGUGCCUGGAGUUGAUGUCCCCCCCCCCCCCUCCGGAGCUCCUAAAUACGUCCUCAGUUAUUAUUAACUGUAGUAAAUAGUAAUACAAUAUGCCAAGACAGUAAAAAAUACGAAUUUUAAAUAGUGGAUUUCAAAAUAAAGCCUGGCACACGAGCACCGGAAUUCACACUUAGUUGUGGUAUGAUGUGAUAAGAUAAUUAUUACGGUGAUUUCGUUUCUGCGUAUCGAAUUAACGAUCCCCUAAUAUUAAAUUAAAAACUAAUUACUAUAUUAAUGAAGGUCAAAACGGCAAGUGUAUAGUAUGGGGUGUUUUUUUUUUUUUACCGAAUCGUUAUUCCCUAUAUAACGGUUUAAACGAACGACGUAUUUUAGUGAAUUAAUUUUUUUUUUUUUUUACAUUUUUUUGUAAACCCCUCGACAAUAGCAUGACAUUGUACAUACAAUGCUUACCGAAGAGGAGACGGUUUUUUUUUUUUUUUUUACAGUUUUAGCUGCACAUACUCACUGAUAGGUGGCAGCGGCGGUUCACAAUGACGUGAAUAGAUGUUAUUUUUACGCUUGUUUUUUUUUUCUCUAAAAGGCACUGGCAGUUAAAAGUCGGCAACAGCGGUUAUACACUUUUCGAGUGAUAUUAGGUAAUUGAAAGUGCACUAUAGAAAGCCCUUCGGACGCAAUAUUAUUAUCGUUUCGGGACUAUAUCCAAGUUACAUUUGGGGACGUGUUGACCGAGAUAUAUAAUAUUACGUAUUUUGUUUAUCCAAAGGAAAAUGUUCGCGUCACGUCAACCGCAUCGACCGUCAAAAGUCAAUAACGUAUCAUAUUAUAAUUAAUAUAAUAAUAUAAUUUAGGAUAUGAGUUGCGAGUUUUUUUUUAUCGCGAUCCAACGAUAGUCAAAAUUACGAAGGUUUCAAGUGAAAAAUGGAUUUUGUUGUUGUAUUUGUUUUUUUGUCAGACGUUACGAAACCGUUUUCCGCACAUUCAUUUUAAUACGUUAUUUUCGGGUUGAAAAAUAUUAUGAUCACAUCGUCCCAAUAUUUUAUUACUAUCCGAAAUAAAAUCGGUAUAAAUAUAGGUAUUCGAGAUUAGUAAAUUAUAUUACGGCGUGUGCUUCGUAGAUAUUUUCUAGUACUAUGUAAUUUGAAAAAAAAAAAACAAAUAAAUAUUACGGCGACGGAUCAACACGGCUCGAGAAAUAAAAAAAAAAAAAAAUAACAGUGCGCUCGUCGUCAAAAAUAAUAGUUCGAGGCACCACCGGAAUAAUACACACAUCUGCCGUGCAAUGCUGCCGUAAAAAAGUAAUUGAAAAUACUGCGUCUGAACACGCAGUAUACUCGUAUACGUCCUGUUCCCUAUUAUUUAUGCAAAUUGCACUGUUUUGUUUGCCCUAUAUAAAAACGGAUACAAAAUUAGUUCACGUUUUAAUUGAAUGAAACGAAAAUUCUUUUUAAUAACGUAGUUAUGGUACGUAUGGUAGAAUCGAUAUUGCGUUUUGGGGUGUAGGACGUUUCAUUAUUACAGGUGCAAUAAUUACGCGAUUUUGAUAAAUUGAGAACGAACGAAAAGAUUCUGUCUAUUUAUUUUUCUGAAAUAUCACUUUUUUAUUUGAUUGAUGUACAGAAAAAAAAAUUGCCUAUUGAUAAGCUUUUCUAUUUUAAUUUGCCGUUUUCAAGUGAAUAACUUAUUAUUUGAAAAAAAAAAAAACAAAUCUAUAAUCAAAUAUUGUUCUCCUUUUUUUUGAAAUAAAAAGGUUCUACACGGUAAUUUUUUCAAGCAUGCUCAGUUAUCAUUCCAUUUUUACGAUUGAACUAUGCAUACGUUUGAAAUUUUCGAGCGGGGUGAACGACGAUACUUUUGAAUAAUUCGAUUUUUCACAACAUUUAAGAAGUACCGUGUGAUAGACACCGACUUUGGUAUUUCAAAUGUGAAUCCAACACGUUUUAACGAAAUUUGUCAAUCGGACUAUUUUUCUGAAAAUGUUGACGCGUUGUAAUCAAAAUUCAAGCGAAAAUUGUCUGAGUUAUUUUACUUUAAAUUGGUGCUACGGACAUAAUAGCCUUUUGUGGGGAUUGGAUACCGACCGUUUCCCAGAAGCCGCGUGUUGGCAUUUUCUUGUUUUUAUGCGUUAUGCGGUGUAUUUGUGUGAGAAACGAUUGUUAGCGUCUGUGAUUGUCUGUUACGCUAAAAAUGUGAACGAUUCAACGAAUAAAGUGAGUCUUCCCGGAACGACUCACAACUCCCGUAUCGAACGAUACGCGUUAGAAGACUCGUCCGCGUCUCGGGACCCUAUUCUCAGAGUCAUACGAACAGGAUCCGUACAUUGGAAACUGUCCUUUUAACGCGAAUUUUCACGUGAUGAAAAAAAAAAAAAAAAGUCGUAUUCUCAAAACGUAUCCGUAAACGAAUCGGUUGCGUUAUGUGAAAAACAUUCGCGCGAUUGUUUUUGAUGGGGCUAGGCAGAUGGACACAGUUUUCCGUAUACGGAUCCAAUUUAUACCGAUAUUAAUAAUCGUUUGUUGGAUUUUCGCCGUAUAAUACGUUCAUAGGAACGAUAGUAUGAUACGUCUGACGUCUGUCACGCGGUGAGUGGCCAUUUGAAAAUCGUGCGUUCAAUACUCGUUUCGGGUAUAAAUGAUUAUUUAUGGGGUAAACAUUUGAAAAGUAGUGUUACGAUGAAUAUUACGUUUUAAGGUUUAUUCUGAUGUUUAUAAGUUCGCGAAAAAAAAUUUAAAAAAAUCAAAUUUACCGCGUAUACUAGAAAGUCCUCGGAGAAAAUCGCUGGGUAAACAAAUACCCUCCCCUCCUCCCCCCGUAUAAUUAUACCGCCGGUAGGUGCGUAAUAAUAAUUUAAAACGGAUAUUAUAAUAUAACAUACGCGUACGUUAAAACCGAAUCGUGAAUCGCGAAUUGAUUGUCGCGCGAUGAAAAACGUUUGUUAUAAUGAUAUGUGCGUGUAUCGUCACGGGCUCAAAGGUUUAAAAGAUCCGAGUAUUGUACGAUUCGUUCGUGGUUUAUUGGUAAUUUCGUUAUUGCGCGUACGUGAACGGCACCGGUAUCGCGCCAAUCACCUCGAACCCUGUGCAAUGAAAUUAUUAAUUAUUGUAUUGCGCGUAUUUAGUAUAUAAUUGCAGGUUUUCGAAUAACGAUAAUGUCGGCGGCGGGUACAAAAUCGCGGAUUUCCGCGGCCCGCGUUACGGAUUAACUUCCGAUAUUGUGUAAUCUGUGCCGAGGCGAACCACUGACCUAACCUAAAGCGAGUGUGGAGGGCGGAAGCGGGAUAGCGGGAACAGUCCUCCCCCGCGGUCUGUUUCCCUUAAUUUUUUUUUACACAUCAUAUUAUUGUCUAUUUGUUCAAGGGAAAAGUGACGACAGUAAUAACAAAAAUGUCGUUAAAAAAAACCUGCCUCGUCGCGCCACACGACAAAACUCGACAGCCACGUAAAUCGAUAAAUAUUACGCACGGCGGUACAAUUGGUUUUUUUUUUUUUUUUUAUUAUCGCCAUUCACAGUGUUUCGCCACACACACACGAAACGACUGGGCAUUUUCAUGUUUUAAAAUUGAUCCCACCGUCUUGUACAAAACGCCACCUUUAUAUUAUACUCCACUGUCUAGCGGUACCCAACCCAUGGGCCGCGGCUAACAAGUGGGCCACGGAUAACGCGGUACUGGGUCGCGGACGUCGGUCGAGGGUAUAAGCCAACGGUCAGCAAAUUCUAUUUUAUUGACAUUAUUAUAAUAUAACCGUUUAUAUUUCGAUGGAGUUUUAGUAAUAAUCCCACAAAGUCGCUAUCGUACAAUUGUAUUGAUAUUCAUUUUCUCAUCUAGUAUUCUAGAAUAUUUUCGUCAUUUUUAUCGUAUCGUGGGCACGGUCCCGAUAUUGACUCUCUCGUAGGAGUAAAACUAUGUCAAAAAUCACAUUGAUUUUAAUUUACCUUUAACCCAGGGGCGUAUUUAGUGGGGAUGGGUAAGCUACAGCUCUCCCCUCCCCCCCCCCGAUAUUUUAACAAAAUCUAAAAAUAAUUUCCAUGGACUAAUAAAAACGUUACAAUAGUCUUAAUCCACGUUUUAUUGAUUUUAAACCUAACCUUAUAGACAUUUAAUAUCUAAUAUACAUUGGGAUAAAUGUUCUUUUCUGAUACAUUAAAUAUAAUUUUAGAUUCAGAGCGAAGCGAGAAAUGUAUUGGUUUUACAAUGAUGUUUAUUGUUUUUUUUUUCUGCGGACACCUUUUCUACCAGCAAUUUUGCUGUUUUAUUACAAACUUUUUCUAAAAAGAAAUCUGACUUGGGUAGUACUUUAAAGAGGUCGGUUUUUGAUUUUCUCAAUAUUUAGGAAAAACCGGGAAAUAAACUUAGAAAAAAACGGGAAAAUAUGUGCAUAUUUAAACAAAUAUUAUUAAAUAUUAAAGAAAAUAAUUAACGCAUAUGUAAUUAUUUUGCCAUAAUGACAUAUAUAUAUUGUUGACAAAGCAACACUAUUAACAGAACAUCGCUCAGAAUCGUUUUUUCGUUAGCAAUGGUUAAGCGUUGCUUACACGUAUACAUUAAAUUACUUAUAAUAGUGCCUGAACCCGUUCUCAUUAUCCUAGGACAGCUUUUUUUUUUAAAUAUUUUACACAAAAUGUCGAUAAUCUGGAAUUUCUUUUCCCGAAUAAAGUAUCGCGCCGGGCGAAAAAUCAGCACCGUUCAAGGUACGGACGCUGAAAAAUCGGAGCGUUUUAUCUGACCGGAAAAUCGGCGUGGGUGGAGGUGUGGGGGGGGGGAAAGCACACGCUGUCAGAACGUCUAUAAACAUCGGUUUGUUAUUUCACUCGUCUGUCGUUUAUAUAUUGAACUCGUUCGGGAAAUACGAUACGAUUCGCUGUAUACUAUAUUACCCAUCCACUACUGGACACGCCCGGAGGUUUUUAAUUUUGGCGAAACAACACGGCGGGAUUUUUAUUUGUUUUUUUUUUCGUCCCUCCCCCCGCGUCUACUCCGAAGACAGCCGAUAGGCAUAGUCUCGCGGGUUACAUCACUGCGGACGCGCAUUAAUCGCGUUCACGUCGAAAAACGCUACGGCGAUAAACCAAAAAAAAAAAAAAUUCGCCCGUACGCGCGAACGGGAACAAAUUAAUAAAACGCAUAAUUCUCGCGUCCGAAUCGGAGAGGGUGAGGUGGUGGGGUUUAUCUCUUCAAAUAAUAAUACGACGAUGACCCGCGCGUGUAAACGGCGACGGCGGUCGACGGAUUCGUUUCCGGAUCUCGUUCGGUAACGUAUUACGUAUAUGCGGUUAUGAUCAUCGACGGUAUUAUUAUAAUAAUAUCAUAAUUUCGUAUUAUCGUGCCCGGGUCCGCGGAAUUAAUCGAAUCGCGUACCGUUUUCGGGAUAAAGGGGGUCCGCCCGCGGCUUUAAUCUUCGAAAAAUAAGUGCGCGCACACGGGGAUUUCGCAUUGUACACAAAUGCGAAUAAUAAUAAUAAUAAUAAUAACGUUUUAAAUCCGGAUCAGGACCGCCGCCGUGCCGGAAACGAUGACGGAUUUCCCGGUGAGAAGCUGGACGGUGCGCGCGGCGCCCGCGCGUUUCUGUACCGCCGGCACCCAUUUCCGUUCGACCGGAAAAAUUCUCUUUUUUUCUACAAUUCCUCUCCGACCGCACACGGUCCGUCGGUUUUUCCCGAACGUUCCGUCCGGCGGACGCGCAGCCGUACGAUUUAUUUCGCACGAUAUUUUUACCGUCGUUAUGGUUGUUUUUUUUUGUUUUUUUCUCGGCGAAAAUUUCCGUCCGUGCGGUUGUCCGGGUAUAGGCGACCGCGGGAAGUUCGCGACGUUCGAAGUUUACAGAACAUCGCUCCGGACAAUGAACGUACAGCGAGGGUAGUGUAUUGGUCCCGCUAUAAAAUGUCGGCGGUAUGUAAUUAAUUUUUAGAUACCAAGUGGUUUUACAACGGUGUUUAUUAUGUUUUAUCUUUUUCUGCGGGUAACUUUUCUACCAAAGCGAUUUUUCUCCGAUUUACAAUGAUAGCGGUUUUCCUGAAAGGAAAUCUGACCCUUUAGGGAGGUUAUUUUUUUGGUUUUUCUAGCUGUUUUCAUAAUAAAUGAGAAAAUCCGGGAAAAAUCUGGGAAAAUUGGUACACUAUAUUUAACAAAUACGAAAAUAGCCCCAUAUUGUAAGAUCUCCGGGAAAAAUAAAGAUAAUCAAAUUCUGCUUUUUUUUUUUCUUUUUUUUUUUUUUAUAUUACUCAUUGGGAUAAGGACAAUAAAUAUGUAUGUAAUGUAUUGCGACUAAUUUUUUAUUAGAAAAGAAGUGUACAGUCGAUCAAUCGUAAUAAUAACAAUAAUAAUCAAUUAGAGAAUGUGAUUACAGCCUGAUGUAUAAUAUUAUAGGUACUGUCCACUGAACUCUAAAAAAAUGAUUAAAAAUCACGAAUUUAAUGAAAAUAAAAAAUUGAUAUAUCAUUUUUCAGAAAAUAAACUCUAUAAAAUGGAUAUGUUCAAAGUUUUCAAAAAUAACAAAAUAAAGUUAUUCUUUUGAGUCGUUUAUCAAAGUAUAAAAAUGAAUUACAAUAUACUCGUAGUAGACACUUAUAUUCCUGUGAGUAAUAUAUAUAUACAUAUACACAUAAAAACAUAAUUUGAUCGUCUUUAUUAUCUCCGGAGAUAUUACGAUGGGUUGGGGGACACGUGUAUUACUAAAGAAAAUAUACGAUGCACGUGUAAUUGUUUUACCGUAAUAUGGCAUACAAAUCGUUGUCGGAGCAACGCUAUUAACCGAACUGUGCUCAGAAUCGUUUUUCGUUGACAACGGGUUAAUAUACGUUGCGUACGAAUAUACAUUAAAUUUUCCCCUCUGCCCUUCCAACUUCGAUUAGCGAUUCGAACGCCGUGUUUGAGCGUGAAUUAACAAUGACAAAUGUCGUACCUUCAGCGGGCUUUCUUACACGUUUCCUAUUACGGUCCGUACGCCCGUCCGUCCGGUUUACGGAUGUCGGCUCGAUCCGUCGUCUGCGUACACGUACCCUACAGUGGGUCUCCAUUUAUAAUACAAUAAUACUGCACGCGCGUAUCCGUUAAAUCGCAAUUUACCGACACAGUAUUAAUAUACGCCGACGGGUUUCACACGAUUGUCCCGUGAAAACCGUUCGGUUUUAGUGUUUUUCGAAAAUAAAUCGUCUUGGAAUACAUUGCGAUUGAAUAAUAUACUGCAGUACUGUACCGUGCACUACUAUGCUCAUUCGUCUGCCGUUCGCCGUCGACCGUCAUAAUGCGUUUAAACGCGUUUGAAUAUUGCGGAAUCAAACUUUUUCCGUAUCCGAACGGUUUCAAACAGAACCGAAUAAAAACUCGGGAAAUUUCACGUGGCUAUAAAUUGUUCGAAAAUCGCCGAAAUGUUUUAAAAGUACAACCAUUGCGGUUAAUAUGGGGAUUUUGUGAAAACCGCACGUAUCUACGAUUGUUUUUAACCGAAUAACAAAUAAAAAAACCCGUUCAAAGCAUAAACAUAAACUGUUCAUUGUAAAAAUUCGCGUUUUAGUUAAUUAAAUCCUAUUUUUAUUUUUCCGAAAAAAAAUUUUGUUCUAUUUUGGAUUCUGAGUGUAGCGAAGAACGUGUUGGUUUUACAAAGACGUUUAUUAUUAUUUUUUUUUUUUUUAUACCGUGUACGAAAAUUCUACCAGAAUUCUUGCUCCGAAACACCAAGUGGCACCUUUUCCGAAAGCGAAUUUUCCUGGUACGGUAUUUUAAUGAGGUCGUUUUUUGUACAUUCCCGGGAUUUUUCUCGAUAAAUGAUUAUAACCGAAGAAAAAAACAUGGGAAAACUGGGGAAAAACGGAAAAAUAGGUAUAAUAUUAAACAAAUAUUAUUAAACAAAACACGUGCAUGAUAAUUCCUAUGGAAUUAUUUCACCGUUGAAUGACGUACAUAACGUUGACAUGGCAAAACUGUCGACGGAACUCCGCUCAGAAUCGAUUUUUCGCCAGCAAUGGUUUACCGUCGCUUACAGAUGUACAUUGAAUUUCCCGUCCGACCGCCUUACCGACAUCUGACCGACAACAAUGGCCCACCCACCAUGCGAAGUACGUCGGUCUUCUGUCUGUUGUUAUUGUACCGCGAGAACCCGCGCGCGUUCCCGCAACAUUACAUUGUCGCGUGUUCACGUUGUCGUCGCCGGCGUUCUUCUUUUGAAAUCCGCUUGAACGGCGGGGGCGGCCGAAACGUCGACGCCGGGAAGCCUCGGACAACAAACGCCCCGUACCUGUCGGAAUGGUUUACGGGCGCUGCGCGGGCACGUGCGCUCCGCGACGGCAUCCGCACGCCGGGCCGGACCGUCGGAUUGCACGUCCGACGUCAAAUGCCCGCGGAAAUGGCGAAAAACCGGAGAAAACGUGUUCGCGGGGCGCGUGCAUCGGACGGUAAUUGCACUGCCGUCGCGCCACACAAACGUGGAGGUCUAUUACGGGUGGCCGCGGGCGAGGUCCGGCGCGUGGUCACACGCGAGUCCGGCCACCUCGAAUCGAAUUAUUUUUCUGCGGCGUUUUCGACCGUGCACGGCCGGUAUUUGACGCGCGAACGUGUUCGACGACCUUUGGUUUGUAACGCGAACGAAAAUAGAACGUUUAGACUCGUUUGGUAGGCCGGGGGGGGGGGAAUGGCGGAAGGGUGACGUGCGGCACCCGCGUAUACCGUCGCGGAACACGGAAAACCGAAACGGAUCGGACGGUUUUUCGUCGGAUUUUUCCCAAAAACUAAUGACUGCUGUGUCUGUUGUACGCACCCGCGCGCGUAUAUCUUUUGCCCGCUACUUUUGGACAUUUCUAACGGUCCCCACCGGACCGAUUGAGCUCAAACUCGGCAUACAUCGGAGACGUUUCGUAGUCAAAUAAUUGAAAUGAUAAAAGUUCGGUCGAAUUUCAAGGAGCCUGCGCGCGACCUGUCUUUUUGUCUUUAGUGGCUCAACAAUUUUAACGAUAAUACCGUGAAAAAUCGAAUCAAAUAGGCAACGAAAAAAAUGUUUUGUGAUUGCGAACUGAAUAUUUCUGAAUUAAUUAUAGUUUUGUGGUAGAAUAGUUGUUUACGUGAAUAGCAAAACAGCACAAAUUUUAAAAUUAGUACAUCAAAAAUGUUUUAUUUGUAAUUCGAUUAUUUUUCUUAGAUGCUGAUAAGAUGGUCGAUUUCGUUAACUGUUCAAAUAAGAUAAAAGAUAAUUAAAAAUUAUGCACCUAGUUAAUUCCUAACGCCGCCCGCCUACUGCGCGAACGUUAGUGAAAAUCGCGAGAACUGCGUUAGGUAACCAUUUUGAUAAAACUCUUUUGUUCGAUUCAUUGACUUUAUAUGAAAAAAAAAAAAAAAUCCCACGAAAACGUUAUAACGGAAAUAAGUCUAGAGGAAUAGUAGCGAUUCUAGCGGCGGAGCUCUGCUAUUCGUGUGUUGUUUGUUUUUUAAUAUUUAACGUAAUACAAAUGUCCGAUGGGUAAUAAAAUAAACGGAGGUAUUGGUUUUUUUUAUUUAAAUAACGCUGUGAUCAUUGAUGAUUGGUCCUUUAAUAUUAUCCGUUUGCGGGUUUAAUUAAUGGCUAAUAAAAAAAAAAAAAAAAAAACGAUUUUGCAUUUAAACGUGUACGAACGCGUCGCGCGAUCUACGAUUUUUAGUAAUUUCAGCGGUGUACGCGAGAGUAUAAUAUCGCCCGUAACUCGGAAACAAACAAAAAAAAAGUACCAAAUAGCCUCCCUUUGGCUAAAUGUAAAAAAAAAAAAAAGGCCACUAAUGAUAAUAAUAAUUAAUGUAGAAUGUUUAAUUAAGGUUUUUGUUCGUUUUUGUUCGUUUUUUUUUUUUUAACCAUAUUUUCCGAGUAUACGGUAGGUACGAUACAUUAUAGUUUAAGCUUAUCUGAAAUCGUUGUAUUUAAAAAAUAAUAAUUUCGCUCUGAAAUCGUAGUCUCGUUUAAAUAUUUAAUGAACGUUUUUUUGGAUUCUGAACGGAGCAAGGAAUAUAUUGGUUUUAAAAUUGUGCUUUUUUUCAAUCUGUGAACAAUUUUCCUACCGGAAAUUUUUGCCUACCUAAUGUAACAAGUUUAGCCGCUACACUCUCUGCGCCCUACCGAAACCCUAACGCCGAAACGUAUUUAAACCAAUACCCCCCGUCUGUUUGUGGGAUAUUCAGCGCGGGUUUUCGUUUCAAAAACCAAAGUUUCGUGUAUCGCCCCGUGGGGUCACUCGCCGAAUGUCACGAACGGCCCAUAAGCGUUCGGGAAAUAUCGGCUUUGAACACGCUCGAGAAUUCCGAAUAUCGGAACACGCGCGAGAUUUUGAACGGAGAGGGAAACAACGCGAUGGGCACGCAGAGUGACGGUUUUUUAAAUUUUUUUUUCCCAUCGCCUGCAUUGUCGCGUUUGUCGCGCAGAACGGCUCGAGAACGAAAACGAAACCCGUCGGAUCGGGACACGUCGCAGUCGCAAGCGCGCGGUCGCGACCCGCGGCCGAGCGGCCCGUCGUCUCUCCGUUUGCGGAGCGAUUCCCUCGUCGGCGGCGGAGCGCGCGCGUGAUGGCGUACACUUAUUGCCGCCGUACGCGCGGCGCUGUACAUUGUAAUUAAGUUUUAAUCCCUUUGGCCCUAGCGCGCGCGGACUCCCGCGGCGGCGGCGGUAUCGCACGACACGGCCGGGCGAAGAGGCUCCGCGAUUUUCUCCCGGCCCGACGCGCCACGUGCCCCGAAUAAUUCGCGUGUAACAAAACUUCGGGAGGAGGGGGACGGGGCGGCGGCGGCGGCGCGCGAUUAAAUCCGUUUUACGGACACGCCGUUGUAUGCGAACGCGCGCGUCAUAGACGUGUGCGUCUGAUACGCGACGGCCGCCGCCGGGGUAAUUAUCGCGUCGUAUCGACCCGCGGGACGGACCGCGGUCGCCGUAAGUUUCGACCGGGGGCCCGUUAACGAUGACGCGAGCGCGCGCGCGACGUUUUUUAUCGGCUCCGUGUGACCGUUAUCGUUAUUAUUAUUAUCGUCAGGUAUCGCCGCCGUUGUUGUUGUUAUUAUCGUUACGGUACGCUACGAAUCAUUAUUAUCGCCGGGUAAUUAUUGCCGCCGUUGUUACACUGUUACGAUCGCCGCGCGGUUAUUAAUGGAGCCGUUGUAAUGACACGUACGCCGCCGUCCGCCCGCCCCGUCGACGCCUGCGCGACCCCGCCGUUCGCGAUCGCGCGGCAUUUAGGCACGCGCCGGGCGCAGGAGCCGACGACGGGACGUAAUCGACGCGUAGCGCCCGCGCGAGUUUUCCCGGGGAAAGACCGCUGACGGACGGGCGACCGCUCUUAACGGACACGUAAUAAAACGUCGCAACAAGUCUUUAACGGUGUUUCGUUUUUUUUUUUUUUUCCCCCGGACUUUUUUUUUCGGCGGUCUUAAUCGUUACGUGCCCGGGUAAUUACCGUUGUUCCCGGACGAGCGUUGUUAUCGUUGUACGACGAAAUAUUUUGUAGAAGCGUCGUUUAUGUGUCGGGCGGGGAGGGAGGGGUGUGGGGGUAGGUAAAAAGGACCGCGGGGAUUCGACGGGCGUCGCGGCGCCGGAAUAAAUUACACUUCCGUCGUCGAGACGCCGAAAAUCCCCUGUCGGUGACACUUUCAGCGGUGCUUUUUGGACUCCGAACGGCCUGAAACUCGGGGAUCGGGUUCCGUCGUGCGGGCGUAUUGAAGCGACGGGAUUUCAAAGGGACCCCCGGCCGAAUGAAGCCGGGUAAACGAGAUUGCGUAUGUUUGGCACGGUGUUUGGUUAGGUGCGUUUCGGGGUUUUCGACUUUUAAACUCUCGCCGUUUCUCACGGUCGAGGUUCGGCGUCAGGCGUGUGCCUCUGUGUGCCGAAUCGUUCGGCCCGAUAAUCCCGGUGGUUUGGGCUAGGCGACGAUUUAUUUAAUCGGUCAGGACACGUUAUUUCAUAAACGUAGAUAUAUUUUUGAAGAUUCUCAGCGGUGUGGUGAGGAAUACAUACGCAUUGAUUUUACAAUGAUGUUUAUUUUUUAUUAAUUUUUUUUUCCCACAGCCAACAAAUUUUCCGCCAGAAAUUUCGCUCCGAUUUUCAUGUGUAGUAUCAUAUUCUGAAAGUAAAUUUCCUUGGGGUGGCACUUUCUUGCUACUAAAGAGAUCAUUAUUUGGAAUGUCUUAAGAAUUUUCAUCAUAAACGAGAAAAAUUAACAAAUUUUCGAAAGCGUUUACAUAUUUAUUUCGAUAAAAUAAGUUAUACGCGAUACGUUUAUCCGGUGCUCGGAAUUGGAAAAAUACGAGAAAAGGGACCGUAUCACUUGAGCAAAAUUUAGCUUCCCUUGCAAUAAGUGAACUCGACCUGACCCUCGGGGAGGUGUUUCCACCCUCCCAUUCCCACAUCAAUUUUUAAAUAUAAUUCAGUAUUUAAUAAUUUCCGCCAAUACUGCGGGCUAAAUUGUCGCUUUCAUAAUGGAUAAUAUUCAUUUUAGAUUCUGCUAUAAUAAAAUGUGGUUUUGUUUUUUUCACAUUAUUCUUCGGAACCUCCCCCCCCCCAAAAAAAAAAAAAAACACGUUUGGACCACUUUCAACCGUUACGUUUAUGUAUUGAUAAGUAACGGAUAUCUGUUUCUCGUUACAGAAUUCCGCGUAUUUCGAUGUUUCAUUACUAUCUUGCAACUUUUAUUCCGUUUAUCUUAAGAUUCUCAGCACAAAUUUAAGCGAUUAUAAUAAUAUUACGGAUGUUUUUCAGAGUAUACCACUGUGCCCGGAAACAAAAAUCUUUUUCAGAGCUACAAGUUACGGGCCCUGAUAAUAAUAUCGCGUUUUCGAUUGGAUAGUUUUUUAACGGGAUUUCGUUUUAAAAUAAACGUUUCGAUAAUAUUAUAGACGGCGGCGCGUGAUAAAAACCCAUUUACGAAUUGUAAUUACACCUACAGGUUUAGCGCAAAAAAUCAAUCAGUCGAACAUUAUUUUGUAAAAUAAAAUUGAUAGCUGCCGUCGUCCAGAUCAUUAUUUUAUCAAUCUUGCCUGUCAGCGUUUUCAUAUCGGUGACAUUUUCAUUUCGAUUUCAGACAGUUGUAAUAGAACGUACCAAGGGAAGAGAAAAAAAAAAUUAAUUAAAUUCAAAACCAUUAACUCAACGUAAUACGGCUCGAAGUCUUCCACAGAAAUAUGUUGUGGUUUUAAAUCGCGCGGAAACGUCUUAACUCGUCAAUCGGCGUUAUAUUUACUGUGGCGGCAAAUUAUAAAACCUAUUAAAGCAGUGAUUUUUAAUCGUUAUCGGCCGCUGCUUCCGAAAAACCGGCUAUCAACGCCGCACCCUUACCAAGUAAAAAAAAAAAAAAAAGCGGGAUAUUAUCACAAGUAUAAUAUAACAUUAUGUGGGUCGGUAUUCUAAAUUUAAAAUACCACCCCUCCCCCCCCACAGAGGCUGUUAUUCCCUUGGAGGGGUCGGCGUUAUCACUUCCGUUAACCAUCACCGAAUUAAUCCGUUUAAUUCUAAAAAAAAAAAAAAAUACCGCAUGACUUAAUUAUUACUUUAAUAAGUUACUUAUACUUAUACUUAAUACUUUAACUUUAUUGUUUUAAUAAAUUUACUGUCUUUUUUCGAAUUUUUAUCGAAAAUAAAGAUCAUUGCGCAAUAUUUACUCUGUUAUAUUAUUUUAUCUUCUUUUACACUUUUUACGGUUCUCUCUGGAGAAGUUAAAUUCGAGAAUCUUAUAUAGGAGAAUAAAAGUGAUAAAAUGUCGGUUGAAUUUCACUAUAAUGUUGCGGAAUAAGGGUAUUCUUUGGGUUUUUCGCACCUCUACAGACCCCCUAAAUAAAGACAGGGAGACAAAAUGUUGUACAUUGUGUACGGUACAAGUACCAAGGAUGUGCCUUUUGGGAGGGGAUUUAAAGUUGGAACUCCUCUCCAACAAUUUGUAUUUUGUAACUUUAUGUGUUCGCAGGAAAUACCGGGUCUUAAAAUAUAACCCUGCAAAUUAAAAUAUAAUACGACUCUGGAAACCGUAACUCUUUUAAAUCGACUGUAAAACAAAUGAAAAAAUAGUGAAAUUUUGUAACGGUGAAAGUCGACCGGGGGAAAAUUCGAGUCUGGUGACUGAACUCUGCUAAUCACCGGUGUUGUUUGUUUUUUUAUUUUUUGGGAAGGAAACAAAGGGGGGGGUUGUUUGUGCACUUACAGUUUUUCAAGUAGCCAGUUAACAAUUUUAACGAAAUCGAAAUAAUUUAAUUACAGUGAUAAGUUAUCGACAAAAAUAAUAAAUCACUGUUGUAGAAGUAUAAGUAUAGGUAUCGAAUUAUCGGAAUGAUUUGUUGAGCAGCGUCACGUGAUACAAUUUGGUUCGCUCGAUUAAUCAAAUUACAGUAAUUAAUAACGAUAACGCGCCCGCGGUAGUAAUUUACGAGGACGUUGGGUGUUUGCCAUCGCAGUUUAUACAACACUGAAUGUUACAAAUAUAUUACAAUAUACGCGGACGUUUAAGACGUUUCAACGAUAAUGAAACGAUUUUCCCGCGUAAAUAUUAUAGACGGCCGUUAAUGUUUUUUUUUUUUUUCAGCGAUUAUCGACGGAGAUUUUUGAACUAAAUACAUUUCGGUCCGUUGCGGUCAACACGCAGAAUCGGUAUUUUCACCGCGAUACGUUCAAAACGCCGUACACCGCAAACGCGUUAUCUUUUGAUUUUCAAACGUCAUUACUUCCAACGUUAUUAUAUCAACGCGUUAUCAAUGUUAAAAUGGAUACCGUUACGAGACGGUUCACUGUCCUCUCCCGGUCUUACGGGUCUUGCGGUUCGAAUCGUAAACCGUCGUACGACCGGGGCUGGAUUCCGGAAGACGCUUUGCGUUGUUUUCCAAAUUUCGCUGUGGGGGAUGCUCGGUUCGUUCCAGAUUAAUACGUUUUUUGUAACUAACAAAAACAUCACGUCGAUAUUAUAGCGUUAUGCGUGUCAACAUGUUUAGACGAAUGUUUAUUUAGAAUAAGGAGAAGAGAGAGUGAGUGGUAGUGCAGGUCUCAAACUUAUUACUCAUUUUAGGCGUAAAAAAUAGGAGCUCGAGAACAAAUCUUGAACGGUAUUGAGAUAUUAUACGGACAGUAACAGUCUGUCUGUUCAUAAAAUACAGUAUGCGCAUUCUCAUCAAUUUUCAUGUUUUGAUAUUAUUUCGGUUGAAAUUGAAUUGCGCAAAUAUUUCGAUACCAACAUUUCGGUCGAAAUAUUUAAAUUCUCUUUGGAAUUAAUCGUCGAAAUUUCAAUAUCCCGCAUAGUCCCGUGUUAGACAAAUUACUAAAAUGGUUCUACUGUAAAAUUUGCGUGUUUUAACUUUCUGUGUUUUACGAAUUGACAGCCCCGAUUUUUACACGCGACUACAAUGUAAAAAUGUCAAAUAGUCCUGUCAAACUCUGUGUGUUUAUUCUAAAGAUUGAACGAAGAAUAGAAAAGAAAAAACCAGAAAUCAAAAUUACUUAAAAUCCUACGAGUAAAACGCCGCAGUAUACCACUGUAUAACAUUAAUAUUAUUUAUUAUCAUUUGACGCGAUUUUCGCGUUGCGGUUUUUAUGCAAAUCGAAAGACGAAUAAUAAUAAGAAAAAAAAAAAAAAUGCUCGGGAAUAUCUUUCGAACAUCGAACGAGUGACGCGUAUUCGGCGGCGUCUACACUAAAUUAUAAUAAUGUCGGAGCGGAGUGGCGUCGGCGUAUAAAACAAUCGAAACCUCCAUUUUUCUCUAUACACACUACGCAUAUACAUAUACUAACUAAACACACAAUAGAGACUUUGCCGGCUUAUUCAAAUCUGUCAACUGCAUUUGUAGGGGAUUUCGAGUGUUUUGCGUACACACAGAACGCCGGGUUAUACUGUGUAUACCUAUAUUAAUACACCGCUGCUGCAGCAGUCGUCUAAUGCAAAUUCCCGGUUAAUUAUUAUGCACGCCGAUAAAACGAUAAUGGAAUCCUCGGGGGACGUAUUCGGCGUAUUAUAUUAUAUAUAUAUAUAAGUCCUAUAUAGUGCGGUACCUACCGCCCGACGGUCGCGCGCGCGUUUCGUUUGCUCGUAUAACCGCGGGAAAACCGUAAAAAUAUAAUUUUUCGGAAAACACUGUUUCACUCUUUACGCGUUGUUAUCGUUAGGUAUUAUUGUUGUUGUUGUUACUCGAACCCGGGGGAUUCGUAAAGAUCUAACGAAAAAAAAACAAAAACAAAAUAUUAUAGGUAGUCGAAAAUUUCUGUACGAAAAUAUGUAUCCGCGGUGUUUGCGCGUAUCGUAUGAUGAAAUUCGCGUGAAAUAUAUUAUUAUUAUUAUUGUCAUAGGGCGGUGACAAAAAAAAAAAAAAGACGGACAUACAUCGCACGUGUGUGCAGCCACUAUUGUAGGUGGGAAAUUGGAAAGAUAGGAUACAGACGGGAAUUUAAUGUAUACCCGUAAGCAACAAAGGACCAUUGCUAACGAACAAACGGUUCAAAGCGGAUUUCAGUCUCUGAAAGGGAAUCGGACUGAGGAGGUGCUUUAAAGAGGUCAUUUUUUUGAUUUUUCAAGAGUUUUCUCAACAAGUGGGAAAAACCAGGAAAAACCGAAGGAAAACGGGAACAUGGAUACAAUAUUAAACGAUUAUAUAAUGCAUAUACAAUUAUUUUACCAUUAUGUGACUUAUAUAUUGUUGACAGAGCAACGUUAUCAACCGAACUCCGCUCAGAAUCGUUUUUUCGUUAGCAAUGGUUAAUCGUCGCUUACAGAUAAACAUUAAGUUGCCUACAACAGUGGUUGCAAACGUUCUCAUUUUCCUAAGACAUUUAUUUAUUUUGUAUUUACAAUAUACUAGUUGACCCGGCAAUGGUUACGGUAAUAAUAGUAUGUAAAUAAUGGUAAUAGUUAGAACUAAUGAUAAUAAUAAUGGUUUUCUCGUCCGUAACAACCAAAAUAUCAUCGUCCGUGUCACCAAGGAAACCUAUAAAUAAAUACAUUUUAAUUGAUUUUCCAAAAAUACCAGAAAAACAUCCGAUUCCGCUAGCUGUCCCGUCCAACGUUGCAUAGGUCAAUUUGUUUGUUAUUUCAUCCGUAUCGCCGAGGUAACUCCGCGAAUAAACAAAUCAAUAAAUCAAUAAACAAUUACACAUUCGUGCUGAAAAUAUCAAAAAACCUCUAUUUUACAUUCUUAAGGGUUAAGUUUUCAAAUAUCCUUUCCUAGCGCACGCCUACGUCAUGAUUGUUGUCUAUAUGUCGAAUUUCAGCCCGAUCCGUCCAGUGGUUCGGGCAAGGAGAUGAUGAUACAAUCAGUCGGAACGUGUUAUUUUAGAUACGUUUUUUCCACUGCCGUACUUUGGCAAUUUCAUAUAAUACAUCCGAGUAUAAUAUUCAAAGGAUUUUAGAGCAUAUAAUUAUCUCUAGUGGGCAAGUGUGUUUCAACGAAUCAAUAAUGUAACAUAUACUCGAGGGUUUCGGUGAAUUUGUGCGCGCGUACAACAGUGUAACACGUAUAUUAUUAUAUUACAAGAUCCGCACCCGGUGUAAGGGUUUGCACCGGGUCCUCGAGACGGAUAAUCCGUGUACAACUGGCAUUAAUAACGCGCGGUAAAUGUCGUUGGAGACCGUCUCGGAGUAAAGUAACUCGUUUAACUUCCCUGCUGAAUUCCUCCGCGCGCGCGACUAAUGGAAUAAAGAUCGGUCUUGCUUUUGCGUGCUGGACGUCCUGAAGUCGCGUGUGAGGUAUCUACCCAUAUCUAAAGUGGACGGGUGUUAUUAGUUGUUAAAGUUUCGGGAUGCGUAUCGCCGCACAUCUGAACAUCGCGGGUUUUAUAUACGAAUUAGUCGGCAGACGAAAGUCCACGGGAAAUCCGGGAGAUUUUCGCUUUGUGUCGCGUGUAAUUGCGAUUUCGUUUUCCACCUGCGUACACGCCGAAAACAUUUGAAUCGUCGCAGUGUAUAUUAUACCAUUGGUACCGGCGAGUAAGGGCUUAAAUCGUUUUUUUUUUUUUUUAUUUUUUAAACUUUUCAAUAAUAGAAAACUUAAUUUUAAAAAUAUAUCUGUAUGGUGUAUAAUAUAAUAAACACUUCACACGCUAACUUUGAAAUUACACUGAGGACGGGAGCGGCCACUGUUGUAGAUGAGAAGUUGGGAAGGUAGGAUAAAUAAAGUUAUUUCAUAUAUAUCAGUGAGCAACGGUAAACCAUUGCUUGACGAAAGGCGAUUCGGGUGUAGCCACUUUUAUAGGUAGGAAGUUGAAAAGGUAGGAUACAGAAGGGAAUUUAAUGUACAUCUGUAAGCAACGAUAAACCAUUGCUAACGAAAAAACGAUUCUGAGCGAAAAUAAAUUGAUAGUGAUGCUUUAUCAACAAUAUACAUUAUGGUAAAAUUAUUAAAUAGACAUUAUACAUUUUCUUUAAUAAUAUUUGUUUAACAUUGUACCGAUUUACCUGUUUUCCUACAUUUUUCCCGGUUUCCCAUUUUUUUUUUUUUUGAAAAAACUCCUGGGAAAAUCAAAAAAUGACAUCCUCAAAGUAGGUACCUCCGGAGUCAGAUUUCCUUUUUAGAAAAAUUACUAUCAUUAUAAAUCGGAGAAAAUUGGUGAUGGAAAAGUUGUUCACAGGGAAAAAAAUCAUAAUGUUUUACUAAUAAAAUAUAAUUAUAUUGUACAUUUUCCGAUUUUUUUCGGAUUUCCAUAUUUGAUUAGAAUAUCGAAAAUCACCUCCCCAGUCUGAUUUAGAAAAGUUGUUACACAUAAAAAUCAGAGCAACUAAAAAUCAGUAGAAAAGUUGGGAACAGAUAAAAAAAAAAAAAAAUAAACAUCUUUGUAAAAUCAUACGCUUCUUCGCGCCGCUCAGAAUCUAAAAGGAAAUCCAAUUUAUUAUACUAUACAAAUUAUAACCAUCAGCCACGUUACUGAUGAGUGAUGGCUGAUGUACUGAUAGCAAAAUAUUCGUGUUUGACAAUAAUUGAUUUCGCGGUAUAAUAAUUUAUUAUUUAUUCGUUUAUUACGUAUUAUUGUGCGUAUUAUUAUUAUAUUUUUCAAUACUGAUUGCGACUGGAAUAUUAUCACGUAAGAUUCGGAACAUUGACUAUUAUUAAUAUCAUACUUUAAAAUUUGCAAUUAUUUCAAACUUCAUUAAAGUAACGAGUGUCUUACGUCAUGUUGAUCGCCCUGUAAACCGUAUUGCUCGUAUUACGUUUUAAGCGAAAUUCAUUCUGAAAUUUCGACAAAUGUUAUUCAUAAUAAAUUUUAUAGUGGGCACGUAAAUACUUGUUGUAACGCCUAAUCGAAAAUCAUCAUGUAGACGUGGCACAGACUAAUUACUCGCCUAUAACCACCGCUGCAGGCCUGUACCACGUUUGAACUCCCGUAAUGGACUCUGUUCGUAAACCAUUCGCCGUCGUCUUAUACAAAGUUUAUCCCUGCAAAAUUGUUCGCUCACGGAAAAUACUGCGAAAUUUCAUACGAACCGCGUCCAUUAUUCGGAGGUAUUGGCGUGCGUCCGAUUGCCCCGCGAACGACAUUCGGACCGGUGGCACAUGCACACAACAAUAAUAAAACGAAACUCUUCGCGGGCCCCUCCGUCAAUCCGAGAAACGUGUUUACGGGGUAAAAUAAAUAAACGUAAAACCAAUAAAUUUCUAUUUGUCCGUAGCGGUCGUUCAAAAAGUCUGAAAAUACAAGGUUUCGGGAGAUUUAUUAUUUUUCCGCAUCCAUCCUGUCAGUCCCGAGACCGUAUAUAUUAUUAUGUCGCGGGCUAUAUGAGAAAUUCGGACUUUUUUUUCUUUUCUUUUUUUUCUUUCGCUAUAUAUUAGGCACUCGGUACUAUCGCGCAUAUUUACUUUGCCGUGUCAUCCGGACCGCAAAUUUUCAAUCGAUUUUCGGCGAGGAGACCAAACACAAUAUUACUCUCCGAAAUUAGAGACCAUCGCAGUGACGCGUUUUGCGACUGUUGUACGGGUCUUAGACAUGUCUUUUUCCCGCUUCUUUUUGGAUAUUUAUAGCGACCGAACGCGCACCGAUCCCGGGGAAUCGGAGUCGUUUUGUAAGCGGAUAGUGUUGAAAUCCAUUACGCGUUUCGUCGUGUUGUCGCGGGUGCAAAAGGGGUAAUCUUUUUGAACUGCGUACACCACUAACGGCUUUCCGUAUGCAGCCUGCAGGGCGGAGAAAACUCUUCGCGCGUGACUCUCGUCGGCAUGUUCCGUAUCGUCCACUCGCCGCGUACUCGUACGCCGAUAGUUGGUAAACCGUAAACCAUUAUCGUAACACGGUUCAAAUUUAAAGUAAAUUGUACGUAUUGUAUUGCGAUACGUUUAAUCCGCACGGAACGCGAUUGUCUCGGCACUGGCGGCAAUUAUUGCGAUCACGCGAUUUAACCGUAUAGUAAUCAAAUUAUACCGAGCGAACACAAUGACGAGUAAUUAUUCCGGCCAUCGGUACGGAAGGACGUGACACGACAACGCGGAAAUUAUCGUGCUACGUCAUUCCGAUCCGAUUACGCGCGUACCUAUAUAACAGUGUUUCCCAUCACAAUGGUGACCACCCCGGAUACCGAAAUUACCGAAUCAUCAUCACACGGUCGUUACCUCUUUGUGGUCGUCGUCGAUAACGCAACGAAAUCGUUUGAUAACGAUAAUAAUUAUCCUCGUUGUUAAUAAUCCAAUCGCGAUUUUCACGCCAAAUUUAUCAACUUAAAUUUAUAUUGCUCAAAAAAAAAAUUAAUACUCCUUGAGGUUAUGUAAAAUGUAGAAAAUAAAGAAUGUAUACUUGUCAGUGGUGCGACCAGAUUUUUUUCGUCCCACCCUCUCCUCCAAAAUAUUACCCAAUGAAUUAUCCAAGUGGCAGUCCCUAAAUUUCUCGGCGGGUAUUUGAGAUAAUAGAUAUGAUUGAACGGCUAAUGUCCAUGACGAUACACGUAUUGAGAAUGAUAAGAUUUUUUAUCUGUAAUUGCAAACAAAAUUAUGAAACUAUAGAGGGGGACCUCACCACCUCACAACCCACAGUUCGGAGUUGUUUUUCAACGUGCAGAUAAUUUGAUUCGAAAACAUUGUUUGUAACCAUAUUUUGGUUUAAAGAGUUUUUUGCAUCGUCUGCGUCUACGCUAUCAGUUUUUUUUUUUAAAUAAAAUCGUCUUUUUAUAAUCCGAAUGCUAGAAAUUGAUAUUACGUUAUUGCUUUUAAUCUUGUACAAACGAAAGGAUUAAAAGGUAUGCCUAACACUAAACAAAAACUGCUUUCCGUUAAAUGGUUCUAAAAGAAAUAAAUUCAUAGGGAUAUAUUAUAUUUAUAAAAUAAAGCAAUUUGGAUUUGAAUAUACGUAGGGUUAUCAAAAAGUAAGUUGCAUUAUAUCAUAAUUCAAAAAGUACUAUACAUUUUUAAAAAUUAUUUUAUUGAAAUGUAAUAAUUUUAAAUAUUUUUUCGACAUAAUCACCAAACAAGUUUUUACAUUUUUCAUAUCUCUGAAGGAGUUUGGAAAUGCCUUGUUCGAAAAACUUUCGUCCAGUUUAUCAACACCGGUCGCUAGUAGCACCUUUUACUUCUUCAUCUGAAUCAUAUCGCGCUUUCGCUAGCUCAUUUUUCAUGGGGCAAAACACGUCGUAGGGAGGGUGUUCCCAAACUUCACCCUUGAAUUUUUGGUCUUCCUGCGCGGUAAUCAUCGGUGUCAUCAGUACGGCCAUUCUUAAACAUACCGCACCACUUCUCGAGUGCUUGGCUCGAAAUAACUUUUUCGCCGUUCAUUUCACACUCCUCCCAAUGAAUUUGUACUGGUUUACAAUUUCUUAACCAUAAAAAUCGGGUCACUGCGCGAAUAUCAAUUUUGGAUGACGGAACUGUAGUCUGUAGUAGUAGCCAUGACGGUUAACUACCGGCUUUUCAACUACGUUCAAUUUAACGAUAAAUUCUUUGGUAGAAGUACUCAAUCAGCAUUGCCACUAAAUUUCAUCGAAAAAUAUCCGCUUGGGAAAAAUAUAUGGCCCAACGCAAAUUACUUUUUGAUUGUACCUCGUAAUAUCGUAUCAAUUUACGUGAUGCAAAUUUUCAACCGCCCCAUUGUUAUAGUGCUCGGUUAUUUGCUGAGUGUCGAGUAUAAUGAAAUUAUCAAAUAGCUAGCCGUUUAGGUUACGGUUUAAUGAGCACCGGGGCCGAAAAAUUGAAUUAUAAUUCACAAUCGAAAUGCCGCCGCGCCAAACUAAAACACACAUAUUUCACAGAUAAUAAUAAUAAUAAUGAAAUUAUUGAUGCUUUCAAAUUUAAAAACAUAUAACUCUAUGUCUACUUAUAGAAAUCUACUCAAUAAUACAUUAAACUUUUAAAUUCACCGUAUAAAGUUGCAGAUUAUACUAUUUUUUUUUUUUUUUUUUUUAUUUAAAGAUUUUUGAUUUCCGAACUUUUGUUAGUUUCACUAUAUGAUUAUGUAGGUCUGUUUAUUUUUCUAUCUGUUAACAUCAUUUUUACCAGUAACCUUGCUCUGAUCAACAACUUCAAACAUAGAAUUCGGAAAAACAAUCAUAGAACCCUACAAUUCUCUCCCCUAAUACAUUAUACCCGAUGGUCGUUUGUUGAUGCGGUAAAUUGUUCAAGACUUUCUGACCUAUUCACGUCAGUUUAAAAUAUUCGAGUUUUUCAGUUUUCGUUUAGUUUCGUGCGGACAAAAUUGACCCCUGCGAAAAUUCCCGAAAAUUUUACACGACCUUCAUCUCAUGAAACGCGUUUAACACAAACCCACCGGUCAACCGGUCGGGUAAUGAACAAUAUCUAAUAUCAAAUGCCCGUACAGCAUUUUCAUUUGUAUGGCAAAACAGUCCCAGUUGAAUGCGUUCGGACACCAACAAGAAAUUAUUACAAUACUAAAACGAUAAAACGAACGUUCCGUCAGACGCAGUUACAUUAUUGUUCGGUCCUUCCUGAGAAUAUUAUUAUGUACUGUUUGACAACGGUCGCGAUUCUCGUUUGAUAAUAGUCUGCGAGAGUUCUCAUUUAUUAUAAUUCGAAUAUGCACAGUUCGUGUUGAACGAAAAAAAAACACAAUCAAUACAUUUGACGUUAUUUUUAAAUAAGUAAAACGUGACAAUAUGAUCUAUAGACGUAUUAUACGAGGAGGGGGGGGGGAGGAAAAUCGAUCGUUGGGAACACACGCCCGUCUUUCUUUUAAACUAAAAAAAAAAAAAUAAAAAAUCUAAAUCCGAUUCAUAUUUAAAUUAUAUAAUUCACUGUGGACGUCAUUUGUUAAUUUGUUAAACAUGACAAUAGCAAAAUAAAUAAAUUUGUUCAGACACCGAUAGUGUUGCAAAGCCACGCUUGGGUUUUUCACGGAAAACAUUUUUCCUUAGAGCCUAAGGCUUAGGUGACACUCAUUUUUCGCCCGACGGUAUUAUAUUUGAGAAAUUGUUCUAAAUUCCCAACAGUCGUUCACAAAAAAUAAAAAAUAACCGACGACAAAUGACGUUAAUUCUGUUUUAUUUGUAUUCUUUUAAAACGCUUAGAAAAAAACACGAUUAAUAAUAUGACCUUACCGUGUAGUCUAUCGGUAUACCGAUAGUUUCGCGCAUAACCGUGUGUUUAAUUGCUAUAAUGCUUUUCCUAUAUGUAUAUAAUGAAUUAUUUUAUUUAUAUAUAAAAACUUUACCACCCCGUAUUCAACAAACCUUCCAGUUUUUCCACUUAUAACAACGAUGGUGGCCUAUCCGUAGUUUUUUAUUCUCCUUAAACAUAUCGAAUACAAUAAUUGAUUUUUGUUUUUUUUUAUGCACGAGAUACAUAGCCUAGGUGAUCGUAUUUAUGUAAAAAAAAAAAAAAGUUAAAAGACGUUGAGAAUGUUAUUAAUUUUGAUAUAUUCAUUGUUUCAACCAAUUCCUACCUAGGUAAUAAAUAUGCAUUCAUUAGCAUUUUAAAAUGUAUCAUUCUAUGAAAAAUACAAAAUAUUAAAAUUUUGCAAUGGUAAAAGUUAUUAGUAUUUCAUUUGACUAGUAUUUGAUUUUCAAUCAUAUACGUAUAUUGUAUAUAAUAUCACACGAGACGAGCAGGUAAGUUAAAUAAAUGGCAUUAUUAUUUUUGCGGUUGGGAUAUAAAUCCAAUCGUAAUGACUAACAAUCGGCUAAAAUUAAAUAACAAUUAUUUUGAUUGCAUAAUAUAAUUAUUAAUUACGAGUAUAAAUCAUCGAUGGACAGCAUUUAAAAAGUAACCAAUUAGACAUUAGUAACGCUAUCCAAUGAUGAUGGUGAUUUUUUUUAAGUAACUCGUUCAUGACCUUUACAUAAUUUACAAUAACGAACGAUAAAACGAAAUUCGAAAUUAGGGCAUUUUCCCAGCCCCCCCCCCUUCUCGAAAUUUCGAUUUUGAAAAAAAAACUAAAUCUCUAAAAACGAAAAAGAUUACAUAACAGACCGGCUACAAACGAACGAAGGGAAAACAAAAAUUCGAAUGUCCAAAUUGGAGGGACUGGGAAAAUAUACCUUUAUUAUAUUACGAUGGGCGAGAAGUAGUCGAACAAUAUUGUUGCCAUUUUACUCCCCGUGCCUCUUAUCGUCUGAACUCAAAUGGGACGAGAAACACAAUAACCGCACAACGAUCACAUUUAAAAUGUAAAUAUCAAAAAUGUGCAAAACAAUGAUAAACGAGUUUUUUAAUUAUAUUACGGAUAUAAUUUUUCCUUCCGCAUUAAUUCGAUUGCCGCGACGGCAUUAAACAUCCGAGUGUUAACUCCAAGAAGACUUUUAUUAAAACUUUUGUUUUGAAUUUUCUUAUACAAUAUGAGUGCGAAACACGGACCGAGAAUAAACACGGGAAAAAAAAUAUAGACUGGUGGUCACGGACAUGCGGAUGUGGAGGAGGGUGUUUGAUAAAGUCGAUUAGAGAGAGAGAGACAGUGAGGAAACUAACGAAAGCGAUGUAGAACAAGCGAAAUCGUGUAAAGUGCAUCGGCGCGGAAAAGGGCAAAACCGGUAGGCCGUCCGACACUACACGUUUCCGGUGACUUUCUUUGAAGGAACGGAUACGGAAUGUGUGAAACGUGGUGAAACCGAGAACCGGCCUCUUUAAAGACGCGCUGGAGGACGUCUUCGAUCUCACUUCGCACACGCACCCGAAGUGACCGGCGAAUGACGGAAGGGAUCGGCGCUGUAGACCAGGCCUGCGCGUUAGAAGCUGACGACACUUCAAAAUUUCGAAAUAGGAAAUAAUAGAAAACGUAAGGUGCGCUAAGGAUCGUUAUCAGUAUAACCGUAGGUUAUACUGAUACUGUAAUACCGAAAAUACGAAAAAGUUCCGCUCAGCGUACGUUGUACAAUAAUGUGCUGCCACGAAACGCAGUUCACGCGUUUCGGUUUCCGUUUGACAUUUUUCUUCUUUUUUUUUUGUUUUUUUUUUUUUUGUUUCCACUCGUCGGAUGCUCGUGUUUUCGAUUCCGUUUUUUCCCCUCCGCAAUACGCUGGUACACAUACCACGGAGACUGUAUCGAAUCGCUCUCGUGGCGUUAUUUUAACUGCGUUUUAUGCCCAGACAUUUAUUCGUUUUAUUAUUAUUAUUAUUAUUAUUCGUACGUCCCAUGCGUUAUGUGUACGUAUAACGUUUAACGACGACCCACGUAUUUUUAAUUCGGUUUUUUUUUUUUUUUAUAUUUUCGAAACGAACUUCUUUUUUUUUUUCUCGGGAAAACCGUACACAUCGCAGACGUUAUAACACGCGUGCGACGUCGGGUUCCCGGUACGUUAUAUCGCGCAGUAAUAUUACACUACGAAUGUAAAGUGUGCGCGGGAGGGCCGACGAGGAGUGUGCGGAGAACGGUACGUAAUUGAGUAGCCCCGACACAAGAUUUGUGUGUUUGUGCCGUGUGUAUACCGAAACGGCGCGACUUUUAAAAAACGCUUAAAAAUAAUAAAAUACCGAUUUAUCUAUACGCACAAAUAUAAAUACGUAUUCGCGAUGACCCUAAUAAUGCGCAUCGAAUUGUAUAAUAUCCGGAAAAAUACUGCCUAUACGGUAUGGUAUUAUAACCCGGAAACGCCCGGAAACAAUAAGUGAAUAAUACGAACGGCAUUGCGCGAGCGUUUUCCCCCCAAAAAAUUACCUCGAUAUUCCGAAAUGAAUUAUAAAUAUGAGAACGUGAAAAAUACAACACUCGAAAUUAUAGAAAUAAGAUAGGUAUAGGUACCGUAUUAUUAUAGAUAACGAGUUACAAGAACAGAAAAAAAAAACAGAAAUCGGGACGGGACGGGUGUAUAGAAGUACGGCAAGGGGCAAAAGAGUUGCUAAAAUACUGUAUAACGUUUUACCGAUUCUCAGAUUACAAUACGAUAUAAAUAAAACAUAGGAAAACGAGGAAAAAUAAGUGCAAUAUUAAACAAAUAUUAUUAAAGAAAAAAUAUAACGCAUACGUAAUUAUUUUACCAUAGCCAUAAGAUAAAAAAAUUACCAUUAUACGAUGUAUAUGGUAUUGUUGACAAAGAAACACUCCGCUCAGAAUUUUUUUUCAUUAGCAAUGGUUAAUCGUUGCUCACGGACAUACAUUAAAUUACCUAUAACAUUGGCUACACUCGUCGCCAUUAUCCUAGAACAGCUUUUUUCGUUAUUGUUAUCCGGAUCGAUUUGUCCAAUUCAGUGUUUAAACUUAUUAACUCUGUAGUAUAACGUAUUAUCAGUGCUUGAGAAAAGAGUGUCAGAGGUACUCAGCUACUUUUAAAAAUUUGGCGUUUUUAUAAUCCUUCACACUGCAUGUUGUUCAAUGAUAAUACUACAAUAGGUCAACGGUUACUGGUUACGUGAAUAGAUAACGAGUGAUUAUCAAUCAUGACCAGUUAUCGGUUAUGACGUGUCAGAUACGGGAUAACAAUAUAUUUUGUACAAUUUAUCUAUUUCGUAUAAAAAUGUAUGUCGAGAAAUUCUAUAAAAUAGGUAAGCUCGAAUAACAAUUACCGACCCGUCUGGCGCGUUUCCCUUUAAAAAAGAAAUAAGAGUACGCUAGAAUAUCCGAAAAAAAAAAAAAAAAUAGUCGGGAUACUCAGUCUCCCGCAUCAUCUCCCUCUCCCCCCUCCCAUAAAUCGAGUAUCUUAUAUAAUUACAAAUUCGAUCCGGAUCGGUUCCGAACACGAUUAGUCCGGAUUCCGGAAUCGACGCUGCCGGUGCCGCGGUGGCGGGACGCCAAUGGCGUACUAAUCGACUCGGAAAAAUGUAUAUGACGUCGUAUUGAAAUGUUUCUGUCGGAAUUCCGUUGACUUUUCGAUUCGGACGUGGAACGCACGUUUUCCAAAAGCAGCGGCUAAAUCGGGGCGGACGCGACGACGGUAGCCAAACAUUCGAGACACGUCCCGCCGCUACGUUCGCGUGUAGUUUCGGCAUUUAAAUAGAACAUGUUGUGUAAAAAGGGCGAGACGCGCCCACAACAAACGCGGCGCAUAAUUACCGUUAUAGUUCCGCGUGUGAAAACGGAGCGGCGGACGAGGAACGGUUCGGCUUCCGAUAAUUCGGCAGAAUAUUCGGUAAACCAUCAUAACCGCCGAGUCCGUAAAGUGCCGAUAUAUGUAUUUCUGUGGCUCGGUUUCGAACGUUUUUGCGAUUGUCGGGCAACGGGCUUUGGAAUUUCGAUUUCCCGUACGAGCGUGUAGCACAUCCCGUUCGAAAAAAACAAAAGCGGACAUCGUCGUAGGCUGUUCCUUGAAUAUCGCGGACGGCCGGAUUAUUCGAAAACAUCGGCCGCGACUGUACGCAGUUGAGAAUCCGAAAAAUCAGAAUUCGAGUGUACGCAAAAUCCAACCGGAAAAAAAAAGCGGGUCGAGCACGCUCAGUGAAUCAUCCUGUAUACCGUCUGUGUAUAACACGUAUAGUCGUGUAAAACAAAAAAACAAAAAAAGGGCGCCGUCGGCACGGACCGAACUCGGUCGGCCGAACAACGCGCAACAAUAAUCUUAUGUAAAAACCGCGGCGGGCGCGAGGGACGUUCGCACUCCUUCGGCGGGGAUCGCGGACCGGAGUUUUAACGGAAAACUUUACGUCCCCGCGACGGGCCUGCUCCUCCCCGAAAUAUUAUUAUUAUUAUUAUUGUUGUUGAAGUUAUUAAAGUUUUCCCCGCCGUACACCGUGCGGCGAGCGCACCGCCGAAAGACCGUCCCGGCGGGAAGUGCCCCGGCCGCGCGUUGCCGUUCCCCAAAUACCCGAAACGCGCAAGCGGCGGGAUUCUCCCAUCGGCCGCCGGCCGCGAGGGGUCAAUGGUCCCGACGCGCGACGCGAUUUCGACGGUGACAAUAACACGUCGCGGUACGCCGUCUCUUGUUGAGCGUUUCUCGCCGUCCGUCCGAACCCGACGCGGCAGCGCCGGGAAAAGGCUCGGCGUCCCCGGCACGCGCGGACCUGACACCUGGCUGACGGGAAACCGCGACGGCGACGUCGGACGGGAAUUCAAAACGCGACCGUCGGGACGGUACGAUCGAUUAACACGCGCGACAAGUCCCGCACGCGGUCGCGACGCUAUCAGUGCGAACAGCGCCGUGACUGCAGGCCGGUCGCGCGGUUCGGUCCGCGUCCGAGGUUCGUUCGGUGUAGGGAACGUCAACGUGCGCCCGGGCGCCGCCGGUUCGUCUGACGGUACGCAUAAAACAAGCUCAAUCUGUAGCCCGCGCGUACGACGACGUGGCAACGGUUAUGAACAUUGCGGCGUGUCGUCCGCGAGAUAAAUCAAUCGCAAUCGCGUACCAAACAGUCGUGGCGGGUACGUUUGUUUUCGUCGUAAGACCCCACGCGACACGCCGGCCGCGAGUGUUUCUGAUUGUUAUUAGGCCGGUAGUGGUUUUCGGCGCCCUUCCUCAAUCGUCGAUUCGGGCGCUCGAAUCGGGCGAAAAGAAACAAGAACGGUAAACCGACAAAUGUCGCGGUAACUCGCCCGCGCCACUCUACACACGACAAAAUAAUCGUAACGAUCGAUUUCACAGUACAAACUAUGUGUGUACACAUAAAACGACGCGAACACGUAACACGGUAAAACCAAUACAGUCCCCGCGCAAAUGAAAUUCGGAAAUUUAAAACGAGCUUUGGCUUUUUGUUCCGGAAAAAUCGAUCGCAAAAUAGGAAAAUCGAACAUCCACGGACGGGUCCCUUAUUUGCGAUGGCGGACGCGCAAAACGUUGUACGAAACGUUUUACGACGUUUUGACAUUUACCCCCCCCCCGAUUCCGGAAGUCAGAGGGAUCAAUCGGAUUUUCGUUUCCGCGUGGCGAAAUCCUAUACGAGCGGAAAUCCUACCCGUUCGCGCUGCCCUACCCACCGCGAUUCGAGAACACAGUGCCGUCCGGGCGCGUGCCCGUCCCGUCGGUGCGGCGGUGAGUUUUCAGACUGCGCGCGAAAGCGAACAACAGGAGCGAAAGACCAGAGACGGUGUAUAAUUAUAAUAAUAAUAAUAAUAUUACGACGAGACGGUGUUAUUGUUAUUUACGAGUAGCGAUUUGUUCCUCGCACGGCGGCGAUUAUGAACGCGUGUCGACCGCGAUAAAUCAAUUUUAAUUGCGUUCGCGCCCGGAGCGCGACGGUUUCCGUCUCAGGUUCUUGUAAUUAACCGCGGAGCGUUCGCUCGCCGCCGUUUUGUCAACCCCGUGGGAUCGUCGCGAACGCCUAUCCCGCGUGACACCGCGCGCCGCCGCCGUUAAUAAAGAACGCGGGGGCAAAGAUUUUUGGGCCGUCCGUAACAAUAACAGUAAUCCGGGGAAAGCGGAAGCGACGAGACGAGAGAAAACGCGCUCGGCGCGACCCCGACGUGGACGCGUACGGCCGCGGACAAACGACGGUUUGAGUGUUGACAACACAUCGGUACGCCCGUCGUCGGCGCGGAAACGGAUCGAGCGUUUCGAAAACCGUACCGCGUCUGCAGAAAACCCGUCUGCGCCCAUCGCCGCGAGCAACGGCCGGAGCGGGUCCGACCCGUGGCCGUCGUCGCGGCGCGUCGAAUGCGCCGACAUCGAUAGCGGCCGGCCCGGAGACCGCGAAAUCGUGCGACGUCGAGACGACACGACACUGUCGCCGCAAUGGUCGUUCGCGUCCCGCCGGGCUCGGAACCGGUGCCGGCCGGAGACGUUCGCGGCGGCCGUUCGACCGUUUCCCAACGAAAAAAAAAUGGAAACCGAAGGCCGCGCACGGCGUUCGCAUUUUUGUUUUUCUCUUUUUCUUAAUUUCGUUCGCGUUGUGUGUUCACCCUGCGACCGGGUCAAUCGAGCCGGGCGCGCCGAGCCGUUACGCGGCACGACUCGUAUCCCGGCACAACGGUGGUGUUACAACAAAGUGUCAACGGAGCAACGAGCGCCACCGCGAUCGUUAUCGCUCGAAUAAAAGCGCGCGUUUUCCCGCGGACCGUACAGGAAUAUCGCGCGCGCGCGACAUAACCUAUAAAUGCGCGCGCGCGUUACGAAUGUUGUUAAUAUUAUCGUUAUUAUGAUUAUGUUAUUAUGAUUGCGAGCAGGUGGCGCGAAGGAUCGACCGGCGGCCGCCGUCCACCGCCCCCCCCCCGGCCACACGGCCGCCGCCGUCGCCCCGACCGCGCGACAAUCCCCGGGCCGCGUUUCCGCAUUAAAUUUUAUAACCGUUCCCGUAAUAAACACGCGCGCGGAGGCACUCGUACGUCACCGUGUUAUUAUUAUUACGCGUUUUGUACGGGUCCCCGGCGUUUGCACGCUCGGGCGACACGAUAGCGGCGCGCGGUAACAACGUUUACGGUUUACGGUCGCGCGCGACGCGGCGAUAUUUAUGGCGCGGCGCGCGUUAUUGUAACGUUAUUGUGAAAUGCGCUUUUAUUAAUGGAGAAUAAAGUGAAAAACGGGGUUGUAUUAUUGUUAUUAUUAUUAUCAUCCGUUUGAAACGUCCGUGUUUUUCCACCACCACCACCCCCCCACCCCGAGCAGAGGAGUGAAAAAAAAAACCAAAACAAAACAAAACGCCGAACGUUUACGAGAUUCCCGGGGCACGAAAAUACGGGCGGCGAUUCGUAUUGUAAAUAAUUACAGGGGGCGCGGGGUUACGGUGCGAACGCGUUCUACUCGGCGAACGGUAAUUCGCCGAGAAUGGCAUUGCGUUUUUUGGUAAAAUGUCGACGUUUCGCGCGCUACGACGAAAACGCGUGUACGAACCGGUGGCGGUUUUUGACGAGUUAUCAAGGGGGAGAGGGCGAGCGGUUUCGAAUUUGUUAGGCCGCGUACUAUGACGACGCAGUGUCGAGUCCAGGACAAACGGAUUUGCCUGUGGCCCCGUCGUAAACUACACAUAACUUUCGUUUUAGAUCCCGAGUGCGGCGGAGAAGCUCGCGGUUUAUCGGUUCUACAAUCGUUUUAUCCGCGGACAACUUUUCUACCGGAGAUCCCAGCUCCGGCGCAUACGGCGCGGCAACGUUUCCGAAUGGAAAUUCCGUUGAGGAGGUGCUUAAAUGGGAGUCGUUUUCCGAUUUUUUCUUUCCCAACAGUUUACCCAGCGAACGCGAAAAACGUAGGAAAAACGGGAAAAUCGGUACGAAAUUAAACGAAUAUCGUUAACGAAAAUAUAGCGUGUUACAAUAUAAUGCCCGUUUAAUUAUUUUACCGUCAUACGACAUACACGUAUAAUAUAUUCCCACGUAUCGUCCCCUCCCUGAAAACCUUCACCGAUAUGAGUUGCACGUUUCUGGACGGUCGCGUAAAUUUUGCGUGUUUUUUACAAUAAGUAUUCGUAUAUGUUAUAAGUAUAUUUCGAAACCCGAUACACAUAUGUCCUGUGUUAAACGGGUUUCCUGUUAUCCCUAUUACGCUAAGAAAACUGGACGAGAAAAAAUGUUUGACAUCGGAACGGGAAAUGUCGUGAUAGAUUUUUCGACCGUUGGAGGAUCAAUAAUGUUGACGUAGGCCAGGUUACCGAACCUAACCUUAUUAUACAGUUUUCGGUAUAAUUAAGUUUCCGUUAUGAUUGCGAAAAACCGAAAUCGAUUUCAUUUAAAAUUGCACGUUGUAGAUAAAAUCAGGGGGUUCAACCCCCCUCCCCCUCCCGCCCCGAAAAUUAACAGUUGCGCAAUUUAUUUAUAUCAAUUUAAUUUUUAUUUUUUUUUUUUCAUAAAUAUCGAUUGUUGUAAAUUUUUUUAUAAACCCCCCGAUUUUUUUCUUUUUGUGUACGUGCCUGGAUAUAAUCGGAAUCAGAUAAAAAAAAAAUACAUGCAUCGAAUUUUCGAGUAUAUUAUAACAGCGUGAUUUUUUUUUCUUUCGUCAAAUAUUCUUUAGGAUUCCACGGCAAAACUUUUGCGUACCUGUUCACGAUUUCAAUACACUAAAGAAAAACGUUCGGCGUCAGCAAAGUUAUAUUUAUAAUAAUUUCGAUUUUUCAAAUUCAAAAACCUAACCCGACCCGAAGAAAAUAUCUAUCAUCGGAAACUUUCGCACCCGUGUACCUUGAAGAAAUAUCAUUUGUUCGGGACACGGGCACACCGUUUGAAUUUUAAUGAUGCGGACUAUCGUGUUGCGUGAUUUCUUAUCGCGUCAGUCAGUCGGUUGCCCGACAGAAUAUUGAAGUCGAAUUAUCCGCGCGUUUUGUUUAUUAUUUUAUUGAAAUACCUAUGUUAUUACGAUGGUGUUAAAAUAUAAUUUAAUUUUUUUUUUUGUUCUGCCGCAGUUGUACCUCACGUCCAACGUGAGCACGGCCGACUUCAACAUGGGUUACAGUCUUACCGGGUCGCUGGAAUGCGGAUCGACGAAAAACAACAGUUUCCAGACGACACAUUUCGCCGUCAUCCGGCGGAGAGAUUUCGAUACGAACCGGCCUUAACAAUAGUAAAACGAAAAAAAAAAAUCAAAAACAAAAAAAAAAAAAAUAAAUAAAAAAAAAAAUUAAAAUAGGAUCGUUUCCAAACAUUAAAAUAUAAUUAACGCUCCCGAUGAGGGGCACGAUAAUAUUAUAAUAUUCGAUUGUAAAAAACAAAAAACCGGAUAUAAUAACAGUAUAAUGGACGAUGUGCAAUAUUACAAAAAAAAAAUCGUUUGUAAAAAUACCGAUAUUAUUAAAACGACGAAAAAAAAUACCGUAUAUUUUUACGUUAUGUACGGUGUAUUGUAAAGAUUGUGCAUACGUCUUUUUCAAGAAAAAAAAAAACCGCGAUAAUAUUUUUUUAUAUUUUUACGAGUACAUUAUAAGAAAAAAAUACUUCGUUUUUCGGCGUCCAUAAAUUAUUAUGUAAUAACAUAUAUUCCGUAGAUAUCGGUUAACAUUGUGUACUAUAUCAUAUGUUUGUAUAGCGUACUUUUUUUCUUGUCUCUUUUUUUUUUUUUUUUUUUUUUUCGAGCCGAUCGCAAAACAGAAUGCAAUUCGUAUGACACACGCACUGCCAAUAUUUUUGAAUUUUUGAAGAUUUUUUUUUUUUUUUUGUAAAUAUACAACGGUGUGUCUUUAUCAUUUAAGUCGGUACAUUAUCGCACUUCGUUUCAAACAGUCUUUACGUGUACGUAUCGUUAUAAUGUAUACGGGCGUAUAAUUUCGGAAACAUUGAACCGUUCGAUGCGUGAUACGUUAAAAUGUUCAAAAAAAUAAAUUCUACAGAAUAGCUUUUUUUAAAAUUUUCCGAAAAUAUAAAAAAAAAAAUGUAAUUCAAAUAUAAAUUUUUGUAGUCCUCAUCCCUGCGAGUAAUGUGAAAAAAUAUAAUUUAAUUAUUUUUAUCGUCUCCGGAGAUAUUCAAGGGGUAUAUCUUUGAAUACAUAUAUACGCUGUUCAUUUGGCGAAAUACCAAAGAUUUCAGCCUGUACAUGAGACGGAUUUUAUCACAAAAAAAGGUUAGGUUACGUUAGGCGUUGUAUUAAGAGAAAAAAAAAAUUGGGCGUGCGAGAACGAAUUCUCCGGGAUUCCUGUAAAAAUAUCUGUAAUUUUCGUAUACAUACGUAUACGCAUAUUAUAUCGUAUUUUCGGUAUGUAUUGUAAAAAAAAAAAAUAAAAAAAAAAAACAAAUCACGAAGCUUUAGAUAAUAUUAACGUGUAUAAUACACAAGAUGGAUUUUUUUUUUUUUUAUCACGAUCCGACGAUAAUGUACAAAAAUGAAAAUGUCGUGUAAAUCGUACAAAUUUCGGUUUUAUUCCGUAUACAAAAUAAAAAACGAUUUUCAAAUAGCGUCCCCCCGCCCCCUUUUCGGGCCAGAUUCGCAAAGAGAAUAUUUUUCGUCAAUAUACGAACAGUACGCUGAUAUCGGAUUUACCAUUAUAUAUGAGUUAUAACAGUUAACAAUUUAUCCUGGCCGAAGAGUAAGGUUAGGUGAGGGUAAUGGUAAAGGGUUUGUAAACGGAUAUGAUAUUUACCACACUUUCCCUAAUAUAAUUCGGGUAUAAAUUUUAAACUGUUAAAUAACUCAUAAACAUUAUACCCGUUGUAUAUUAGGUUUUGAUACGCUUUUCAAAAUUAUUUUCAGAAUAAUACUUUAUUUCAAAUCAGCGCUGAAAAGAGUUGGAGGGGGAAGUUAUCUUUUUUAAAAUCGAUAUUUAACACCCGUUUGUAAGGUACGUAUAAAGGAGUUACGAGAUAUCGAUGGUGACACGGCUAAAGGGCCUAAGCGACACGACUUCACUACUGGAUGGAGAAAUUACGUGUCUCGUCCAAUGCGUAUGCUCAAAAACAGCUAUAACCAUUAUUUAACGGACAAUUUGAAUUUUAAGUUCUAGGUAUAAACGAUUAAUUUUUAUUUUGUCUUCUCAAUUAUAGGGUCUGAACGACAAUAAACGGUAAUCACCGAUGGGUAUUCACAUUAUGGUUAUUCUAACCGAAAAAAAGUUAUUGCCCGCUUAAGAAAAACUUCAAAACCACAAGACAAAUGUUUUUUGACUCUGUUGAAAACUAUGGAUUGUGUCGCUUAGACCCUUUUGCUGCGUCACCAUCGAUAUAUAUGUAUAAAAUUUGUAUAAUAAAAAAAAAAAAUAGCUUAUAAAAUAAUUGCAUAAUAAUAAUUACAACAAAAACGGAAAUCGAAAUAUUUACUUAAAAUCCUUGUGAGAAAAUCGCCGGGUCGCAAAUGGAAAAAAAAAACUGAAUCCACCGCAGUAUUAUCGUUGCCGCUUGCGUAAAAUAUAAUCUAAUAUUUUACACGGUUCGAGCGAAUGUAUAGUGUUUUAUAACGAAUCUAUGAUUCGCUCGGCAGUACGACACGUCCUAUGGAAAAUAACGUCGUAAUAUCUAAACGAUAAUUUUAUAAUAUUAAAUACUUUGUGGUUUUUUCGCUUGAAAUUAUAGUUAGAAAAAAAAAAAAAAAAAAAACAUAUAUUUUUAAGAAAUGUACUUUAUUAUUUUAACUAGUCUUACGCUGUGUUUCCAGUAGGUGUAACUAUUGUAUUUUUUUUUUUUCCUAGAUAAAUGUGUGCGUGUUUUAUAUUCUAGAGUCGAGUAUACGUGUAACAUAGGGAUACGUUUUAAGUAGGAUAGGUGUGUUAUUAGUAUUAUUAUUAUUAUUAUUACUGAUAACGCGGCGAGGACGAAAAUAAUAUUAAGUAGUGGCGACGACGAUUUCACGCGUGAAAUCUAUACGAAAUCGAAAUAGUUCUGCAGCUGUAUUAUGCGUUAUACGAUUUAAUAUUGCGUAUUAUUUUUAUUGUUUUUUUUUUUUUUUUAAUAUUGUAUCUAACGUAGUAUAAUAAUAACAUUGAUAUCAUCUAAGUACGCUUAUUUUUUUUUUUUUAGAUAAUUAUCGUUUUUUUUUUUUUUGUUGUGACCUAGGCGUAAAUAUCAACAAUAUUAAACAUGUUUGUGUUAUUAUUAUUAUUAAUUGUAUAAUAUUGUGUAAUUCGCUUUGAUUUCGACACAAAUUUGUGAUAUUGAACAUUAUUAAACAACGUGUAUAAAUAAUAAA